ACCAUUCUCGCCGCUUAUCCCAUUUUUGAAGAGUCGAGCUUACGUCACGGGCUCGUUCACAGUGCUUUGAGCUUCAGAUUCACCAUCCACUCAUGCAACCACAAGCACAGAGAGGCAUUGGCGCACCGAGGGACGGAAUCACUCUCAUUUUUUAAUUUUUUAUUUUCAGUUUUAGUACGGCAGAGGCUGGACGGGCUGGACCGGCUCCUGGCUGCACUGAUUUCUGGACGUGUGGACGAUUCUGGUGGCAUGGUGUGGUGAACCAGCAAGGGACCCCAGCCUGCUCAGAGAGAGAGAGACAGAGAGACACAGAGGUUUUCCUGUGCAUCAUGCUUGAAUGCUGAUAAUCAAUUAGAAAUAUACAUGACUGUGCCAUUGCAUUGCCUAUAGCCUCACCGGGCUGUAGCAAGUGUCCUUUUAUCAUUCAAGCCCGUCUGAAGCGGUCACUGUGCAGGGCUGAGGGUGCAAGUAAACGGACAAUCGCACCCGGACCAUUGAAGGGGGUUCGGAUGAGGUGGUUGAUCGGGUUGUUAGGCUUUCGAAAUCCAGCCAACUUUUGCUCUUUUCCUUUCUAACAGCAGUGCCAUCGAGCAUUGCUCAGGAGAUGGCGAUGAGGUUGUUCUACUUGGGAUUUAUACUCAGCUUGGAGAUCACCUCUCCUAACGGUGCAACCGUAGGUAAGAAAGCCUGUUGUUUUAUCUUGCAUUGUGAUACUUGAGAAGGCAUGACCACUUUUCUCCCCAAAGCAUCCGUGCACAGGCCUGUGUAAACCAGAGUUGGAGUCAAUAACCGUAUGUGCCACAACAGUGUCCUCAGACACAGUGAUCGAUAACUAGGAGAGCCCUUGAUCAGAGAAAGUACCGCACAAAUAACCACUGCACUCGGUCUUUCGGCGUUGAAAAAAAACGUGUCUGCGUUUUUAGCAGUGCUCCUGUCUGAGCAGACAAAAAAGGGGCCUGCCUUUAAGGAUGGCAGACAGUGAGGUUAUUCACUGCUGGAAUAUUCAGCAGGUAAAAAGGUAAAAUCAACACUUGCAUAAACGUCCAGUUCCUUUAAAACGACGUGAUUUCAGACUGACUGUGUGAAAGAUCUCCUUCCCAUUCCCCCUCCUCAUGUUUGUUCUGUGUAGGAUACAGCUGAUGGUUACCAUUCAAAGCUGGCGUGUUAAUUCCCUUCACAUAAGCACGUUUCAGUUACACAUCAAAACCUUUGAAGGCCAUCGGACAGAUCAGCUUUCGUGUUUGUUUUCAGUUAGGCUACUUGGCGCAUAAGAAAACAACAGUGCCGUCUGCUCGUGGAGGUAUCAUCUCAAUGGCGCGGCAUGUCCCGACGUGCACCGACAGUAAAGCUGCCUGGGAAUCACAUUUUUAUUAGUGACAGUCAGGUACUGUCUGUCUGAUUGGGAGGAUGAAUCGUCGUGUAGCUAACCUGUUAUGUCCCGUGAGCUCCUUAAUGCUCCACAAUCCCUGAUGGUAAUUAUGAGACAUUAAAUGCACCAUUGCUCUUGUGACAGUUCUUUGCAGACCUGUUGAUCCUGCAGCUGGCUGUUUCUUUAAGAGGAACAUAAAGGCACACACAAUAACACAUGGAGGCUAUUUUGUUCCUUAUGGGAAAAUCUCUCUGGCUCUAACUCUCCAGACACAUAACUCACAUCACAUUUUGAGAAUAUACACCGGCAUAUCAGCCUAUUUAUUGUCAUAUUGUGAGUUAUUAGUUGUAUUUUGUGGAUUUGAAAAGUCAAACACUGGUAGCCAUGCAUAUCCAAUCACCCACACCCAACAGCUGUGUAUAUGAAUAAAUAUGAGUAAGCUUAAUCAGAUCAUCCAUUUCUGCCUAAGUCAGUGUUUACUGUAAUGCACAGAGAAAAAGUAGCACCUCAAAACUUUUUUUUCUAAGUCAGCAACUAAAUCCUUACUGUCUCCACAGAAAAUGGACUCUGUGAUUAAUGAGAAAGGAGAUCUUAUAUAAGUUUCAUUAGAUUUUCUGAUGGAGGCUGCUCAGUCAUGGCUGAGGUUACAAGAGCAGGCAAGCUCCUCCCAUCUCCUCCAUCAGUAUGUAACAUCUGGACACAGGGAGACCAUUAAUCCAACUUAAAUGUGACUGCGGGAGGGGGAGGGACCAGCUGAAGAGCUGGGAGUGAGGGCGGGUUGAGCGAUAAAAACUCUGAGAAUCAGUCUUGGACGUUCUCUGAAACUGACGUGUAGUUACAUCACAAGGGAGACAGAGAUGGUACCCAUGUAUGUGUGUUAUGUCAUCAGUAACAGUUGAUGUAUUGGACUCCUUUGAGAGCAUUGUUGGUCUGAAAGGUUAGAGCCGGUCAAGUGAGUGGAUAUAAACUUUAAGGAUAGCCACUUGGAUUGGAUUUGUCUGGAUCACCACUGGGCCACAGCAUGAAUUCACAAAUGGGAAUGGAUGAGAAAGGGAAAUGUCAGGAGGCCAGAGUUGGCAGAUAAAUGUUGAACAUACCCUUUAUGUCCUGAACAAAUCAUACUGUAUGGUUGGCUCUGUUGCUUGAAAUACAAAGAGUAUAGAUGAAUUGAUGAGUCAGUUUGUUGUGUUUUGCAGAUUUUUUGGCAACAAAAUGGCAUUUUGAUGAAAGUUGACAAAAACCCUCAGACAGUAAAGCCUCUGAUUUGUAAAGAGAAGUGAUUUUUUUUGUUGGGUGUUAGCAGAAUGAAAAUUGUCAGAGCAGUUGUUUGAAAAGUAGUUCCCUUCUUUUGAGUCCAAAAGAAUAAAUCUGAAUAAAUCUGACAGUUAAUUGAGUUUAAGAACAAAAGUGCACCCUAUAGUGUCAGAUUUUUUACAUUAAAGCAAAAUAUGAUUACUCAAUGUAUGUUAAUUUUUAAGAAAAUGGUUCUCAUGUUCAUUGUUUCUAGCUUUGGAUAGCUUUGAUUUGCAGCAAAAUGUCCAAAUGUUUGUAGUUAUACCAUCAACAUGUCCGUGUUGGAAGAGUGCUUGACUUACAUUCAGGUUUUCAGGACCCUUUACAGCUAAAAGAAUCCUGUUGGAGAAAAGUAUAAAUGUGGGUCAGAGGCUAAAGAGGUUGAAUUCCUGAAGAGCCUACACUGUGUUUGCCUGACCUUUUUAAUGGGACCUGGCUUUACCUUUUCUUCAGAACUGUCACUGGAAACAUCUGCUGAAAAAAUUCAGCAUCCCUCAAACAAAUUCAACAGGUAAUGGGACUCGUGUUGCUUUCUUCCAAGUAGAGCUCACUGGAGCAUGCUUAUUGUCGCUCUUAACACCUGAGGCAGUCUGUUUAUGGACUCGUAUGAGCUAACAUACUAGUGAGCUGCCAUUCAGAGUCGUCUCAGAGGAAAAUUCAGAGUAAAAGAGGAUGUAUUUGGAGUGAAAUGUUGCAUGUAGAUUGUUUGUCCACUCUGCAUAAAAUCUUUGGCUAUGAGAGGACAUUUAAUUCAAAGCUUAUAUGCAGGUGUUUUGCAUUUUGGUCCUGACCUAGUGAAGUAUUUGUGAAAUGAUAAUAGCAGAGUGUGGGCUGUUUGACUGUAGCUGCAGAAAGUCCCCCCACCCCACCCAGCCCUGUACUUCCUGCACUGCAUUGCUAUCAUCUGUGACUAGAGGGUGAAACCAGAUGAAAGUCUUCACUGUCGGUCCCCACAUUUUGGAGGCGUGCUACUGCAGAUAAAAUGCUGUUUUUUGAUAGUAGGGGCUGUACUGUAAUUGGUAUUUUCUGCCGGCUACACUACUGUUUACCCUCUUCAGCUGCUAAGACCUAAAAUCGGAACAGUUCGCCCUCUUGAGAAAAAUGUGGGGGUGCGUUGAAGCAGCUUGUUAGGAUUUGUAGGUGUCAGUGUGAUCAGACUUAGUGUGUUCAUUUUAACGUCACUUAUAUCAUGAUGUCUUAGAAAUAAAUGUUGCAUAUUUAGAAAGGCACAGGAUGCAGUAGACUUGUUUAUCUCACACUUUGUAUAGAGAGUGCACAGAGAUACUUGAAUGUAGCGGAGGCUUGCAACGUUUGCCUGACACCUGGUACAGCUGUGACUGUGAGAGUUAGGUCUCUUGUUUCACUUUGACAUCAUUAACAGCAGACGUCUCACCUGAUGCCCUGAGCUGACCACACACACACAUAUACACACCCUGUCAUUUUCUAGAGCCUUUCAUUCACUGCUUUCUCACCCGCCUGUAUCGUGUGUUGGCUUUGGUGGGUCACGCUCACCUUAGAAGCUGCCGAUGUUGCUGGCUUUGCGCUUGACUGGAGAAUCGAUUUGAUCGCAGGGACCCAGGGUUACUUUCACACCCAGUCAGAGGAGAGGAUCAGAUAUAUGGAGAUAAGAUUCCAAUUUCAUGGGCUGCUGCUAAGUGUCAAAGCUGUUUGCCUUCUUCAAAGUCACAGACAUGGCUCUAAGUUCCUGGUUUAUGGUUGUAAACAGAAAAAUACAUGUAGUCUGUUUGGUGGCAAAGAUGUGGACAUGAUUAUUGAACACAGAGAGAACUUUGAGGUUAUGUGUUUUAUCCCAGUUUGUAUUGAUAUAAUGUAAAAUCAUAUUUUUGAAUGAUUUUGAUACCCCUCAGAUAUUUUCUACCCAAGCACUGGAAAUCUGACCUCAUGACUAAUCAGAGGAAGUAAAAGGCUUUUCUUUGGCAGAGAUAUACAACUGACGUCUACCUACGCGAUGUACCUAAUCUACCAUAUUUUUAAAAUAGUUCAAUGAACAACCUACACAAAGGUUACAAACAAUAUUUCAAAUCCAACAUCAUAUUGUACAUCCCCUAAAAGCCUAACCCUUAAGCUCUUUUCAGAAAAAAUUCUAAAAGCUUUUGAAAAUUACUUGGCUGAACCGCACAUGUGAACACAAACAGCUACAUUUUUCAGUUUAGCUUCAUCAGGAAUAGUUCCAGCCCCCCCCUGCCAACCCCUGAGUUUAGUUCUGGGCUGAUGUCUGUGUGAGCUCAUGAGAGAAAGCAGCAAGAAAUGUUCAAAAAAGAAGACGUUGAAGAGCAGGCAGGCAGAGUUAUUGAUGUUUUAUCAUGCCACUGGUGUUCUGACUUGAUUGGCUGCUUGGUUGACAACUGCUACUGCAGUGCAAAUCAGAAGUUAUGUUUUCAGGUCAUGAACAGGGACAAGUGUGCGGUAAGAUAAGGCGAACAUGCUUUGCUACUCUAAUAUGAAACUCUUCCUUGAGAUUUACAAAAUGUAUCUCAGGAUGGUAACAUCUCUUAUUCAAUAACACAACGGUACAGAAUCACUUUGUAUCCAAGCACUGCUCUGCAUUUCUGAAUAACAGGAGCAGGUCUUGAUGCUCGGUUACAUAAUCCUUCAUUAAGAUACCAGGACAAGCAUCCCUUUAAAGACCAAAAUCAAAUAAUACUGCCAACUGAUAACAAGCACUUGAGGUUCUGGCUAUACACCUGUGCAGAUCAACUUAGUCGCACAACUGGAUAGGAAACACUGUUGGUCAUUCUGAACUCAGAAGACCAUCAAAUAGAAAUGAAGAUUUAAAGUAUGGAAGUCAAGUUAAAGAAUCAGUCUUUUAGUCUCAGAUAAGGUUGUAAAAAAAAAACUACAUGUUUGAGCACUGAAGUCAGGUAAAUUCAGAAACAGGAUUCCUGAUAUUUUCAGGAAGUUUUCCAGCAUGUACAAUAUGUGGAAAAAAACUUUAAAAUUAAAAGGACAUUCGUAAUCAAUAGCACAAUUCAAUGUUCUGCAGGUUGUCACCACACACAUCUUAUGCUCAUUUAUUUUUGUAGAGAACAUCUGAACAUUUCCCUUGAAAUGUGAUAAAUGUCAUGAAGAUACUCUCUUUUUUUUUAUAAUUUUAGAUGAUCACUUAUGGUUGUGAGUAAAGGUGGUCAAUUACUGUAAGGAAGUAUCUCAUGAAACCCUUUCACAUUCAUGUGCUUGUUUUUCCAAUGAGCAGUGUCACUAGAAACAUUUGCGUGGGACUGCAGAAAAACCUUAUGAACACUAGUUUCAUUUUCAGGACCGAACUCCUUCAAGCUUUUUACCGAGCUGUAAAAAAAGAACCCACAUCCCUUCAGUUCAGAAACUGUUAUUGCUGCUGCUGUUUUCAGCCUCUCAGUUUGUAUUUCCUUGUUCCUUGCGUGUUAUCUCCUCCAAACUCUGAGGCGUGUAUCCAUGAACCAGUUGGAUGUACACUGUGGUUUCAACAAUGCUAUCAAGAUUGAAGGGUGUGUAUGGUGUCUGACUUAAGCUGCACCCGCCAAGAUCCACAGCUUUUAUUUUCCUAGUUACAAUAUUUAUUUUCCAGUAACAAUAUCCCAGUGCUUUUUUCUCCAUUUUUGACAAUCACACUUUGUGCUCAUCAACAAGGCCAGGAUUACUCAUGCUGGCGUUACUGGUUCUGUUUCAGCCUGGGAAGGUUACGUGAGCAGUUAUACAAAGCUGAGAUCAUUUUAUGUAUCAUAUUGUCCAGUGAGCAGAAAUGUCAUCCAUAAAGGUAUUCAGUGGAAGACUGUUCAUGAGUCAUUCCCAGAAAUGAUUGAGCCAAGAACAUCUUCCUCCUUCCUCUUUUGGAGUAAAAGAAUAACCGUAGAGAUCUAGUUGCAUUUUAAUUACAGAAACAUCUAAAUUAUAUCCUUAUGGCAUACUGUAAUCACACAAAGGCAAAAAAGAUUGAGUUUAUGUGAUCCGAUGUUCAUGUUGUUACUCCCAUAUAUUUUUGUAACUGCUGAAUCUCAUCACAGAGCUCUGUUAUGCAGAGAAACUACAGAGUAAGCAUAGACGCGCUCUGAGGGAGGCAUAAUGAGCUUAUUUACAUUCAUCUUCAUGUCCAUCAAUCACACUCACUCAUUGUAUGGCCUUUUACUGCAUUGCCUUUUGCUGCUCUGGCCUGUGACGUCCUGCCGAGCCUCAUCAGGUUACCUCUGAGGUCAAAGCUGCUCCCUUUUGUUGUGCAGUGACACAAAAACUAGGCUUUAAGGCACAGGAGUAGGUUCCAUCUCAAACCUAGCUCUCUGCUGUUUAUGCAUGUUCAGCCUCUUUGAAAAAAAAAUGGCUACUUUGGAUUAAAACUUGAAUAGCCCAUGGACAUUGUGCGCUCACUGGGAGCUGGUUUAAGUGCUCCAGUGCUUGGCUGUGGUUUGGCUUGAUACAAAGCUAAGUGGUUGUUUCCACUGGAUGGUUGGGCACUGCACAGAGUGGCCAUUGAAGUAGCUGAUUCAAUAGCUCCAGCAUUGGCCAAGGAAGGAGCCUUUAGCACACUUGUUUUGCACUCUACAUACCAAAAUAUUCUGUAUUUUACAGCAUAAAGUUUCAGAAGUUGAGUUAAAAUAUUCCAUUUUCCAUUUGAAUAAUUAAUAAAGCACAAAACUGGAAUACCAAAUACCUUUCGCUCAUGUUCACUGCUCCAUGUUUGCUUUCGGUUCCAACUUCUAACUUUAUUUCACCCCUUUUAAAUCACUUAAAACUUGACCUCAAGGGUCUAAGUACAAAUGUGCAGUGUUUUUGUACUUCACUGAAAACCUGAGUUCCCAAUGGAGCAUCAGGUAAGGUGUAGGUGACGAGUAAACAGUUUUGGUUUUAUUGCUACUUUUUGUGAGCUAUAGCACCCAGUAAAACAGUCAAGACCAAGAGUAUUUAUUAAUUUGUUUAUUCAUUCAGUCAUUUAUUUGAGUAAAUUCACAUUUCAUCGGUGCUUCUAUCUUUGAACUACAGUAAAUUAGGGGUGGGAAUCACCAGUGGCCCCGCGAUACGAUAUUAUCACGAUACUUGGGUCAUUGCGAUUUUUAACACUUCGCAAUACAGCGAUUGUGAUUUUUACAAUCUUUUCAACUGUUUAGCUAACUUAGCAUUUGUCUUUCCUUUAUGUUUGUCUUAUUUAUGCUGUAUUUUAUUUUCAUGUAGCACAUCUUGCAAACCUUUUAUACAUUUGUUGCACUAACUUUCUCUAUAAUGUCAACGCUGCCAACCUCACUGGACAACCAGCUGAUGUUAUUUUUCCAUUAUCAUAGAUUUGACUUGAUGUUAACAAUUCAUUUGAAAAGUCAAUGAGACGAUAUGAUAUAUCAGCAGGCAAAAUAUUGUGAUACUAUGCUGUAUCGAUUUUUUCUCCCACCGCUACAGUAAAUAGAGUUAAUGCUCUACAGCCUUGCCUGUAAGUAUUCUUUGAAGAGUUUGGUCUGUUGGUUGGUUCAACAAAAGCACAUCAGUUUGUUAUGUGGACAAAGCUCUUGAAUAUGUAUUCAGUUUGCAUGCAGAUGAUGUCAAAGUCAUUGUGGUUUAAAUAAUUUGUACCACACAAAGACCAACAUGCAACAAGUCCAUCUUACUCAAACCGAAGAGUAGAACUGUUGGCGGUCCAUAAAUCAAACUGCUUUAACAUCUCUACCAUAUUGAGGCAAAGCGAUACACAUGAAAUCAAUUAUAAGGUGCUGGAAUGUGCUGCACGGAUCUGGAGUUGAUUUGUAGAGCACGGAUGGCCAAAUGCAGAGCGACCGAUCAGGGGUGUGUGUGUGCGGGGUGGUCAGAUUUGUGUCCCAGCUGGUGAUGGUGUCUGGAGGCCUCCAUCACUUGGCUGCUGAAUUGGUGUCACAACAGUAUUUACUCAUCAUCCCAUUUGUUUCAUCCCACAGUGUUUCUCUCAGCUGUUCGCUGAAGUUUUUGUGUUACUUCUAAACAAGAGACACCGUAGAUUAACUCUUUCAAAUGAACAGACAGCCUGAAAGGAUUUGUUUCUUUCAGUGAAGCCCUCAGGAGGGUGUUUCUAUGUUCCUCUAUACUCUAGCUCUGUGUGCAUUUACGCAUUGCUCACUCGCUUGUGUUUGAUGCUUUUUGCCAUGCAAAGGGCUUAGAGGCAUUUCAGUAUGUGCUGUUUGGACAGGGCAGAGCUCCACUAGCCCUGCAUUAGGAAAUACAGUGUGUGCACUAUACAGCUGGCUGUAUGCUCAAAAUGAAACCGAGUCAGCUGAUGUGAACUCUGGAGUUUAUAUACGACAAAGAAACUUUGUGAUUCAUAAGGUGUCAUGCCAGUUUAGCUUCUCUUUGACUAUAGGAACUUUUAGUAUCUCCUCAAAUACACUUGUAUAAAAAUAUGAAUUCAAAUACAGCAAUUAAAAGUCUAUUCUUGGUCUUAGUUUUCUGAAAGUCACUCAUUGUAGAUUAUAGUUUCAGAAAAUAACUGUGAACUCUAAAUGUUUCUUUAUUCAUUAAAUACCGUCACCAGUAGAGUAAUGGUCUGCUAUUUCUAAUCUUAAACCCCAAUAACUGAGUGUCCUUGAAUGUCCCCUUCUUCAAGAGAGUGGAAACUGAAAUAAGAUGUUUAGUUGAGUGUAAAUAAUUGGAUGUUAAGUUGAGUAGAAACACUUAUCCCACAUCUAACAGAGAAAUUUGCCGAGCGCUUUCACGGCAUGAUGGCUUUCAUGUUUUUUUGGACUUAAAGUUGCGAAUUCAUUUGUUGUUUUUGUGUUGUCAUGCUCCAUUAAAGAUGCAUUGUAAUAUAGUAUAGUGUUACUGCAUUAGAGUGACAGGUACAGCUGUUUUAAAGUGCAUGUUACACAUCGUGUUAUUUCUCUGCAGAGAACAGAAGCCGUUUUGUUAAAAAGCUCUAAAGCUGCCAUCAUUGAUUAAUUUCAAUUCAAGACUCUUUGUGGAUCCCAAAUAAGGCGUAUAAAGUGCAUCUUCCAAUUUUAAUCUCAAUUAGAUGCAUUUUUGCUCGAGUAGACACCGAUAGGCUGGUUGUUUUUCUCAGGUUAUCUCAUUACGAAGACAGCGGAAACAUGAUCAGGUUUUACUCUCUGAGAUUGUGUGUUCCUUAUGUGAAAUUACUGCUGUUUUGUGGGUGGAAGAAUUAAAUUUUGUCGGAUUUCCUACCAUUUAGUCACAGUAGUCUGAUCAAGUUGCUUUCAGUUGUGGCAGGAAGUGCUUUGGUUGGAACGGCAUUAUCAGGAGGAGACUCUGUUGGAGGCAAACACGGCGGGCUUACAGAGUUUCCUGUAAAUGAAGGAUGUAUCUUGAGUUAGUGGGAUUGGUGUUUGCUGUUGGGCCGAUCCCAGGAGACUAAAUAAAAGCCUUCUUUAUUGCUUUUUGUAGGUAAAGUGCUCUCAAAUGAUUCAACUUCUUAGCCUGAUUUGGACCCUCCAAAAUUGCUUGCAUUUUGGCAGCAACUCAUGGGGGAAAAAGGCGACCUUGCAAGCUGAAUUCACAAUUCACGUCUCUGUUUGAGAUAUUUCAGUGGGCUUUGAAAGAGGUCUGCUAUGAGGAGGAAGGCUGCCAGUCUUCUCCCCCUGGCCCCGUCUCUAACCCCUCCUCUGCCGCAACCUCCAAUUAGGCUCUGAGGUUCUCCCCUCUGUGGUCAUCUCAUGCUGGUGUGUAAAGCCAUGAUAAAAUUAGAACCCACAAUGUUUUAUUUCCAGUUUUUAUGCCCACUCAUAGGAAACAACUGGCUCAGCCCGGCUGCUUCACACAGCCACCAGCAGGAUGGAGGGAAUGCCUUUACAUAGCAGUCUGUAUGAGGUUUCUAUGCAUUUCAGAUCACGGCUGUAUGCGGGAAGGAAGGGAGUAGGGAAGGGGGGGUUUGUUUGGUUGUUGGUUGUUAAAGCAGAUCAAAUGGCAUCAUAGACGCACAGGCGAAUCCAAUGUGUUUACAACCACAGUAGAUGUAUGAGGACAUUGGUGAGCUGAAAGAGGCAAAACUCACCAGUUGGCCUCAGGCCACGUCUAGCCUCUCCCUCUUUUUUCUCCACAGAGGGGCUGGGUGUGUGCAAGCUGUUUAAGCUGAUUCAUGCCCUGGACUCUAUAUUUUCCUUUACAGCUGUCCUAUUUUACUUUCAUCUUGAAUUUUACAUCCUGACACAUCUUAUGACAUUUAAUUUGGGCUGUAUCCUGGCAUUUCCUAAAUAUAAUCCUCUUGCAUCACUUGAAUUAUUUUUUGUAAGCCUCGACUCUGCCAUUGUGUGAGGAGAACGAGGCGAGCGCUCUGCAUUUUAAAAUCCUGCGCUCUCGCUUUCCCUUAAUCUCCUCGGAUAUCAAGGUGUCGUUCACAUAAGGAAAGCUGAUCCCAGCAUCCCUUUUAGCCUCUAAUUGUAUUUACGAAAACAUGACACUGAGAAGUCUUAGUGUUUGACUUACACUUCACUGUCACAUGGGAAAAAGAACCAGGGUCUGAACCUUUUUAGUUUGACUGUCAAAUAGUACGUGACUGCAAUGAUUCACCAGCCUCAUGCUCUCUUGUGAUUUCAGUCACAUCCAGGCCCCCUUUGCAGUGCUCCCCCACCCCACCCCAAACACCUUCUUGCCUGCCAAGUACGUAGGGAGGCAAGUCAUCCAGGGCGAGAGAGGGCUCAGUCCCUGCGGAGAAUUACAAUGAGACCUUUGCUGCUGUCCUUCCUAGACAGUGCACAGCAUUACAGUGACAACAAACUCCUGCCUGAAAUGGCCUUUGUGGUCCGUCUGUAUGUGUGUGUGUAUGUAUGUGUGUGUGUAUGUGUGUGUGUGUGACAAUUUUGAAUACUGGCAUACAGCAAGGAAUGGCUUUUUUUUUCUAUAGAGGUACAGAUUUCACUGUAGAAUUUCAGCAUGCUCCAUUUAUGUUUUGUAUUGAAUUAUAUUCAGCUGAAAAUAUACUCCUUUCUUUAUUACUCCUGCUUAGGGCUGGGCGAUAUGGUCGCAAAUCAAUAUCACGAUAUAUUGAGCAGUUCAACUUGAUAACGAUAAACGGACAAUAACUAUUCCACAAGCUGCUCACCCCCUCCCACAUUAACUUUGUCUAAUUCAGCCGCCACUCCAACCGCUAUAACUUUUGAACCGUCCUCCAUCUCCUCACCGGCCCUACCUCUUUUUUUACAGACUAAAUGGGGUGGAGUCACGUCUCUGACGUAGGACAGCAUCUUAAAGGGACAUGAGACCAUAGCCUACCUACACACAUCCAAAACUAACUUUUAUUUAUUUAUUGUUUUGACACCAAAUAUACUGACAUUGGCAAAAUGACAUAGGUUAUUGUUGUAUAUUUUCGGGUUAUCGCCCAGCCCUACUCCUGCUUUUUCAAAUUUUUACACCACAUUUAAAGAAUAAUCUACCUGAAUUAGAAAUAAAAAAGCCAUGUAGUGGUGUGCUGAAAAUGUUGGUCACAUUUUUCAGCUAUAGGUCUCACACUUUUUGUUUAGACCCAAACAGGUGAAUCCAUUCAUGGCUCUGUUAAAAUUUAACACAAAAAAAUUGAUCUGUUAAAAAUUGAUGCCUCCUCCUCAGAUUCAAAAAUGGAUGUGUAUGUUCUGUGUAGUCCUGGUCCUUGAGGAUGUAUUUAAAGUAAGAGACUCAUCCAGUGCUGGUAGACAGAUGUAACACGAGGCAGGUAGCAGUGUUUCCUGAGUUUAAACACGCCGGCAGUGUCGCUCGGCUGUUGUGCUGUGAGCGUUGCUGUGCUGCUGCUAGCCUGUGGUCCACCUCAACAAUCCUUGCUGACUUGCUGCCCAGAACUACCACGCUUUGCAGCUUCCCAUGGGUCAGACUGUGAUUGAAUGCCCAGUUAUGUCUGCGCUGUGACACAUGAAAGAGCCACUGUGGUCAAAGUUGAAAAACACCUUCAGAGUAAUAAAAAAAAAAAGCGGAAAGAAAUAAGAUGUCCAUAAGAAGAGGGGAAACAACAAACAAACCCAGUUCUAAAAGGCCCCACUGUUGGUUGUACACUUGUACAGGAGUGUUUUUUUUUCUGAAUCGAGUUUGCCUGUGGGUCUGUUGAUACAAAUACAGCAUUGUAAACUCAGGUUGACCCUUGGAUGUUACUUUGCCCUGCUGGAUUCAGAUUUUUUCUGCAUGAAACUUCUUUAUUUUUUAAAAAACAACAAAUGUUUGGCAAUAGGGAGAGUUAUUAUUCACUGUAAAAGAGCAAUAUGACAACAGUAUGGGUGCUUUUGAAACAGACACACAAAUACUGAUGCUUCUGUUUGCCCUGAAGAGGACAAGGUUGAUUAUUUGUACAUCCUUUUUUUACUGCUUGAAAAUGCUGCCACAGGCUAGGUGUCAGAUGUUUUUUUAAUAUUUAAUCAUCGAACAUUCAGGCUCAGGAUUUCCUGUUAAAAAACAGCAAGAUAAGAUUUUUUAAUCUAAGGAGUCCACUCUAACUGUGCAGGAUAAGAUCAUAGAAGAGGUGAGAGGUACAGCUUUGUCCAGAGAACUUUAAAAAGUCAUUUUCUGUCCUGUUGGUAUUCGUUUGCAUGCAUUAUUUUUCAUGUGAGAUACUCCUAAUGUAGCUCGAUAAAAACAUUUUCAGCCCUUGUAACGUCUGUCUUUAUUUUUUCAGCUCCCAAAACGGAUGUCCAGCCCAAGACCUGCAGCUCUAAGCAGUUUGUAUGUAAGGACCAGGUGACCUGCAUCUCUAAAGGCUGGCGCUGCGACGGGGAGAAGGACUGUCCAGAUGGCUCAGACGAAUCGCCAGAUAUCUGUGAGUACAGCUACAUGAAAGAUGCUACUAAACUCAGCAGGCUUGUGUCCUCAGCUGCCGUUCCCUUUCCAAGCUGUUGGUAAAGAGCAUUGAGGAUUAUUUCUGCUUUACUCAGCAUUUUUUUCCUGGAGCGAAUUUUUACAUCAUCCUUUUUUCACACCAAGUAUAUGUUUGCAACUUCUGUCAUCGCUUUGUUAUCGCUGCUGCACUUGGCGUUGUAAGACAUUAUAUUUACUACUACCUCUAAAUGCCUUUGAAGAGACAAUGGCACCAUGUUCAGACAGUUUAAUGUAGGCCUGAAUAAGAGGGUAGGUAAAUGCCCUCUCCAGGAAGGACACAGACUCAGUGUGAGCGCUCUGGCUGCUCUCCUGACUUUUAGCUCUAAUUAUGUGUCCGUGUUUAGUCUGAAUGUUCGAGGAUGUGUCUGCUCUUGUCUGGACACUUGAGGGUUCAGUCCCUUGGAGUCUAGUCCAAGCCUCUCACAUCUGUCGGCCUCUCCAUCCCGCCAUAAACUCUCUCUGGUUACAGCCUCCCCUCUGUUUAUAUGCAGGAGCUAAUGGUGAUUUUACUGUCUGUGUGUACCACACCUUCCAUCUGUCAUGCCACAAGCAUUUUCACAAUAGUCUGGGACAGGCAGAGACAAGCAGUUGACACCCAGCAUAAAGGGACUUGUUAUUGUAGAUGAAAACACAGUAUUAACACAUAGGAUUAACGGUUGAAGAUGUGUGAGAAAGCUGAGGGUGAAGGAUGGUAUCACUAUGCUAGUCAUAGGCAUACAACACUGAAACCUUAAGUGUCGGUAUGACAAACAUAAAGUCCCCCUCCCACAUCAAACCUUUUCUGAAUUUACCUUUAGAUUUUAAGCGCACAGUUUACAUGAAGCUAAAUCUCUUAAGAUGAACUACUUUAAAGGGAUAUUCCGGCUUAAAUUUAAGUUACAGUCAAACACAUUGUAACACCGAGUUAGACACCCCCUCGAGAUGAAUUUUACUGACUGUUUGCUUCUCUAGUUAUACCAACUUUAGUAACGACCGCAUGAUAGACAGCAAUACACAGCAGUCUAUAUCUUCACACACAAACCUCGACCAAAACGCCACUCUAUAGCCACAAAUAAUGCUCAGAACAGCACCUAACUUCAUCAACAGUACAUAUAGGGUCCCAGCCAUAGUACUAGCCACCAAACAUCUUUUUAGCUUUGCCUAAUUUCUUAAACAAACAGACCAAACACAACUCACCCACUCUCCUCCAGCAGCCUCUUGUUUUGGGGUAGCCCUGACAAGUCGAUCACAGAGUGCAGCGGAGUUUCGCAGCUCAUUCAUGAGUGUUACGUUGUGAAAUGCAAUCAGACUGAGAUGCCAAGGCAGAAAAACUACCGUGUCUGCAGUGCAAUAUGAUUAUGAUGAUUAUUGUUACUUCAAGGAAUUGAUCUGCUGCACUCUGAUCGCCUCGUCAGGGCUCCCUCCACCAACAAGCGGUUGCUGGAAGAGAGUGGGUAAGUUGUGUUUAGUCUCUUUGCUGAAGUAAUUAGGCAAAGCUAAAAAGAUGUUUGAUGGCUAGUGAUACUGGGACCCUAUAUGUACUGUUGAUGAAGUUAGGUGCUGUUCUGAGCAUUAUUUGUGGCUAUAGAGUGGCUUUUUGGUUGAGGUUUGCAUGUGGAGCCAUAGACCGCUGUGUAUUGCCAUUGUGUGGUCAUAACUUAAGUUGGUAUAACUAGAGAAGCAAGCAGUUGGCAACAUUCAUCUCUUGAGGGGCUGUCUAACUCAGUGUUACAGUGUGUUUGACCAUAACUGAAAUUUACAGGGGAAUAUCCUUUUAAGUGCACAGUAUACGUGUAGCUGAAUCUCUUUAGAUGAACGACUUGGAGUUUUGUAAACACCAGAAAUCACCACAAGUGAGCAACUUCAUUCAGAUUCGACCAACACAUUUCACUCAAGCAAAGUUGCAGCUGUCUAAAUUCUGCCCUUUUCACUAAGCAGUGGAACAGAGAGAAUUUUCCACAGCUCUUAUGUAAUUUGGUGGCAGAGACAAUAGCAUGAUUCACCUUCAGCAUGGAGAGAUGGAGAGUGGUGUUUUACGAGAACAUCAAGAUAUGUUCUGCUCAAUUACUUGCUUCCCAUGGGCUCUAAUCUUCCUGUCACUUCACCUUUAGUUCAAGCACUUCUCUGUUUAUGUGAUUUUCUGAGGCAGACUUUAUAAAUAUCUGUUACUGCAAUUAAUGCACUUUUCCUCAGUGUGUUUGCUGUCUAACAAGCACAGUUAAAGGCAAGGCGCCUUUUUAAAUAUCAGAGUGAAAGGCAGGCAGACUUUGAUUUUAUCCACAGACUUUUGGUUGAUCCAUCGUUUUUUAUGUGAGUGCCGUUUGGAAUGGAGGACUGCAGAUAAAGCGGCAGAGUACGUGGACCUGAGCCAGCAGGGAUGGAGACAGGAGAGUCUGGAGGAGUAUGACUCUGAAGGUUAUUUAAAAUCCUGCUCUGACUCAGAGGAAUGCAAAAGUCGUUUUCUCUUUAUCCUGGCUUUUCCAUUCAUGGGGUGAAACAGUUUGCAGGUCCUCCGCGUGGUUUCUCUCAUACUUGAGGGAGGCAACUUGACCUGCUUGCUAUAAACAAAGCUGCUCUCAUCAGAGCUCUUAUAGAUGUGGUAGGUGUAAAGGCAGGCUUUACAUUGAUUUAUUUUAGUUGGUGUUUAAGUUGUUUUUUCAUUUUGAAAGCAGAAGGUGUCAUCUGUUCCUCCACUUCUCUCUUUUAUUAAAGCAGUAAAGUUGACAAAAAGCAGUCUCACUUUGUCCUUCAAAUCUGGUUUAUGGAAGUCAAAGACAGAUGAAAUUUCCCUGCUCAGAGGUUUUUUGUUCCAACAUGCAUCCUGACCACAGUACAGUUGUGAGUGUAAAUGUUGAUGGGAAUUCGAGUGGCGCAUGCUGCUAUAAUUACGACAUUAUCUCCAGUUGAAGUUAAUUACUAACUACAGGCUUGGUUUAGACAGACUACACGGGGAGAUUUCACAAGAAAAAGAAAAAAAAAAUAGUUUCUUCCUCUUUCUAACUAUUACUCUUCCUCUCUUCCUCCUGUGGUGGCUUGACUACACCUUGGUUUUGUUGUGGGGUCACCCAACAGUCCUGACAUUGUGUAAAUCGGGGACUGUGACCGUGAAGACAGUAGAGCUCAGUUUCUUGGAUAAAUUUGUGUAUCAUUUUGGAGGACACUUGUGAAAAGUGAAAACAAAAAUCCCCCCUCUGUUCUCCUGCUCAUCCUGUGGCUGGAGUGAUGAAAUUAUAAAAACCCACAAUGACUGCAGCCAAUUGACUUAAGCAUUACCUUGGUUUCAGGUAAAUGCCACCUGUUUUGUUUACGAUGAUCAUGAAUUCACUUGCUGUGGUGCUGGUGGUUGGUGUUGUAAAUGCGUGCUUGUGUCUGAUGUGGAUCUUUGAUCUGCGCACCUCUGGUGUUCACACUGAAGAAAGUGUGCUCCUGAGAGUCUCCUUCACCGUCUAUACCUCUAAUUGCCUGUCAUUUCCAAACCAUUCAUCUGGGCUAUAAUUAUGCUGUGCUAAAGACAGACAGUAGCGGGAUUUUAAAGCUGCAUCAUCAGGUACUGACACGCUGAGGUUGUGGAGGAAGUUGAUGCUAGCAGUCAACGGUGCGUUUUAGCAUAGAGAGCAUGGGGGCUUUUUAUUAAAGAAAGGAAUGGGGGCAGUGGAUGUAUGGAUCCAGGGUUUUUUCACAUUGUUCUGCAUGACUCGCCGUCAUAAACGGAUAAUUUUGGGUCUGGGCAGGUUGCCAGCUGUAGGGCCUUCAUAGCCCCAGACCCCCGGUGUGUUCCUCCCUCUUAUAGCCCUUAGUGCACUCUCAGAUAGCAAUCAGCAGACUGCCUGCACAGGCCGGCCCCACAGGUGUGACCCUGUCAUCCUCUCUUAGGGACUGAACUGACACCCGCUUCUCUACAAGGCCUCGGUUAGUUUCAGACAAACUCACUCAGAUUCAAUCACUUACAGGCUGAAGGCUCAGGAAGUGGUUGACACAUACCCUCAGGGCAGAAGUUUAUGUCACACUGGUGGACUGCUGCUGCAGCUGCUAAUCCGUUUACUAUUAUGGGAAGAUGUCUUAACUGUUUCCACUUUUGCAAAGAAAAUAUGAUGAUGAAGAGGGUGUUCAGGUUGUUUAUGAUAUGGGUGGGAAAAAAAAUCGAUACAGCAUAGUAUUGCGAUAUUUUGUCUGGUGCUAUAUCGUAUCGUCUCAUUGACCAAAUAUCGACUUUUUCAAAUUAAUUCUUAAUAUAAUUUAAGGUCAAAUCUAUAAUAAUGGAAAAAUAAAAUCAACAGUUUGUCCAGUGAGGUUGGCAGAGCUGACAUCAUAGAGUAGGAGAAAGUUAGUACAACAAAUAUAUAUGUAUAUAUGUAAUGUUUGCAAGAUGUGCUAUAUGGAAAUAAAAUACUGUUUUAACAAGACAAACAUAAAGGAAAGACAAAUGCUAAAUUAGCUUAACAGCUAAAAAAAAUUGUUGGGAUCGCAAUGUAUUGUAUCGUUAUAAUCACUGUGUUGCAAAAUGUUAAAAAUUGCAAUAAUAUCGUAUCGUGGCCCAAGUAUGGUGAUAAUAACGUACCAUGGGGCCACAGGUGAUUCCCACCCCUAGUUUAUAAUCAUAAUGCAUGAGUUUCCACAAGCAAGAUCAUAGGACUGACCAGGUAAGAGUAAGAGAAGUGUAAAAGCUUAUUUGUUGUGUUUUUUUAUGUGUGUAUAUGUACUGUUAUAAGAUUGUACACACUGUCCAUAUUCAAGUAGUUGCCUUAAAAUAAAAAGUCAAUCCAUAUUUGGUUAUUUGGAUAAACUCAAGUAAAUCCAUUGCACCCAUUCUGUCUCUGCUCCCCAGAGUUUCUGCUGUUCUGCAUGAGCGUCACAUAUUGAGAUUUUAAAAUGAGCUUCUCUGCAGCUCUUUAUUUCUCAGCUCAGUUUUGGAAGGACUGGGAGAGUUUUAAUGAGGUCAUGACCAUUUUUAACAACAACUCAAAAGUUUUAGAGUUGGUUCUGGCUGCAGUUUUCUCGUUAAAUAUUCUGCCUCCGAGUUUAUUAUUAUUUUCAUCCUGGCGUGGUAGAAUUUGGGUUAUUAUUAGGCAUGUAAUUCACGAUUUAAACAAACAUAACAUUAAUUCUCUAACUGCCCUGGUGACAGUGCAUUUUAUAUCGCAGAUGUUGACAUUAAAAGUGCUGCGUCACGGCUUUCAUUCAUUUCACAGCUCCGUUGGAACAGUUGCGCACAAAUACACUGGCUCUCAUUCUGGCCUCAUCCAAAAUCUGUAUGCAAUUAUGAUUCUUGCGUGAACCUCAUUCAUUGUGGUCAAGCCAAAGCGAAUGGGAACAGAUGUCUGAAUAAGCUCAAGCAUGUAAGCACUUUCUCCAUCAUGAGGAGUACUUGCCAUGAAGGAAUCCCUUUCAUCAUCAUAUUAAAAAAAAAACUUGUGCAACAAUUGUCUGGACCUAAUUCUCUGUAAGACUUUCUAGCCCCUGAUUUAGCAUGAACAUGAGGAGGAAUUCCAAGCAGGGGGUGAAAUCUCAUCUCAAUCAUGCAAAUACUCAGCCUGUCUUUUUCUCAUGGACCGCUAUCCACUUUUGUUCAGGAGGAGCUGAUAAUUCAAAGUAGUUAACACUUGCAAAUGAAAGGCCACUCCCCACAAUGGUCUUCAAUCUGUCAUUAUAACUGUCUCCACGGGCUAGGUGGAGGAUUACCCAGUAAGAUGUAGCUGCUUGUUAAAUUGAUGCUGUAAAGUAAUUUUGAGGACAUGUCCUGUGGAAUGCAGUUUCAUCAUGAACUGAGAAUGCUUUGACCGAGGGGUCCAAAGUAUUUAGUGUAAACAUGGACCCCUAAACUCCUUUUUAGCAUCCAGUACACAUAGGCUUUCCAGAGUAGUGAUGGGAAUUAUGGCUCUUUUUAGUGAGCUAGAUCAUUUGGCUCAGCUCACCAAACGGCUCUUUAUUUUACCUAAUUCAGCCAAAUUUAGUCUUGUUUGGCUUAUGAUUUGUAUGUAUGUGCACACAUACCUCUUAAAUAAUUCUAUACAUCCUUUGUACUCAAGUAUUCACAAGUAAGAAUGACAUUUUCUAAUAUCAGUAAAUGGCUCUAGUUGUUUUCAUUGCAUUUACAGACCCUUGUAACUCUGUUAAACAACCCAAUCAAUGUGCUGACUUGCUUGUAGAACCACUCUGCUACACAAAGCAGACAGUUUUUUUUCUAUGGUCGGGGGAAUAAGAGAGAAAAAAAUAAAAAUAAAAUGUCUCACAAACGGGAGCGGGCUCUCAUCGUUCACGUUAAAGAGCCGGCUCUUUGAACCGGUUCGUCCACGACAAACACAUCACUACUCCAGAGGACCAGUUUGAGCCGACCCUCUCUGAACUUCUUCAAAAAGUUUGCCCAAGUUGUGUUGACUCUGCUCAAUUAACAACCAUGCCAUGCCCCUUGGCCCACACACAGGCUGGCCCAUGUCAGUGGGUGCUGUGGCCUGGGGCCCAGCUAGUGGGGAGGUCAGAUGGGGAGAUUGAGUUAUCAUCUCCUUUCAGCUGCUUCAGGCCAUGGUGGGCCACACAACAAGGUUAUCUGUCCAUCUCUUGCCCUCGUCUCCCCUCUGGAUGCUCGCCAGCCUAGUUCUUUGUCCAACCCAUCUGACUGUCAUGUCCCAGCAGCCUCUCCAAGACAACCAGGACGAGCUGACCUCUGAGUUCGUGGGGUAUAGGGAGGAGGCAUGCAGUGAUGUGAAGAAGACAUGAUCUCGCAGAAAUGGCCUUUGUGUAGGAGAAUUGAGCAGAUUAGCAUUAGCGCUGAGGAGGGAAAUGGAAUUGGCUUUGUUAAGCCAUCAUCUGUUUUCUACAGAAGCAGCCUUUUACAGUAAAGAUGGAGGGGGUCCCUUCAUAGCCUGUAAUCAGUGUUUGCUGUACUCACAGGGGGCACCAUUAAGGGGGGUAUAUGUGGGGGUGGGAAGGAGGGUGCUGUAGUGGCUAUGGUUGACACACUGCUUCCACAGAGGAAGGAGCAAAGCCCUGUAAAUCCCUCUGGUCUGUGGCCCUGAGCCCUCCUCAGCCUCACCGGCCUAUCAACAGACAGACAACACAGGGCUUUCUCACGCCACACAGGCACCACUUCGCUUUCUCUGCUGUCUCCUCCACGCCCUGUCUCCUCUCCCUCUUCAUCUCGUUCCUCCGCUCCUCUGCCUUCCUCUCUAUCUGUCGAAGCAUGCUGACAAGCUCGACUCAUGUCAGCUCUGUUCCCUCUUCCUCAUAUCUCCUCUUCAGUCUUUCCUCUCGAGUAAUUGCCUCACAGUUGUCCUGCCCGGUUGCAGAUGGUAACUCAGUUUGCUUCUACUAUCCAUCUCUUUCUAUGUGACUUUGGGGAAGUGUUCUGCCAUGCAUUUCAUAGAUUGACAGUUUGAUUGUAUUUGAAGUCGUGUACCACACUGUAUCCCUCUGAGGCAACAAGUUUACCAGAAUUAAACGUUUGAGCAAACAUGCACACAGACGACUCAAUCUUUAUAGAAUACAUGCCCAGACUCCUUUUCUUUUUUUCUAACUUAGAUGCUGUGGGUCCGAAAUGUUCCAGUUAAAAAAUUUUUGAAAAUACUGAUGCAGAUGGAUUUACUCUGACUUUAUGUUUUACCUCUUCUCACAGGAAUGGCCUUGACAGCCAAAUGUGUGCAUCUUGAUAACACAUGUCGUGGUUUAAGUGUAUCAGCCAGGUUUCCCAAGCCAGCAUUUUCAACAAUGCUGCACAAAUGCGUACUGUCUUCCUUGCUAUAAUAAGUUUAGAAUAUUUCUGGUAUAAUAUAUAAACUUUUUAAAGGAUUUUUGAAAGUGCAACUAUUUAUAGAGGUUUUAGAGUCUCUUUUAGAGUACUUUCACUCAGGGUUCCUACGCAAGUAUGGAAAUAAAUUUGAUCAAUUUCCAGGUCUUAGAAAGUAUGGAAAAUGAGGAAUAAAGUAUGGAAAAAUAUUCAUGUUUCCAGACUAUUACCACAGUUCUAAAAUACUGUUGUCUAAAAUAGAAAAGUAGGUAUUUCCAAAAAUAAUUCUAAAAAGUAGGGUAUGGAGAAGUAUGGAAAUUCCAAAUCGCUGUAUGAUUAAGUUGACACAGUUGUAAAAUUUUUUGUUUUCUCAGUACUGUCAAGCUAUUUCUUUUCAUGUUUAUACUCAAUCAUGUGGGAAAAAAUCUAGCAUAUCAGGCUCGCUUCCAGUGAGAGCACUAUGUGCUACGCUGUUAGCCCUGUGUGCUGCGACUGCCUCCGUUGAGUUUGGCAUGACCAUGUGCUUGUUGUGCAUGCUGCUGUAAAGUGUGAUUCCAGAGUAGGGAGAGUCAGUCAGUCAGUGGGCAGGCCUGCCUGUCACCCUGCACAACAUAUUUAUUUGAGCUGACAGCAGACUUUAUGGGAGUCAGUCAGGGGCUGCCAUGGAGCCCAAAGAACAGGAAGAAAAGCAGGCUUUAUUCUCCGGACAAAGGAUCGACAGGGGGUCCAAAUUUAAGGUCAUUGCAUAACUACAGGAACUGAGGCUUGGGGGAUGGUUGGGUAUGGAGGCGGAGGUGUUGGAGGGAGGCACACAUUGUAAGGGACCAUCUUUCACAUUGCAACUUUGAUGCCUUAUGUGGAUCAGAGAAAACUAGAAACCUGAAGUGAGAUGCUUUUUAUUUGGGAUAAUAAUAUGUGAGGGUGACUCAAGACAUGAUGCAUUUCCUUGGUCUGCACUGUGCUCUCUGGGGAAAUGUGUAGUAUUGUCUUUGCUCAAAGUCAUAUUUCAUUUCAAAGUCUGCACAAGGAGCUCGAGUUUCAGUGAAGCUUUAAAACGUUGUUGAAUCCCAGCACUUCUUUCUUUCGUAUGACAUUUGUUUAACGGACAGAGAGACAGAUUUAAACAAUUGAAAUCCCUGAGGACACAGCGAGGAUAUGCUAUCAUCACUGUUAACCGAACACACAAUUUAGCGCCAUGAUGUAAUUAUCCUCAUUGUGCCCUCUAAUAGGUGUGAUGGAUGUGACUUCUACUCCUUUGUCUCUUCUUCAUUGUACUGCCAAGUGUCUUCGAACAUUGUUCUCACUUUGCAAAGCUGCCAGACUCUCAGGAGAAUCUGUGCUAUCUCAGUGAGGCAACAUGUUAAAUAGUUUUCAUGACUGCUAAGUGGUAAUUAUGUCUAUUCACUACUAAGGUGAAUUCUACAGCACCCACUAAUGACACUUCACGGAAAAUAAUACCUAUUUUCAUCAACUGAGUACUCCGGAUUGUCUGAGCCUUUAAAAUCUCUGAAGUAUUGUUUUUUUUAAUCGUGUGUUUGCUCAUUUUUGUGGACGUGUAUAUGUGGAAUAAAAGAAGAUUUAAAGACUUCACUUACUGACUGAAACAAAGAAUAGAUUUCUUCUCAUUUAUAAGUUUCUGCCAAUUAAAACUAGAUAUGGCUGUCAUUUAUUUUUCUUAUCUGUGAUUUUUUUUCUACUGUCUGUCUGACCUACUAAAUAUUUCACAACUAACAGGAAAUGUGAUAUGAGCUUGGAGGGAAUUGUAAAUUACAGGGUGAUAAGUCUUAUCUUUGCAGUGACGUUUCUUUGGAAAUUAAGGGGAUGUUUUGACUGAAAUAAGACAAAAGUAUGAGAACUGGCAGUAUGAAGUAUAAUAAAAAGCAAGAAUGACUUUGGCCUGAGCUCUAAAUCGUGAAAGAAAUCUCAUUUUCACAAAGUUCAGAUUAGCAUAGCCUACACACCAAUAACAGGAGUAAGUGAAUAGUUAGUUUUGCAUAUUUAAUAUCUAUACCCUCACCUGCUUUAGGUCAGUUUCCAAAAUUAUGAAAUGGAUGAAUGAUGUAUAUUGAGUCUUCAGUGACUUAGAAAUAGUUUUCUUUUUUUUCCUUCAUCUCAGACGUAAUCUUUGUCACGUAUCACCAGCUAAUUCGACGUGUCACACCUACCACCAAGUGACACUUCUGAGGAAGGGGAAAGUUUUCGCCAUGUCAAAAUAGAAAAAAAGAAAGCUGUUAUGAAAUGGAAGUUGUAAUUGUUGUUUCCUGCAGCAUUGGGAUCUCGCUAUAAUAUUUUCAAACAAAAAAGGACACUAAAGAUGUGAUAAGAUGUGUUACAUGAUUUUGCUGGUUCAGCUAAAUCUCUAGUUUGAAGGAGGAUGGUGCUGGAUAACAGGUUGAAAAGCUUUAUCGAGAUCUGCGUGUAUAGAGAAGGAGUCUUAACCUUCUCCUACAAUGCACUUCUGGGCUAGAAGACUAAAACAAUCGAGUCCAAAUUGUCUUUUUCUUGUCCGUUGAUAAAAUACUUGUCUGGUUGAGGUGAGUCCUUGUUCAUUUAAGUAGUCAACAUAAACUUUAAAACAUUCUGUAUCUAGGACUGCUCCUGCCUAUUUUGAGAGACAGUUUACCUUAAUCUGGUUUGACAAGCCACUUGACUUUGUCUUAGGCCUGCUGCAGACAAGAAGUGUGUUGGGUGUGUGACAGCUGUGGUGCAUGAUGGCCCCGAUUUGUGUUGUCAGGGCAUGAACACAGGCUGCAUGAGUUGUUGCUGUCAGCCUUUUUUCUUCUGCAAGUUUUAAGCCCAAAAUGUCUUAGCUGUUUGGACGUCAUCAGUGAUUGGUUACUGGAAAAGGUGAAGAGGUUGUUAUACCGGCAAUACCAGUACCAAUACCAGUACAUAAAUUGUACAUAUUAAUCACUCUUCACUUAACAAACUGGUUGCCAUGACUAUACAGGAGUGGUGGUUGUGGUGUUAAAGCAUUUAGAAAGCAGUUUCAUCAACAUUAAAUACCAUAUAUCUGUUUGCACAGGUGCACACACAGUGACAGAGAGAGAAAGAGAGAGAAAAGAAGGAAGAGGAGAGAACAUGUGGAUAUAGAUAGUAAAUGAUGUACUUGAAACUGACUUAAAUUUCAACUGUUUUAUGUUUUCAGUCGGGGUGUCACGAUAUGAUAAAGAUUUUGGAUAUCUGUCCGAUACCAGCAAAAAAACUAAUAUCAGAUUAUAUCGGCCUGCAUCUAAAAUCUCAGGUAUGAGCACUCCGAUACAAGCAGUCCAUUCCAGAGUCCACUCCUGCACCUCUCUCUAGCAGCGCCCUGAUCCAGGAAGCUGAGCCCACAUGAUCUCAACAACAGUGUGUACUAAGAUACUAACAAAGUAGCAAGGAGUAGGAGUGAUGUUGGCCUUGUGGCAGUAUUUUUAGUUUACGUCCGAAAAGACAUUGCAGCUGAGUAAAAAACUUAUCAUGCACAAUUUUGUGCCAAUAUUGGAUCAAUAUUUUGGUCCAUAUUGAAGGCUGCAAUAUCGGUAUUGUAUUGGAAGUCAAAAAGUUGUAUUGGGACACCCCUAGUUUUCAGUAUCAGGGGAUGCUGCAGUAUGUAUACUAUAUGUAUAAUAACAGUUUCAUGCAUUGAGCUCAUUCACAUCUAAAUAAAGUGUAUAAUUAAAAAUAUAGACAGUGGCUGAGCAGACAGAAGGGCAGAGGAGAUCUUACCAGAACAAAUAUUUCCAGAUUUCCAGUAACCUGAUGUUAUUGCAUAAUUAACUCAGCUUACCUGGUGCCAAUGCCAUUUAUGGCAACGUUUUUUUUUUUUCCAGGAAAAUUCAGCAGAUGUUCAAAUAAAGAGCUUUGCAAAUGACUUCAUCCACCUAAUAACUGUCCAGAGAAAAACUUCAGAGAAAAAGCAUUGUGCAGAAAUGAUCUCUCCAACAAAAAACAAAAGAAAACAUUAUUCCAGAAGAGCUACCAUAUUAUAUUUUCUAAGUUUUUGUCUGUUUUGGCUAAAAUCCAUGUGCAGCUUGCAGGAAAAAUUAGUGAGCCUUCUAAUUAAUCAGUGUGAGACAGAUGUGAGAUCUGCAAGAGUCCCACUCUGACUGACGGGGCUGGUCCAAUCUGUUAACAUAUGAAAUGAAAAUCAAGCCGUCCUGUGUCUGUUUCCCAUAUAAAGACUUAAAAAAAAAACAUUGAAUUAUUAGUUACAAGACAAGAGGUGACUGUUUGACAAGCCUCUUUCACACAUGCACUCCUGUAAAUUUCUAGAAAUUUUCAGUCGCUUUGCCCCUGACAUUUUCCAGAGCGGCUUGUUUAUAAAAGCUCCUCACAGCUUGAAGUUCUUCAUCUUAUGACAGCGGGAAUGAGUGGUGGGAGAUGAGUCUGUGGAGGCACUACACGACUUCAAAAGCGCAUUGCAAAACCUACAGUGUAACAUGAUGACAGUGAAAGCAACAGAGAGCUCUGCUGACAGUUUUUGCAUUUGUAUCUUUAAUAUUUUUAUUUAUCCUUGUCUCAUUCACACUGGUUACACGGCAUUAACAUCAUCACCCCUCCCUGCUCAUUUGCUGUGAAUUUUCUAGUGUUCUUUUGCGUAUUCACAUCCUCUCACCCCAAAGUUCUUGCAGAAAUUUUUACCAAAAGAUUGGCAGGAAAAAAUUCUGGAUUAAGUUUGUGUGAAACUUUUAACUACUUUCACACAUGCAGCCAAUCCAGAAAAUUGUUGGAACUUCUCAGGAUUUUUGUGCAUGUGUGAAUACAGCUACAGAGAGCUGCUGACACCAGACAAAAAUAUUUUAUUUGUGUUGUGCCAUUGUUACUUCAACUGGAGAUGAAAACAGUAUCUUGGACAGGAACCUUUAGUUAUAAAAUUCAGAUUUAUCAAAGGAAGGUUUCUUGCGAAAGGGCUCAAACACUAACAACCCAGAACAAGACUGUUUUCCUCGCAAAGCUCAUAUUAUUUCUCACAAAAGAUAGCAAGAGAAUUAUGCAUGUAAUAUGUUGAAACGAACCAAGAGCCAUGUGUCAUCUGCAACACCCACAGAACCUAAUCCUGGUAUGGUAAAAUUGCAAAAUCGCCCACAUGCACACUACAGAACAGCUCCAGAGCAGUCUUUCAAUAUUGUGUGGACUUGAAUAUAUUUGGUUUUGCACCACAUUUGCAAUUGAAAAAAAAAUGUAGAAAUUCAGCUCUGUUUGUUCACGUCAGAUUUGCACAGUAAUGCUGUGCUCCCACUGACAGAUGAAGCAGGAAAUGGAGAGUGCCAGUAUGAGGGGGGCUUACUGUAAUAGACUGCCAACAACUUCCCAAACUGGGGCAGGGAGUACAGGGUUCAUCUUCAUUGUCCCUCCUGCAAAGUUAUUUAAUCCUCCAUAUUGUUCUUUCUAUUUAGUUUUCUGCGGCUGCUUUCUAUUCAGCUCCUGCCAAGAUUUGACCGUGUUGUGGAACUCAAACAAUUAUUUCCGGCUGUUGUGCAUCACUGGACAUUGUUUGAGUGUUUCCAAAAACUUAUUCGGUAGCUGAUGGUUAGUGGGAAGAGUAAGGAGUAUGUUGGGCCAGAUGUUGCCUUUUAAAAAAGAAAUAAAUCACAUUUCAUCUCUGAGUCUGUAUCUCUUCGGUAUGUUGAUGAUGCGGUUUAUUUUUUGUCAGAGAAACUUUAAAAGGUUCAGAGUUCUGCUGUGGGUAACAUGAAGAUGACUUUUACUCAGUCUCAAAGAAUAUUGUUGACAAUCAUCAAAUCUUAGGGUUUUCAUUUCCUGUGCACACAGAGCAGUUGAUUUACAGUGCUGCAGUUUACGUAGAAAUCCCCAGGUUGGCAGUUUAUUGAAUGUAAAUCAGGCUGGCUUAGAGGCCAAGGCCGCAGGAGGGCUGCUAAUAUCGCAUCCCCCAGAGAGGAGAGCUGCUCUUUGUCUUUCCAAGCCAAAUGUAUUAGAAGCUCAUUGUGUCUUUUUUUCUCUCCAGACGGGCUGCUGUUGUGUGGAUCAUUAUGGAAGCUCUUGUCAGUUUAAGUUGUUGUUUUAAGUGAGUUAUUUGAUAAGAUCUGUGUGUGCUUUUUUCAAUCUCUUGGCUGGAUCUGGAGGAGUCAGAAGGAAAGCUUGUGGUUGUCUUUAGGGAAAUGCCGACAUGCUGGCAAAUGUUCUCUCACAGAAGUCUCUACGCACAUCCACGUUUUGAUGCUUUUAUUAGCAGUACUUGUGAGAAUAAAGGUCAGAUAAAGUGCACUGUUGCUGUUUAAUAACAAGACACUGAAGAUCGUCAGAUUCUCAGGCAUUUGAAACAGGUUUGCAGCUAAGGCUGCUCAUAUUCACUCGACUUCCUCUCAAAGCCCCUCCAAGCACCCAACAUAACCUCAAGAACUCCUCACAUUGUUUCCUGUGAAGGAGGUGAACUUCAUUUUUUUUUCUGCUUCUAGUGUUUUCCAAAAUGGGUCAGCAGAUGUUAGAGAGAAAGGAGGGAGAGAAAGAGAGAGAGAGAGCGAGAGAGGUGGAGGAGGAGGAGGAAGAAGAAAAACAGCCAAAGCAAACUGUUUGCUCUGCAGUGUGGGCUGAUAGGAGAGAUAGAGAGAAGAGUGGGAGAGAGAGAGUGAGGGGAAGAGACUGCAACUCAGUGUUCUGGUCUAACGCUAGAUGAAAAAAAAAAAAUUCUGCUAGUUCUGAAGUAGUGGACAUCACGUCCUGUCCUUCAUCCUCCAUGUCUCCAAGCUUAGUUUUUUGAUAUUUCAAGAAAUAUCCUCCUAAUACCUGCCAUAACAUCUGUUGGUAAAUUACUUUGUAAGACUGCACAUGCAGAGGGUCUACACAGUAACAUGUAGUUCAUGACAUGUAUUUCAAGUGCUUAAAAGUCAGACAUAGACUUUGUAAUUGUAUGUGUCAUUGGAGGAUUUAAUCUGUUGUUCCAUAUGCUAAACUGGAUUAGCAUGUGAAGAUGUUGAUUCGAGAAUAUCGAUUAGUAGGGCUGGGCGACAAACCAAAACUUACCAAUACCAAAAUGUAUGACAAUACCAGACGCCAUUUUGCACAUAUCGUUAUAUUCGGUGUCAAAAUGAAUAAAUAAAUAAAAGUUGGUUUUGGAUGUGUGUAGGUAGGCUAUGGUCUCAUGUCCCUCUAAGAUGCCGUCUUAGGUCAGAGACGUGACUCCACCCCAUCCAGUCUGUAACAAAGAGGGAAAGACAGGUGAGGAGAUGGAGGACGGUUCAAAAGUUGUAGCGGCUGGAGCAGCUUGUGGAGUAGUUAUCGUCCAUUUAUCGUUAUCGAGGUGAAGUGCUCAAUAUAUCGGGAUAUAGAUUUGAGGCCAUAUCGCCCAGCCCUAUCGAUUAGCCAGCUGAAGUGACUAAAUGAUUGCCAAGUUUGCAGUGAUAGUUAACACAAGCUGCAAAGUGACACUUUAUCUUUGUAUUCUGCUUUUGAAUAGGUGAAUAUACUUAUAUGUGUUAUCUUCACAUACAGUGGAGUCACUCUCAACUAAUUCUAAUUAAAAAAUUUUAAAAAAUAAGUAAAACACUUAGAUACUCUUAUUUCUUUAUAUGCCAGAAUGUCCCACUUAGGAAACUCACUGAAACUUUUCAUGUGCUGUUUUCUGCUAACUCGGGACUUGACUCAAAGUGCCCUGGCUUAAACCCAUCAAAACCCUCCAUAUGGCCAGAGUUUGUUUUGAAUUAGAGUCACCACACCUCAACUUGCUGUAUAUUAUACUGGCAGGUCCCACUGCUCACUGAAUGCACACAAGUGAAGGGAAAUAAGGUCAGUUUCCAACCUGAAAUAGAAAGUUGAAAAAGACAUACAACAAACCUGAGGGUCAUUCACUUAACUUGACAUCAUAAAUCAAGUCAUAAAGUGGUGACAGGUUAGGCAUUAACUCUGCUCUAUUUCUUUUUCAUGUUUGUUUCCUUUAGGAAAAGAGAGAGAGAACAAGUGUUUCUAAAUUGUACCUUACAGAUUUUGAAUUGUCAUUGAAUGCUCUUUUUAAUUCAAAAGCCAUCUGUUUAUUUGCCAAUGUAUAUUUUCUUUGCUCAUUUUGAUAUCCAGCCUUGUACUGACCAAUUUCCUGACAUGCUUGUCUUUUUUUACCAGGCUCACACAACAGAGUUAACCAGUGUCCUGUCAAUGAACACGGUUGCCUGGACCUAGAUGUGUGUAUCCACAUGAGCAAACUGUGUGACGGAGUCCCCGACUGCAGCGAUGGCUGGGACGAGGGUCCUCACUGCAGAGGUAAAACAAGCACCCACAGCCUCCAUCCUUUAAUUGUGUCCAUUUGAGACACAAAAAGAUUCGAUUAGCCUACUCUGGCUUAUACAAUUAAAAUGGAAUUUCUCUUUUGGGGAAAAAAACUCAUUAAUUUAUCAAUCAGUUAAGUUGUAGGCCUGUUUCCACAAUCCCUGUGAGAAUGGUAAGCAUUCAGGCCAUCUGCAGCAGAGGAGGAAUCUCUUAAAAUGAGAGGUGUAGGGCGUGUUGGGUCCAGAGUGACCAUUUGUUCCAGCAGACAAACACAAGUAAACCAUUGAUGCCGUGAACAUCAUACUCAGAGAGACAGUCCUCAGACAUUGUUGAGCUGUUUUGAAAUCUUUCUGUUUGGAGUUGCAUCAAUAUGUGUGUAUGUCUUUCCCUUAAUUUUGCACAAUCUCUACUGUGCCAACCCGUAUCAAACCCCUGUUCCUGGAAUAUGAAAUCACUUUACCAAACCAAAGACCAGGAACGGGGGGGCUGGUCUGCCAAGUUGUCAAACAAUGUUGAUAAUCAUGGCUCACCUUAUCUUUUCUGAUAAGCACAAGCCAAGUUUGUGUUGUAAAAUCUGCAAUAGUGAAUGUGGGUCAUCACAACAAGGUACUGUAGGGUUAAAUUUCACUGUUGGGUUUAUGUCUGUUUUAAUGUUAAAGCAGUUUUAUGUGUAUUUUUAAUUCCAUUAUUGUGAUAAACUUCAUCAAAUCUGUUAUAUCAUGCUAAAAAUCUUAUUUUUCUGAUCAGAUCAGCUGAGUAUGUUUAUUAAAUAGAACAGUAAUCAAAUAAAAUUUCACUUGAAGCAUUUCACUUUGACAAGUGUUUAUCCAGAGGAGUGAGGGCACUGCAGGGCAUCUGAAGUGAACAGUUUGUACAAAGUGGACACACAGACAGACACACACUCACUGGUCAUCACUGCUAGACAAGCUUUUACACAACACAGUGAUGACGUCGUGCAAUCACAACAUGCACUGCCCGUCCCCGAGGACACAAGUCCAGCUGUCCUCAGUAACACACACUAUCGCUCAGGCCGACAUGUUCAUGGGCUCCGAAUGCAUUCAGCUCUCAAAUAUGCACACAAACUCAGCGCUCGCACAGUCACAUUCCUGUAAAUACACACCCAAACACACCCAUUACCCCCCACACAAACACACCAGCAGUGUGUCCAGAGCUUUUGGCACUGCUGUUUGUGAGCUGCCCAGUUUUCAGGGAAAGGCCUGGCCUUUCACAAGCAUCCGAGUGUUUGCUUGUACAAACUGCUGGGUUGUGCAAGUUUACCUGGGCACUGAUGACUGAAAGCAGACUUUGUCCAUCAGCUGGUCCAAGAAACUCUGGUGAAGUCCAUGUUUGGAGUGGUUAGAGUGAGGCUGUAGUGAGGAAGGUUAGUCAGGAGUUUUAUUUUGGUGACAUUAAUUAUCUCAGCAUUUUCACUUGGUGGUGCGUUGUGUACAAGAAUAAAGACAAAGGAGUGAACAAGUGGACAUCAGUGAUUUGAUUAUAUAGUUUAUACUAGCUAUGUGAUUUCAAGGUCCACAUACAGCCUGUAACAGCAAAUCAAACUGUCAAUAUCAUUUGACUGUAAUUGUGAAAAGUCCCUUUACAGCCUUUUUUCAUAAUUUGAGCCAUUUAUUCAUCUAUUAUCACACUACUGUCUUCCACAUUUCCUCAAUAAUUGUAGCUAUUAAGAUAAUUUGGCAUCGAAAAGUUUGUGUGCUCUUCUGGGCUUUGAUGAAAAAAGGAUGAGGUCAAACCUAACAGCCUACUAAUCUAAACCUGGUGGCAAAUCUGGUUUAAUUAGAUUAUUGAGUAGAAAAGGUUUUGUAGAAACAGAAUAUUAGUAUUUUUAUCAUUUAAAGAUAGGUUUGUUUUUGUUCUAUCUACAAAGGGAACUGGUCCCUGUCCACAUGGCUGCCAACUUGCACUGUCAUGUUUACAGUCGCAACAGACAGACAAACUAGUAAAGGCUAUAUGUGUUUUUUUAUUUAAGGGGUGUCUGCUGGAAAUGCACAUUGUUGAAACACGAGGAUGAAAAAGAAGAGGAGACUGGUUGUUGUGUGUAAAACUUAAAUAGAGGAUCACACGAACUAGGCAUCACAGGAGCCUUUCACCUUUUGAGCAUCACAAAUGUGAUAAUGUCAAGAGUUGAAAUUGCGAAAUAUUCCCAUAUCUUCGUAUUCAACCUUUAAUUUUGGGAGCUUUAGGAGGGACAGCUCACACAAAUUCUGGCAGAAUUUAAAGGUGAAGUCAAGAGAUCGUCCCCCCCAAAAACAAACAAAAAAAAAAACAUGCUUUUUUAAAAAUGUUUUUAUAUGCUUAAGAUCAUUAAAAAGGCAAAAGCUGAGAGUGCUAUUCCAACUCUUCAGAUCUCAGCCUGCACUGGUCAGUUUAAGGCCUACUUUUAAAACCCUUGUGCUAAACGUAGCUCCCUUUGAGUGGUAUUGUUUCCCCUUUAUAUGAGUGAAAGGUAAGAGACUGGGUUUGUCUUUUCUUUAUUUUCUGCGUGAAGGGGGCUCUCUUUGUGGGCCCAGGCCUUAGACCUGCCUCCCCCACAAGUGACUGAUAAUAAGGAGAGGGUAAAUGGGGUCAUAGCAGGACUCUUGAGAGUGCUUCCCUUCUCUUGGUUGUUUUAAAAGGAGCUCUUAUUAUUGUAGCGGCGUGAUGCUACUGUUAAUGCGUGCAGUUGCUUUUUAUUGACCUUCAUAUCCCACAGACUGAGUUAUCAGUUUCAGGCUGCCUGUGGAAAGAUCACAGUGUCAUCUUUAUUCAUGAGAGGGCCUUCGCCUAAAUGAGUUUAUUGGCUGCAGCUCGAGUUGUCUUGCAUGACAAGACAUGUUUUAUUGCUUUUAUUGUCUUUUACCAGCUUUGUAUAAAAAAAGGGCACUGCGGCGUUAAACUGUUGUGCAUUUCUUGACUCACAAUGGGCUGCAUAAAGAAGAGGGGGAAAAAGAGUGAGUUUCUUUUUAGGCAUGUUGAACUGAUGUGUGUUUGGGGUUUUUGUGCUCCAGUAGAUGUACUUUGUGUAUUUGUACAUUUGUGUUUGAGUGUUUGUUUAAGUUUGAAGCGUCUGGGGUAGUUUGCUAUGAUAGCUUCUGUUUGCUCAUUACUCAAACUGCUGCUCAGCUUGUGUUUGCAUGUGGUUACUUUGCCCCUUUUGAUAAAGGAGCUCCAAACACUACCAGUAAAUACACGUUCGUCCUACCCACAAGCCUUUUUUACUCCCCCUGUCCUUCCACCUCUACCCACAUGUCUUUAUAUACACAUCAUUGACUUCAUAGAGCUUAAUGUACAGAGCCCACCAAUGCUCAGUCCUCACUUGUCUGCCACAGAGCAUUAAUCAUCUACUUUUACACGUGAUGGAGUGGACCAUGAAAUCAAACAAUCACAGCAGGUUCACUGAGUUAAGUAGCAUCUUUUAGAUGUAGCCUGAUUUCAUGUUUAACCAACCGAGGUGAUCCACUUAACUUAGAUGAGAUUGGUAUCCUCAAAGCUGAGUUGUGUCCCAUUUUUUUUAGUUCAAUUAUGAUCAAUGCUAGAGUGCAGGUUUAAUAUUUUCAGGAUACACGUGAAGUCCAUAAUAAAUAGAGCUUAAUUUUGUUUAUAAAAAGCAAAGUGGUAAUUUGAUAAAACCUUAAGUAAAUGGUAGGCUCCUGUGGUUUGCAGGUAGAGGACAGGGGCAUGUGUGAACAUGUUUCCAGACAGUGAGAGCACACAGGUAGGAAUGUCCCGGGAAUUACCUCUCUUUGAAAUGUUACUGAAAACAUCCUGUUAAUAAAACAUCCUGUUUUAUACACUUAGUGUUCAGUUUGAUAAUUGCUUCCAAUUAUAGCAGAGGGAGUUUUUAUCUAUUUAUAUUCUGUUUUUAGGAAGGAGAAGGAUCUGUUUUCAUGUCAGCUGAUAGGUGAAGGAGGUGAUCUCUUUGAGGGAGGUGUACAAAUUUAACAGCCCUGAUAGUUUCAUGAUGUAACUGCGAUCAUGACUCUGAUACCGUUAGGUUGUUGUUGUUGUUUUACUCAACCUGCAGCACCCUAUUUUAGCUCUGUCUGCUCAAGAUAGGAUUUUAAAGGAAAUGUCAGCUUUCAUCAUUUUCUUCAGGAGUUGGCUGGUGAUGGAGCCAAAGAGCAUUUCCAGACAGAUAUAUUUUCCAAAAAUACACAUCAGCAGGAUAGUGCAUAUUGAAAUGAUGCUGUACUCAUAAUGCUAGGGCUGUAAUUAACCAAAGAAAUUCUUGGUUGACUAAAACCCUGAAAUCUUUGAUCAAAAAUCGACUAAUCGGUAGGGAGGGAUUGUCCGACUCUGACAGCAAACCCCUCUGCGGUGGGACACAGCUCGGCGGGGUGAAAAAAUACUGAUACCAGCACAAGAGAGAAAUUAAACACAAAUUUUAUAUUUUGCAAACCACCAGACGCUCUUUAAUCUUUCUGUCUCCAGCCGAUCUCCAGCAGGUUGUGCAAAUCCAAAAUGGUGAAAACAAGGAGGGUGUUCUGAGACAGGCUCUUAUUUGUGAAAUGGGUGCUCUGAAAACACCUUCAUUAGCACUUGGUACGUUCCUCCUGAUUAAAUUAGCCAUAGUCUGUAAAUUGACGCUGAAAAAACAUCGAGUCGACCAAUCAGUUCACAGCAUGUAUCACCAAUAAGUCGAACAGUCGACUAGUACUUUACAGCCCUACAUAAAACAUGCCUUAAUUCUUGUUAUCCCAAAGCCUUCAGUGUUUUUACUUUGUCCUGAGUCAGUUCAAUUACACUCACAAAUACAGAAAUGUGUAACAGCCCGGUGAGACAAUUGGCAAACAGCCACUCCCUGCCAACAUUUAAAGAGCUACAGAUGAGUGAAAUUGAGGGUUUCUAUCCAUGCAGUAAGAAAAUCAAUGGCUCGUCCAUGCUUGUUUAGGACUGAAGACCUCUGUGAGAUUUGUUUGCUUUGUUCAUUAACCCAAGGUCAACUGCCUAACACACUGCUGUAGCUUAUUUAAUCAAAACUGGAACUCUCUUACCUCUCUAUAUCCUUAAACCUAAGCCCUGUCUUCACUCAUUUUCACCUCUGUUUGCCCUGCUACCCUCUUCUUACCCCCAAUUUUGCUCUUUUCAUUUUGCUCAGUUGUUUUUUUCAUUCUUCCCUCAACAUUUUCUUUUUGUACUUACUCCUUUGCUUCCCUGCUGUUGUUCACCUACAAAUGCUCUCUGAGGUUGAUACAGACGCAUUCGCAGAUUUACAUUUCAGAAAAACUUAUGAGGAAGUUUUUAUAUUUUUAGAAGAGGGGUAAACUUUAGCAAAGUGAAAGGUUGUACUUCAGUAUUUGAACUAGUCUUGCACAGGGUUUUAUUUACUGUGUUUAUGUCUGAGUUUUAUGACUGUUAGUGUUUAAACUAUUAAUUCAUUGUAAGUGAGACUCAAUAAAAUGAUUCAAUUAUUAAAGAAUUUAUGGUAGAAGAUACUGAUUUGUUCUUAGUUCUCACAAAAUAAGGAUUUUGUUUUGACAAUUGGAGCAAUAUCUGUGCUCUUGUGGCCCACCCAUAGCUUGAUACCAGAUCGAGCAAAUGACCCAGGACAGAGGUACAUUUUGUGGGUGUUUUUGCCCUCUUGCUGCCUGUGGUCUCUCACAGUGUGAGGCUUGGUGAAUGGAUUCGAUAUGGGCCACAGUGUUUGCUGGGGGACUCUUCCUUUCAGCAGAGCCACAACAAAAGGGUCAUUGUGGCUCUGAGUGCUGCAGGCUUUUUAUAAUAAGGACCCUUCAUUGGUCCAAUCUCCGCUCUUCACAGCCAAACUAUGACAAGUUACUGUAAGCAUAAUUUGUCCGUGACCAUUCAUGGUAAUUUAGCUGGAUGCUGCUGAGAUGUAUUUUGAAAUGCAAGUGGAUGCCUCUUUUCUUCAUUUGAGUACAUGUGUUUACAUUCGGUUAAUGAUUAAAUGGAAGGGUUCUCAACAAGUGCAGCUCUUUAAACCCACAUGGGGCGUGUUUGUUUACGUAUGUUUAUAGGUUAUGUGGACUAACAGUUGCUGUGGCUACAGUAUUGGAUCUCUAGAUAAUAACUAAAGCGGUUAUUAUCAUAUGGAAGCGUUGCAUAGAUAAACCUGCUCGUCAUUUUUAUGUCAGUGAAUAGAUGAUUAUCCAGAGAGAAAUGCUCGCUGAAAUAAAGAGAAGUUCAUCAUCUGUGUGUGGGUGUGUGACCUGGAAAGAGUGUCGAAGAUAGGAAGAGAAUAUUUCAGAAAAACAAAAGCCAAUUAUGACUCAACCUCUCCUAUUAUUUCUCUGCCUUGACUUAACUGCUUUUGGGUGCAGAUACUGGUUUAUUGAACUCAAGGGGAGAACCUACCCAGCAGGAGUGACAAGCUUGAUCUUUGCCGAAAGCCUCUGAUAGUUCAUCCAGCACAUUAAGGCUGUCAUAAAUGUAGUUUGUCUUGUAGUACUAGAUGUGUGCCACUGUCUAGCAUAUUAUCACAUUAAUCUAUGACAGCUUGCCUCUUUUAUCUUGUAGCCUGCAGACACUCAUCUGUAUGCACACAGACACCCUAUAGAUGGCAUGAUGAGGGGGUGUGUCCAUUCCCCGCUUUCAUUUGCUGCCAGAAGGAUGUGUCCUUGAGUCCCCUCUGUGGGUGGGAAAGAAGAGGCCCUCUAGCACGUGCACAUUCAAAUCUGCACAUCUGCCGAAUGCACAGAGGAAUACACUCUGGCAUACACAUGUAUUUGACCUACACAAGCUUAUACACAGUCCUAUCUGAUCUCCCAGAGGAGAUGUGAUGGGAUUUGACAGUGUGUUCCUGUGAAGAUUGCCCUGGGAUUAAGAUAACAAUUGGAAAGCUGAUCCGCACACAAACCUGGUUAAGGAGGCAAUUACUUAAACAGGUUUCAUUUAGCCUCUGAAGAGCUCCUGACAUGUGUGCCACUCCCACCCUUUGGGUAUUUAAUGUUCCCUGUCUGUGUGUGUUUUCUUUCUUUUCCGCCACAGAACAGGCACCAGGCUGUGCCUCCCAUGGGUGCCAGUAUCACUGUGCUGUGACUCACGAUGGGCCCAAGUGCUACUGUAGCAACGGCUAUGAGGUUGCUGCAGAUGGAAAGACAUGCAAAGGUAAUAGACUGUGUUUUCUUUGAUCUUGAUACAUGCAUAUUGGUAACAGUUUUUCUUUUUUCAUAGCACUUUUAAAAACAGAAGUUUGCAAAGUGCUUUGACAAAUAGUCAAAAAGCACUUGGAAAUAAAGUAAAAACAAAAAGCCCAGUUAAAGUGGAAUUGAAGGCCAUUUUCAGAUGUCAUAAGGAACUCAGACAACACAAGAACCAUGCAGCAACAUAAAAUGAGACCAUGAGGACCAAAAUAAAACAUAAAAUAAUUAAGAAAAUGCAAGAAAAAGGGGGUUUGAAGCAGAAAACAGGAUAGUAAAUAAAAAAGACAGUAUUAAUAAUGAUGAUAAAAUAAUAAUAAAGUAAUAAUGAUAAUGAUAGUAAUGAUAAUAGUGAAUGAGUACACUUUUAUUGAAAUGAAAAUCCGCUGUAUAAUCUCUGUGUGUCUUUUCCUGUAGACUUCAAUGAGUGCGGUGUGUAUGGGACAUGCAGUCAGACCUGUACAAACACUGAGGGCUCCUACACCUGCAGCUGUGUGGAGGGCUACCUGUUGCAGCCGGACAACCGCUCCUGCAAAGCCAAAAAUGGUAAGAGGAUACGGACACACAAAGUUAGAGAUGUAUUCCCCAAACUGAAGAAUAGUUAGUUAGGUGGGUUUUUUUCUUGUCUCUUGAUUACAGCAGAUCAUCACUCUGCGUGAUCCAGCAUCCCUGUUGCUUCACAGGCUUACUGGGGAAAGACAUAUUACAGUUGUGCCUUUAAUACCUCUGCCUCUUUUCCUCCUCUUUUUCUCCACUCUGCUCCUGAUCACCCUCCCCAGAGCCGGUGGAUCGCCUGCCUAUGCUGCUGAUUGCAAACCUCCAUGACAUCCGUUGCACCACACUGAGCGGCUCCACCUCCCGUCUAUCCUCCAUUGCCACCAAGCAGACCAUGGCUAUGGACUUCAUCUAUGCCCAGGAAACUGUCUGUUGGAUAGAUGUUGGUGAUACCCCUGCCGCCACCCAGCUGAAGUGUGCCAGCAUCCCUGACCUUAAGACUGUCACCAACAUUCGCACCAUUAACAUCUCCCUCAGCCUGCACCGUGAGUACUUUCACUGACUACGCUUUUGUUUCUAAAACUUAUUUCUUUUUGUGCUGACACAGUAUUCCCGCUAAAUGUUGUCAGGUUCAUGGAGGGCCCGGCAGCUCGGUUGUAGUCUGCCAUCGGGAGAGAAAUGAACCUCACAUGAAACUACGAAAGCGGCGCUCAGAUAAUAAGUUGUAGCUGUCAGCUUACACUGUGUGAAAUUUCCAUACUUUUUUUCCUCCUAAAUCAAAUGGUCAACUUUGCAUUUGCUUGCUCAGACAAAUCUAAGAUGUGAAGCAAUACGGCCUCAUCUCCGAAAACCGCUCAUACCGACGUUUAAGUGCCAAGAAGAAAUGCUGAGUGCGGCUUUAUUUCUCCAAAGGGUUUGUCUUUGAAGAGCUGGGGCAUCCUGACACUCCACUAAAUCAUCCCAUAGGGCCAGUAUGUGUGUUGCUAACCUACAUUGAUAUGGUACAUAUAAGGCCGCCAGCGUGCCUCCAGGAGGACGUUUGCACAGUUCUUGUCAGACAAAUAGUAACUUACUAUGUUGCUUGAUUUAUGUACUGGCUGUGCAGAGGCUUUGAAGUGCAUUUUUUCACUGCUUUGGAUUUGAAUAUAAUGGGAAGAACCUCACCUCCAGUCAUUGAUGCCAUUUGUUUAAAGUUUCCCCGCAGAAGUCCCUCAGGUACAGGGAGAUUUAUUGUAGAAGGUAAUGUACAUAGCACACGUGUGAGUCAUGUGUAUAGGAGGGUAAAGUAUAGAACAGAUCACAUUAACUGACAAUUGAAAUGUCUGACUCUGGAGGCGAUGUCCUCAUAAUCGUAGACAUAAACUCAGACUCUCGUCUCUUUCGCAACAGGCAGACAAGCGUAGACUUACUUACUCUUCCCUCAUGAGUGGCUGACUCCCAAAACAUAUGACAUGAUUUAUCUCUGAUUACAAGCCUGACAAGGUUUGUUUUUAUUUCACCUGGCUGACUUAGCUGUUACUCUCCAAGAAUGGGGGCAGGAAUGUAGACAAAACAUAAAAGUUAGGGUGUGGGUUUGUGCGUGUGCGCAUACAUCCGUGCGUGUGUGAAGCUGUCCCCUGAGAACCAGCCUGAGGCAUCGAGCAGCAGAUGUGAGGAAAACAAGCGGAGAAGAAGGAGAAGCCUGAAAUGUGGGACGGGAAACCUGCGACAUGAUUAUAAGUGCUUCGGCUCAUAUCCACUUCAAAUGAAGCUUGUGUAACUGCUGUCACUGAUGACAGCCGGCUCAGUGAACACCGGUGUCUAAAAAAUGGGGGUUUUCCCGUUGAUUCACUGCACCCUCCUAAGCGGCCCGUAUCCCACCUCGUGCUCUUUGUGUUUGCUCGUCACUCUGACUUUUUGAUUCAUGGCUCUGUUAAGUGGUCUGAGGGGUAAAUGGGGGUGAGCGUUGGAAAUGAGACACCCUGAGGAGACGACAGGGAGAGAAGGUAGUGAUCUGCUGUAUCUCAAAAGUGUGUGUUUGCGCAGACGUAUGCAUCCAUAUGCAAGUAGUCAUGCAGAUGGUAUUUACAUUCCUCCAUUGGUUAUGUCAGCCUGAACAGUCUCUACAUUCCUCUGUCCGUCUCACGUCCUGUCCAGUCAGGUCACUUUAACUCUCUUAUAGCUAAAGCACACACACACACAUGCACACACACCCACACACAUGCGCGCACACAACCCAAAUACCUUUGACUCAUGCAGCCAUUACCUAGUCACAUAUUACCUUUUAUGAAUUGAGAUUUGUGUCUCUGUGUCAUACUGAUCUGUCUGGCUGCCACUGUACACGUUUUUAUGUGCUGUCCCACUUAAAUGCAACUCAGAGUCUGCAGUCUUCCUGCAUUGCGCAAUUGUACAAGUUAUUAUUUGAUUACCUUGGCUAUCCGAAGUUCACUAAAACUAGAUUUUACUGAUCAUAUAUUACAACACUGAUAUCUGACAGUAAAGUGUAGGACAUGUCCAUCAGGUGAAUGACUUCCUGUUGGAUUUGCGUAAUAGAUUUGUGGUGCUCCUGUAAUGGUCGGAGGAACUUAGUAAACUUUAGUGACGGGAUAUGUUCAGGAGGUACCAAUAAAACCCUUCAGGGCUGGUAGAGUAAGAAACACUCAACAUGUAGACAUUGAUUUAACGCAAACAGACAGUUUUAAACACAACUAAAGAAAAUACAAGUUACAUGAGUCCAUCACCUGGACUUUAAAAAAAUAUUUUUUAUGAAAUGAGAGCAGGUUGUCUUGAUCUUCCACAUUAUUUAAGUAUAAAAAUCUAUGAAUUGUAGAUCUGCACAUGUCUGUUGGUGGGGUUUGGCUGUUUUCAGUAACAUAUGUAGCAAAAAGGAAAACAACUGCAAGACUUAUGCAUAAUGACUGACUCCCCCUUGUCUCAUGUUUUAUUGAUUUUGGCUUUAAGCUCUGGUAAGACAGUAAAAACCGUCUGUUUAUUUUCUGGACAUCUGCUGUGGUGGUUUGCUUUGAAUUAUGUUACAUAAGUCUAAAAAGGGUGAACUUUAUGUCCUUCCUUACUAACCCAUAUGACUUUCCCUUAAUUUAAGGUUUAAUUUGUGUGCUUUAAAUUAUAUUUGAUCAUGUAAUUGGGGCCAAGCAUGGGCUUUUGAUUGAUCAGUGCAGGGUUUUAUAACAAGCAGGGCUCAGGUGCACUGCUCGAAGUAUGGUAGGCAGACCUGGGGUUUGUACUUAGAUGGUAAUUGGUGGAACUGCAGAGGGGGUGGGGGGGUCGGUUGAUUUAUAGCCCCUGGGAGUCUCAGAGAGUAGGGAUGAUAAGUAGUCAUGGGCCCCAGAUGUUGCCUGAUCUGUUUGCAUGUGAGAUUCUCUGGGUUGGGAGAUAAAAGGGGAGCAGAGAGUACCUUUACCAUCCUGUGAGCAGAGCUAUACCUCCACCUCCUCCCCAUGUUCCUCUGUUCACCCUUCAGGCCUCUUUCACUUUCCUUUGUAGCUUUUGUUAUUGAGGAUUCCUUUAGAAUAAUGAAUACAUAGAAGUUCUUUUCUCGUAUCUGUCAAGCAGAGGUUAUUAACACUUUAUGGGAGCAAAAUUAUAUCCAAUUAAAAAUGUACUAUUAUUCUUGCUUAGAGUUUUUACAAGAUGUUAAAGGGAUAGUCUGGCAUAAAUUUAAAUUAUGGUCAAACACACCGUAACACUGAGUUAGACACCCCGUCGAGAGAUAAAUGAUGCCAACUGUUUGCCUCUCUAGUUAUAUCAAAUUUAACAACACGAUAGCAAUACACAGCGGUCUAUGUCUCCAUGCGCAAACCUCAACCAAAACGCCACUCUAUAGCCACUAAUAAUGCUCAGAACAGCGCCUAACUUCAUUGACAGUACAUAUAGGGUCCUAGCCACAGCACUAGCCACCAAACAUCAUUUUAGCUUUGCCUGGUUUCUUUAGCAAAGAGACUAAACACAACUCACCCACUCUCCUCCAUCAGCCUCUUAUUUGUGGGGGAGCCCUGACGAGUCGAUCACCGAGUGCAGUGAAGUUUCGCAGCUCAAGGAAGAACCCUUGAGCUGCAAAACGUAAUGAAGGCAGAAGAACUACAGCGUCUGUAGAGCGAAAUGAUAAUUGUGAUGACUAUUACUUCACAGAAAUGGUAUAAUUAGUUGGUAUACUUAGAGAGCCAAGCAGUCAGCAACAUUCAUCUCUGGAGGGGGAGUCUAACUCGGUGUUACGUGUGUUUGACCACAACUUAAAUUUAUCACUAAUAACUUAAACAGAAUAACCCUUUAAUGUGCAUCCAAAUUGCGAUGAAGUGGUCCAGUCCACCACAUUAUUCUCUCAGCUUUUGCUCUCACAUAUUUCUUCAUCAGGUGUUCCUUUCCAGUGAGUCGCCUCUCUUUUUUAUACCUGUAGCAGAGGGGGGUUUGUCUAUGGAGUUACAGCCUUGUAAACUGAGGUUAUACAGUAAGUCACAUCUUUAUGAGAAAAUCAUAAACCAUUAGUUCCAAAGAGUCAUAGAGCGUUAUGCCCGGAUUAGUAAGAUCUUCCUGGUAUGGGUUUGAUUAUGACACCAGCAUGAUGUGGUCGUUUUUUAUUAGUUUGCACUAGCGUGUAAACAGAGUACUGCCUGCACUGACAUGCAAAAAGAGGAUGUAACAUGCAAGUAAAAAAUCUGAGAUGCUCCUCCUGGGUCUUUGCUCUGUUGUGUGACGUGUUUAAAGGACUUGAAGAGGCUGUGGCCCUGUGUGUUAAUACCUUUGCUAUUUGCACUGAAAGCUUGUUUGUUGUGAGCCUGUAGGUGUUAGAGGCAGGAAGUUAAAAAGGGUAAGGGUGGUUGGAUGAGGAGAAAGGGGUGGGUUCAUUCAGUUUCUCAGCAAACUUUUCCACUUACCAGAAGUUGAAUGAGAGGGGACGUCAGCAGACUCCUUGGCUCUCUGGAAAAGGGGGUCCACUACAUGUAGGCUGUUACACAACACACACGCAGAAGUCACUGUGUUGCACAACUGGAUCUCUAGUCUGGAUGUGAGUCAAAUCGAAGCCUUCUGCAGCCAGGCUCGCAGCUGGAUUUCUUUAGAGGAGUUUGGUUUUAGAGCUGAUACCAAUGGGAGUAUCACUAUCCGUCUUGACUCUAUUACAGACUUCCCCUGUUGUCAGAAUCUUGGUUUGAAUGUUUGUGAAACAUCUUGGGCUGUUUUUCACUCUCUCCCUCUGUUCAUUUGACUCCGGUAUUUUUUUUUAUUGGCUUGUAUAUUUAUUAUGGAAGUGUGAUUACUGUUACUGUUUUAAGACUUACAGUAAAUGAUUCCCAGCUUGGAGUUACACCAAGUACUUUCAGUCCACUGACUUCAUAAUAAUUCAUUUUUUCAUUUUCACUCACAAAUUACAUGAUCUCACAAAAUUUCCUCCCAGAUUUUCUGAUAUUUUAGACAAGAAAACUGUCAAUUUCAUGUGAGGCAGACUUCUUAAACCUUCAUGUUUAUUUGGUAGCUGAGGUGUUGCAAAUAAAAAGGUGAAAAAAGCAUCAAGUGGACACUCAAGAAACUGAUGUUUUUCUUUUUUAACACCUGAGAUUGCUGCCUGGUCUACAUUAGGGGUGGGAGAAAAAAAUCGAUACAGCAUAGUAUCGCGAUAUUUUGUCUGGUGAUACAUCGCAUUGUCUCAUUUACCAAGUAUCGAUUUUUCAUAUUAAUUACUAAUAUGAAGUCAAAUCUAUAUAAUGGAAAAAUAAAAUCAACUGUUUGCCCAGUGAGGUUGGCAGAGGUGACGUUAGAGAGCAGGAGAAAGUUAGUACAACAAAUACAGAAGCACCUGGGGAAAGACAUUAAGAAUACAAGCAGGGCACAAAUGAGAUGGACCUGACACAUGAGAUCAGCAAGAUGUGCUACAGUGUAAAUAAGACAAACAUAAAAGAAACACAAAUGUUAUAUUAGCUUAACAGUUGAAAAAUUGUAUAAAUCGCAAUAUAUUGUAUUCCAAUACUCAUCGUGAUAGUAUCGUGAUAAUAUCAUAUCAUGGGGCCACUCGUGAUUCCCACCCCUAGUCUACUUUUGGCUCAGAUGUGUAGAAGCUCUGUUGUUGACUUUCUGUGACUCUAUCUUUGAGCAUCACGGUUGUCACAUGUGGCUCCAGCACAGACAUUUUCCUUAUCAGUGAUUGAAGCUGUGGCACAUGCUGACUGUGUGCACACGGUCCUGUCCUAUGCCCCCUCAUGAACCCAAAUAUCAUUAAUAGUAGUCCGAUGUCUUCACUGGAGAGACAUGUGGUCACCUUGAUACUGCGGCGUGCCUGUGGGAUGCGAGAGUGUGUGUUUACAGAGUUCUGCUUUGAAAUGAAGUUUAGCUGCAGCUGUUAAAACACAAAGCUGUGUGCUCCCACAUACACACCUGGUUGUCCCUGUGGUUUGAGAUUCCAGCACUGAGUCUCAAAGGACAGACUUCCCUUUAAAGUGAGAUCUUUUUCCAGUGCCGUCUUCGCACUUAUUUCCGAUGUGUUGUGCUGACAACAAAUCGGAAACAAAAGUCUCUAUCUGCAGAGCUUCCUCUUUCUAGGCUGGCCUAGUAAGCAGAGGAGUUAUAAAGUGUCAGGCUCUUCUGUGAGAGGUGUUGAAACAGGGUUGACAUCAUGUCUCAAUGACAAAAUCCUUUGUUUUUUGCUCUUUCUAUCUGAUGUAGAUUUUGGAUUGGUUUGAUACCUAGGGUUUUGAAAUCCACAAUUGUUUCAGGGUAGAAAUUUGGGGUGCCCUGGUACAGCUUUUUUUAACCGAUACGGACACUGACAUUGUAUCUUUAAGUAUUGGCUUAUAUAGAUAUUGAUCUGAUAUUGGCACAAACUUGUAUGUGACAAGUUUUGCACUCAGCAGCAACCUCAUUUUCAGACUACUUUGUUAGUUCCUUCGUACACACUGUUGGAUUACAUGAGGUCUGGAUGCUGGAUUCGGGCGCUGCUAGAUAGAGGUGCUGGAGUGGAGUCUGAAAUGGACUGCUUAUAUCAGAGAUUUUAAAUGCAGGCCGAUAUAAUCUGAUAUUUGUUUUUUUGAUUAUAUUGGACCAAUAUCUGAUAUCAAUAUCGUAUCGGGAAACCAUAGUAAAAAUUCAGCCAGAGUAUCAGAAUCUCAGAUGUUCCUUUCACAGACCUUCAUUAGCUGACAGGGGUUGACAUAAUUUUUCUCUGACUUUGGAUAUCCAUCUGUGUUGUAAUGAUCGGGUUGUAAUGAUCGGGUUGUACCUAUGUUGAACUUCAGGGUUUACCUCUCACUCAAUCUGUCACUUUUUGAGUCUCUCUCUGCGCCCUGUUGGCCCUCAUCAAAGACAGUAGGGAGCUGUGAAUAGACAAACUGUUGGAGCAUGAAGAAGAGCAGGAUGACAGAAAGUCAUUAAUUCAACAGUUUCAUUUAGUUUGUGAGGAGUGUGGGAUUACUUGAUGGGACAGUCAUGGCACCAUGGAGUGAGAGGCUUUGAAAUGAGGCUUAUGUACGGCUAUGAGUUAUACAACAGUUCUUCUAUGAGGUUUAAUACUUUUGUGGUUCUGGGUUUUAAUCUCUCUUCUUUGCUCUUUGUCCCUCAGAUGUCGAGCAGAUGGCUAUUGACUGGCUGACGGGAAACUUCUACUUUGUGGAUGACGUGGAUGACCGGGUGUUUGUCUGCAACAAGAAUGGCCAGACAUGCGUGACCCUGCUGGACCAAGAGCUGUACAACCCCAAAGGCAUUGCCUUGGACCCAGCCAUGGGGUUUGUACUUGGCUCCACUCCUCUUGACCUAACACAACCCGCUGUGCUGUUUUAGAAACUCAUGAGAGAGAAAAAAUGCUCGUCUUGUGAUGAGACGACAUGCUGACCAAGCAGGGUGUCAGAAAUCAAAGCAUUUCCUCCAGAUGGAAACCUAGACUGAUACUUACUUGUGGCUUUACCGCUUGCAUGUUCACUGUUUCAGGUUCCUGAUACUGACAGGCUGCUAUCUGAAGUAGUUCCCUUUUUCAGAGUAUCACUUCUUUUUUGUUGUUGUCAAUCCAUCCCUGUAGAUAUCAAAAAAAGUUGGUCUUGAUUUCAUCCGCUUUCUUUUCAUCCUUUUCCUUCCUGUUGAUAAAAUUCCCUCAUCUGCCACAUUGUACUGAACAGUACCUUCCUUUUUUCUCCUGUUCUUACUCCACAGCAAAGUGUUCUUCACAGAUUAUGGGUCUACGCCAAGGGUGGAACGCUGUGACAUGGAUGGUCAGAACCGCACUAAGCUUGUUGACAGCAAAAUCGUCUUCCCUCAUGGCAUCACUCUAGAUCUGGUUAACCGGUUGGUUUACUGGGCUGAUGCCUACCUCGACUACAUCGAAGUGGUGGACUAUGAGGGCAAGAACCGACACACCAUCAUCCAGGGCCUUUUGGUGAGCUCUAAAGAAUGGCUAGAUGGUCAAAAAGAAACACAAAGAUGCACAAAGAUGCAUCCCGUACAAUAGUCGUUCCAAUUUUAGUCAAGAGACACAAAGAAACUUUUUCUCGACACCUCUAAAUGUGCAUUUUCUUGCUCUAUACCAUCACCUAGGGCUGGGUGAUAUGGCCUCAAAUCAACAUCACGAUAUAUUGAUAACGAUAAAUGGACGAUAAAUACUCAUCUACAUCUAUAACUUCAUCUACUUCAACUGCUGCUCCAGCAGCUACAACUUUUGAACCGUCCUCCAUCUCCUCACCUGUCUUUCCCUCUUUUUUUAUGGACUGGAUUGGGUGAAGUCACGUCUCUGAUGUAGGAGACGGCUUCUUAAAGGGACAUGAGACCAUAGCCUACCUACACAUAUCCAAAACCAACUUUUAAUUAUUUAUUUAUUUGACACAAAAUAGAUUGACAUGGGCAAAACGACAUUGGUUAUUGUCUUAAAUUUCGGUAUCAGUAAAUUUUCAGUUCAUUGCCCAGCCCCACUAUCACCCAUUUUAUCAUAUUUAUCAGCAGUAACAUCACCAAGUUCUCCCAUAGUUUCCUUGUCAUUAAAGUCAUCCUCUCCCGGGAAAAGUCCUUUUUAUUGCCUCGAUUGAUAUUACUUAAAGAGUAUGUGAUCCUCCUGGCAAGUUCCUCUCUAAACAUAUUAGUCUGGCCUUAGCAAAGCUUGGCACAAACUUUCAGUGGCGUAAUGGUCUUAAUGAAAUCAGGGCUGAAGUAAGAGACGGAUGGCGGUGAUGGCAGUCUGUGUGUGUGUGUGUGUGUGUGUGUGUGAAUGGAGGGAGAGGUAACAUGACCCCAUCCCAUACAUCUUUCUGACAGUAGAGGAGAGCUGCACAGAAAAGACCCUUAAAAAGUAAAACCUCACUCAGACAAGAAGAGGAUCCAUUAUGCUGCUGUGUGCCAAAUUUAGAUAAACACUGUCUAUGUCGCUCCGUCUGUGCCUGUCUGUACCAGAUUCUUGGAACUUGUUAAAACCUAUUUUAUACUUAUAACUAGUUUGACAGGAAAGUUCACCAUGUAGAACUUGUCAGAAAGUUCUCAGGAUUUAAAAAGGAAAUAAUCAGUGUCACUCAUUCUCCAGAAACUGCAGAGUUCUACACAACAUUUUAGUGUUUCUGCUUUAUUUAUUUAUUCUUUUUACUCAUUUCAGAUUGAACAUCUGUACGGGCUGACUGUGUUCGAGAACUACUUGUAUGCCACUAACUCAGACGAAGGCAACCUCAACCCGAAGACCAGUGUGAUCCGAGUUAACCGCUUCAAUAGCUCUGACUUCCAGGUCGUGACACGGGUAGACCGGGGAGCAGCACUACACGUGUACCACCAGAGACGCCAACCUCAAGGUACUCAUUCACAGAAAUCUUUACUGCCAGUUAAUUUGAUUCAUGUCCACUGUUUGCACAAGUGUUAUAAAGUCAUGUGCUUCUGUCUCCUGGUUCAGUGCGCAGCCAUGCUUGUACUCUGGAUCAGUUCGGGAAGGCUGGAGGUUGUUCUGAUAUUUGUCUCCUCAGCAACAGCCACAAAACUCGUACCUGCCGCUGUCGCUCUGGGUUCAGCCUCGGCAGCGAUGGCAAAUCCUGCAAAAGUGAGUAUCAAAACUGAGGGGAAUAAUUAACGAAACAAAACUGAAAGCCUUCUCAUUAAUUCAGCGGUGAUGAUUGAUGAUAAUUGAGAUGAAAUGGUGGUUACUAAAUCUCUCACUGAAGUAAUAAAAGUGAUUUAUUCAGCAUGUUUCUCUCCUCUUCUGCAGAGCCAGACCACGAGUUGUUUUUGGUGUACGGUAAGGGUCGUCCUGGGAUCAUCAGGGGCAUGGACAUGAAUGCUAAGGUGCCUGAUGAGUACAUGAUCCCCAUUGAGAACCUAAUGAACCCCCGAGCUCUAGAUUUCCACGCUGCCAGUGAAUUCAUCUACUUCGCUGAUGCCACAAGCUACAUUAUAGGCCGACAGAAGAUUGAUGGCACAGAGAGAGACACCAUAAUAAAAGAAGGUAAGAAUAAAAUGAAAGCUUCGCACAGGAUUCUGGGAACUAUUUCUCUCGACAUUCAUCUAGGCCAACAAAUGAUUUCUUUUCACUCUGGCUUCUUUUUGUGAUCUCAGGUAUUCACACGGUUGAGGGGAUAGCUGUAGACUGGAUGGGAAGUAAUCUCUACUGGACAGAUGAUGGACCAAAGAAAACUAUCAGUGUUGCCAGGCUGGAGAAGGCAUCUCAGACCCGAAAGACCCUCAUUGAGGGCAAGAUGAGCCAUCCGCGCGCAAUUGUGGUGGACCCCCAGAAUGGGUGAGACACUGAGGGAGAGGGUAUUGUUAUUUUAAUGGGUGUCUUUGGCUCAUAAAUGCUGCUUUAGAUGUGACGCACAGAUGUUUGAUCACAGCUGUUGGUGUUAUAAGUCACAGUUGAUCAUAUAAAAGUCAGCAAAAGGACCAGUAUUCAUUUUCUUUUGUGUUUAACAUUGUCAACUUUCUGUUGUUUAUAUUUUAGCAAACUUGUUCACAGAAAGAUUUAUGCUUAAAAUUUGAAAUUUAAAUUCCACAAUGAAAUCUGAUUUAAACACAGAUCUUUGAUCUGAUCUAAACUGUGAGAUUUACGAGCUGCUGCACUCCGAGUCGCAUCAUGAUUCAACUGUUUUGUUAGAGUUAUUACUUGUAGUGUAGUGGGAGUGGACGGUUUGAGGAUUUUACUUCAGCUAUGUGGGCUGUUGCACUUUAGAUGUUUUGUUUAGCUCAUCAAAUACACAAGCGUAGGUGGAGGAGGUAGUGAAUAUUCAGGGGAUUUCUGGCUUGUCCUUUUUUGUCUUGUUUUUUUUUCUUAAUUGUAGGAUGUUUCAUCAAAGAGCAUCAAAACUCAAAGCUACAAUUUGAUCGCCUUGACAAUUCACAAACUUUGAUUAUGUUGACAAUUCCUCUUUUUUUCCCAGAUGGAUGUACUGGACCGACUGGGAGGAGGACCCCACAGAGAGCAACAGAGGGAAGAUAAAGAAAGCCUGGAUGGAUGGUUCCCAUCAUCAAGUGCUACUAACCAGCAAGACAGUGCUUUGGCCCAAUGGUUUGAGUCUGGACAGCCCCCAGGGCAUCCUGUACUGGGUGGAUGCUUACUACGACCGUAUAGAGAUGGUUUUCCUCAACACUACAGAGCGAAGGGUUGGUAAUUCUCAGGAAAUAUAUUAAAGCGAUUAUUAGUUUGUGAUAAAGGGAUGCUACUUCACUGUUUGGUUAAAAAAGUAAAAAGUUAUAAAAGUAAAUUAAUUUGUAGAAAUACAAAUUUUAUUGGGGGAGUCUAACUCAAAGUCCUGAUUUGACAGGUUGUGUACGAGGGGCAGGAGCUUAACCACGCCUUCGGUUUGUGUCACUACAAACAAUUUCUCUUUUGGAAUGAAUGCCGUGGCGGUGGCAUCUACAAACUGGAUCAAGUCACUAAAACCGUCACCCUUCUGCGCAACGAGAGGCCGCCUAUCUUUGAGAUUCGUGUGUAUGAUGCGCACCAGCAGCAAGGUAUGCCCCUCUUUUACUCAUUUAACUCAAACCAUGACUGUGGAAGGAUGAAUCUCAUGCUCUUUGUUUGUCUUUUCUGGUAGGAUCCAAUUUGUGUCGAGUCAACAAUGGUGGCUGUAGCAGCCUGUGCCUCGCUAUUCCUGAUGGCAGGUCCUGUGGCUGUGCUGAUGAUCAAAUCCUGGAUGUUGAUAAUGUCACUUGCAAAGGUACUUAUUAGCUUUCACCUCAGAUCCAUGUGGAUUUUAUGGAAAAUUCAUAAUUCUGCUUAAGAAUUUCAGCCACUUGAAAUACUUUACUCUCUCUUUGCCAAAUCAACCCAAAAGUUUGAAAAAACUUUUUACGACUUGAAGAAAAGUGAAAGAUGACCCAGGCACUAAAAAGCUUUGUUUUGUUUUGUUCUUGGAUCUUGUCGCGAUCCCCCAUCUGUUUCUACUCCUACCCCUCACCUCAUCUCCAGCCAACCCCUCCUACGUGCCCCCACCCCAGUGCCAGCCCGGGGAGUUUGCCUGCAAGAACGACCGCUGCAUCCAAGAGCGCUGGAAGUGUGACGGGGACAAUGAUUGUCUGGACAACAGCGAUGAGGCCCCUGAACUCUGUCGUAAGUGUGCCAUGUUAUUGUCAUGGUUACACAGCAACACAAAAAUAAACACAAAUUCUCUGUCAGCGAGUUGGCUCAUUCAGACUACAUGCUAUAGUUUCCAAGAUUGCCUCAUUUCAUAACGUGUAAUGUGACUGGAAUUUUAUUGUCCAACUUUCUCCUCAUCAGGUGGUAGUCAGAUCCAGGGACUCAUAUUUGUCUUGGAUGUUGUGCUCGUUUUGGUGCUUAAUUUAACUUGACGUACAUGAAGAGGGUUGCAGGCUUAUUUUGGAGGCUGAACAGAAUAUAAAAGAGGUGAAAAAGAAGUUUUGAAAGAGUCCUUUUUUGUUUGUUUGUUUGUUUCCAGACCAGCACACCUGCCCGGCUGACAGGUUCAAAUGCCAGAAUAACCGUUGUAUCCCCCUGCGCUGGCUGUGUGAUGGAGACAAUGACUGCGGAAACGAUGAAGACGAAUCCAACACCACCUGCUCUGGUGUGUAGAAAACUAGAAAUCUUAAAGAGAAUUAAAGGUUUUAGCCAUGUUUUAAUCUUUAAGAUAUAGGAUGUAUCUUUUUUAUUUUUUAGAGGUUAAACGUUUGUAUUUAUUUAUUUAUUUAUUUAUUUUUCAAAUAGAAUUUAUUUGAACAUGAACAACAAUUAAAUAUAGUACAAAUUAAAGACAAAAACACAAAAAAUCCAUAAAAAAAAAACAGAAAAAACAAAACAAAACCAGAGAGUCAAAUAAUUUUGUCAUUUGCAUGUUUAAAAUGAAGUGGGAGGAAGUCGAAACUUGUCUGAUCCCACCCCUUCACCUUGCACGAAUCAUCAAUAAUUCAUUUACUAGGACAGAAAUUUUACUGACUGCGGGUAGGGCAUUGUACUGCAACUGAGAAAGACAAACAUAGAUCUUUUAGCCUCAUAAUUUAUCAGUUUAGAUCACUUUUAAGUUGAAGAAAGAUUUUACUAGCAGUUAAGGAUGUUUGGAUCUGAAAUGAUAAUCGACUAAAAUAAAGCAAAGGCCCUUGACUCACUGAGUUUAUAGAUCCUAUGAUAGCGUCUCAGGUGAAGUUAGGAAAGCUAUAAACUGUCUUGUACUUAAUAAAGAUAAGUGAUAUUGCUUUUGGGGGUCUGGCCCUGUGCAAAACAUUUCCAGCAAUAAAUGUGGCCUGUUAGAGCUGAACAAAAUCUCCGAUAGUGUGGUAACUUAUUGAGUCAGAGACAAUAAAAGGAGAGAGGGAACCUUCGCAGCUCCAAAGUGUCUCACACAUUGAUUUCCCACCAGCUCGCACAUGCCCACCAAACCAGUACCCUUGUGCCAGUGGACGCUGCAUCCCUAUCUCUUGGACAUGUGACCUGGAUGAUGAUUGUGGAGACCGAUCAGAUGAACCAGACUCCUGUGGUGAGUUUGAACAACACUGUCACAUUACUUCUCUCAAGUAGCACAUACAGUAGUUGUUUGCAAUAACAAAUCUGGCUCUGAUUCCUUUCCAGCCUACCCAACAUGUUUCCCUCUGACUCAGUUCACCUGCGCUAAUGGCCGCUGCAUCAACAUCAACUGGCGCUGUGACAACGGUAAUUUCUAUUCUACAGCUGCCUACUUUACCCUCUCUGAGGGUCUAAUUCAUAAACUCACAACUUGCCUGUGUGUUUUCCUGUAAAGACAAUGACUGCGGGGACAACAGCGAUGAAGCAGGCUGCAGUCAUUCCUGCUCCAGUGUCCAAUUUAAAUGUAACAGCGGUCGCUGCAUCCCAGAAUACUGGACGUGUGACGGUGACAAUGACUGUGGGGACUACAGCGAUGAGACUCAUGCCAACUGUACCAACCAGGGUAAACAAAGUUACUGUGCGGUCUACCUCACUGAAACAGCACUUCUCUUUGUGCUGUGGUUUUCGUCUCUGCUGGAUGAAUCAAGCUCUUGUAAUGCGCUGUGUUGUCUAACACAAUAUUUACAUGUAGCUGUUCUCAGUUCUAAAGAGGAUGUCAUGAUUUAGAUGGGAUAGCCCCCCUCUUUUCCCCUUUCCUUUGCUCUGCAUGCCUCUGCCUGCCCUCUGGCUUCCUCUUAUCAUUUACAACAAAUCCCUUUCUAUUUUUGGGUUAGAUAAAGUAAAUUGAGAUCUUUUCAUGUUCUUGUGCAAAUUAGUUAAGAAUAAGUAAAAGAAUAACUGCUCACCACUCUCUGUAACAAUGACUCAGGCUUUUUAAUAGCACAGCAUUAGACAUAAACUCCCAUACACUCUGUGUGUCUGGUGUUGUAUGGACCGUUUGAUCCAUGCAGAAACACAGCCAACUGCUGUCAAGUCCCAGCAUGCAAACACAGAGCCCAGCGUGACCUGUUGGUCUAAUGAGCAAUCUGUGCUGUGUGUAACUGUGAGUCUGGCCGUGUGCGUUUGAGAGCUCUCUCUGCCUGCUGUCUGGAAGUCAUUAGCUGAAAUAAAAAAGCAAUGCUAUCAUUUCCCCCUUCUUGUAUAUUGUAGCCGUGUGUGCUGAAAGGUCCCCAGCCCAUUUCCUGCGUUAGUGGUGCCAAGAGCUGACCUAUGCCAUGAGGGGAUGUGAUUGUGUCACCUCCAAUUGGAGCCUUUAAUCUGCCUGUGAAAUCUGUCAGUGAGCUGUGUGUGUAAUUGUUGUUUGACUUGGCUCGGUGUCAGGUUGUUAAAACGAUUAUCACAGCAUACCUACACAUGAAUUAAUGGCUAGAAUGGGUUGCUGUUCAUCCUUGUAUGUGUGGUCUGUGCUGGUGUUGUUUUCUUGUUGGGAGUCCAGCGAACUUAUUUUUCAUUUGCUGUCUUUUUUUUGUACUUUAUUGCUCCUUUGACGUUUCUUUAACUGCAUACUCCAUCUUCUUGGGUGACUAACUAUCACACUUUGUCUUGCUGUUUGCUCUCCAGCUACCCGUCCUCCAGGCGGCUGCCACGUUGAUGAAUUCCAGUGUCGGAUGGAUGGUUUGUGCAUCCCUAUGCGCUGGCGCUGUGACGGGGACACAGACUGUAUGGACCUGAGUGAUGAGAGCAACUGUGAGGGUGUGACCCACAUGUGUGACCCAGCAGUCAAGUUUAGCUGCAGGGAUUCAGGUGAGAAUACUUUCAGCCAGCUUGAGUAGCAGAGGUUAAGGGUGGUGAACUUUUGAAGAUGUCAGCUUAGAAAUUCAAUGAUGUAGUUCAGUAAAAAAACUGUUCUCUGACAAAUAACAAGAAGUCUAAUUAAAAAAAAGGACUAGUGGCAGCUGAACAUCAUGUUUUUAAACUAAACGGAUCAAUGUCAGACUAUUUACUGAAAAGAGAUUUUUUUUUUCAACAAUCUGUUUAUUAAAUGUUCUAACCAUAACAAAAAUAGCAGGAACAUUAGAUGUGCAUGAAUGUCCGUGAGAGUCAAUUUUUCCAAGAAAACAUAUAUAAAAAGAAAUUAUAUGCAAAUGUUCAAGGACGAUGGCUAAACAUACAUAAUGAUUAUUCAAGAUAAAUGCUUGUAAACGUAUAUGUAGAUAAAUAAAUAAAAAUAGUAAAAUAUAUCCUGCAUGAUUAGACAAUAGAAACAGCAGAGAUACAAAAAAAGAAAGGACAUACUUUUGAUGCUUCUCAUUUGACUGUUGAGAUGUUUUGUCAAUGUUAACGACCAGAUUUUGUGUGCCAAUCCGCUGUAAAUGGGAGUAAUUUACAUUUCUAAGCAAACCCAGUUCGAUAUAUACCUUUUAACGCUUGUAUAAAACCAAUCUAAAAGAGGGUGUUAUAGUAACAGUGAAAUAUAUUAUACCCAAGCUAAAAAAAACAUUUUUGAUUUUCUACAGCUCGCUGCAUCAGUAAAGCCUGGGUUUGCGAUGGCGACAGUGACUGUGAAGACAACUCUGAUGAAGACAACUGUGAGGCGUUGGUGUGCAAAUUGUCUCAUCACAUGUGCGCUACCAACGACUCCAUCUGUCUGCCUGCUGAGAAGCUGUGUGAUGGCACUGAUGAUUGUCCGGAUGGCUCUGAUGAGAAACUUUGUGGUAAAUCAUUCUGUGUACUCUCCAGUAUUAUUAAAACACUGUCAGAGCAGCACACUGUUUUUUUUUUUCUGGAAUAUACUGUUAAACAUUAAUAAUCUCCUGCAGAUUUGUGCUCACUGGACAAUGGCGGCUGCAGCCACAACUGCAGCAUCAUUCCCGGGGAAGGCUUCAUGUGCUCUUGUCCACUUGGCAUGGAGCUUGGAGCUGACAAUAAGACAUGCCAAAUCCAGAGCUUCUGUGCCAAACACCUCAAAUGCAGCCAGAAGUGCGAGCAGGAGAAAUCCAGCGUCAAGUGUUCCUGCUAUGAGGGCUGGGAGUUAGAGUCUGACAUGGAAAGCUGCAAAAGCUCUGGUAUGGAACAAAGGGUCAUUUUUUGGCAAGAUGAGAUUACUUUAUUAGUACACAAAUUAAGCUUUUUUUGUUAUGUAUAUACAGUACUCCUAUGCAUCUUUUUGUUAAAGAUAUAUUCUUCACAAAAUGAGCAGCAAAUCCAUUUAGAUAAUCAGCCAUUUUCCCCAGAAUGAGGUAGACAGAGAGGAGAUAUCACACAGUCAGCUGCAGCAGGAUUUGAUACAAGCCCAACAAGGGGUUUUGUAAAUCUGGACUGGAUUUUAUAAUGAGAUUUACCAAGUUGAGACAUUUACGCUUUUGGGGGUUUCACUUUUGUUCUCCUCAGAUCCUUUCAAGCCUUUUAUCAUCUUCUCCAACCGGCAUGAAAUCAGAAGGAUCGACCUUCACAAGGGGGAGUUUAGUGUGCUGGUACCAGGCCUGAGGAACACCAUUGCUCUGGAUUUUCACCUCAACCAAAGUACGCUGUACUGGACUGAUGUCGUGGAGGACAAGAUCUACCGUGGGAAACUGUCUGAAAACGGAGGUGAGGCAGUCUGACAGCUUGGAUUUUCAGAAGGACAGUGGUCAUGUAGUAUACUUUUUUUAUUCAGUUUUUUUUUCUUUUAGUAAAACAGAAAAGAAGAAGGAUAACUACUCAUGAUGAGAUAGCACCACACAUUGUGCCUUUUACUGAGCAAUUCUCAGAAAUUAACUUCCCCUGAGUGAAUGCAUGUUAUUUCUGAAAGCCAAAUGUUUUUCGAGAGCGUCUGUGGUCAGCAGAGGCGGUCUAUGACCCUGAAUAAAUCUCCCGGGUCAUGGUUGGCCGUUCCUGCUCCAAAAACCCCAGGUCUCCUUGCCAAUCAAGGUUGUGUUCCCAGCGCAGCACUCAGGGGGCACACGGAAGGCUUUGUCUCUUCCUAUUUGUCUCAGUACUCUCUGUGCGUGACUGCAGCCAGAACACUGAUGGAGAGUAGGAGGCAAAACAUGCUGCAGUUCCAACUCCCAGCCUUCCAACUUCACUGUUUCAAUGGGACUCUUUAGCUACAACACUGUGACCAACUCAUAGAUCAGCUCCUGCUGCUCUGCUCUAAAGCCGUUUCAAAAUCACCAAAGUUGUUGGCAUACUAACAGCACGUACAGACAGAAAGGCAGCCAUAACUCCAACAUGCUGCUAAACCGUGGAAAUAGCCUCUCCUCCUCCUCCUCCUCCUGUUGAUUACAACUUGAAGGCCCAGUGAGGAAUUUUCUGUGGUUGUCCUAAGCCAGAGGAUCACACUUUUUGGUUUUGCACUUCUCCGCAUGAGAACCCGAUGUUUCUGGGAAAAAAAUAAAACAAGUAGUAGAUCUUGUGUUGGAUGUUUAUUGUUUUUAGGCAUGAGUGAGGCUGGGAAGAUAGAGCUGGUAGAAGGCGUGCUGAGAGACACAGCAGCAGUGCGUGCCAUUCACCGAGAUUCCAUGAGAGACAAUUCAAAACAAACGAUUAUUUAUCAGGGUUUUGUUUUCUCUCUGCUAUCACCCAAAUGUGCAGGCUUCUCACUCUCUGCUGAUUCAAACCAUGACAAUGAAUACAGUGAAUUUACUAAAUUACAACCAAUCCUUUUACCCUUAAACUAACCACUUACAUCAUAAUGCUUUAAACUUGCUGUUCAGUUGUGAAAAGCAGGAUGAAUAACCAAAAUCUUUGCUAAAAUUAAGUCACUGUGUGUCUUAUUCAGCACUGACCAGUUUCGAGGUGGUGAUCCAGUAUGGACUCGCCACUCCAGAGGGCCUGGCUGUGGACUGGAUUGCAGGAAACAUCUACUGGGUGGAGAGCAAUCUGGACCAGAUUGAGGUGGCUAAACUGGAUGGGACUAUGAGAACCACCCUGCUGGCUGGGGAGGUGGAGCAUCCAAGGGCUAUUGCACUUGACCCCAGAGAUGGGUGAGAAAUCGCGAUUGAGGAACUCUUUGAAAAACUUUUCGCCUGGGAUCUUUGUGUUCCUCAUACUGUGCCUUCAAUGAAGCUGCCAGGUUCUCAUUACUUUGUCUGUUGUCAGAAUUUUGUUUUGGACAGACUGGGAUGCGAGUCUGCCCAGGAUUGAGGCUGCAUCAAUGAGUGGUGAAGGCAGGCGCACCAUCCACAGGGAAACAGGCAGUGGGGGUUGGCCAAACGGACUCACUGUGGACUAUAUGGAAAGACGCAUUGUCUGGAUUGAUGCCAGGUAACAUUUACCAUUAUUCCCUGGAUGUAGAGUUAACCUGUUACACUCCAUUACCUCACUCAUUAUUACAUCACCACUUGUUCAGCCUUGUGUCUGGGUGUUUCCUUUUUAUACUUUUACUUUAUACAUAUUUAAGUAUAGCAUGUGGAGCUUUCAAUCAAUCAAAUUUUUUAAAGCGCCAAAAUCACAAUAUUUGUUAUCCCAAGAUGCUUUCCAAAGAAAAAGAGCAGGUUAGACCACGCUCAUUGUUUGAUGAAUUAUCAAGACCCAACCUUAAGAUGGGACAGAUUUGACCCAUCUCAUCUAACAUGAGUGACAGUGGCAAGGAAAAACUUCCUUUUAACAGGCAGAAACCUUGGGUAGGACCAGACUCAUGUUAGACAGCCACAAAGAUGGUGCUGGGUUAGGGGGGAAAUACAGAGAGAUAGGGAGGGAGAGAGAGAGAGAGAGGAGGAGGAGAGAAGGCAGGGGGAGAGAAAGACAACAAGGGAGAAGGAGAGAGAGAGAGAGAGAGAGAGAGAGAACGAGUAAGAGAGAGGGAGGGAGAGAGAAAAGAGAACGAGGGUGAGAGAGAGAGACAGGGGACAGCAGCAACAUUAAAACAACAACAACAGCUCAUGCAGAGUUGUGGUUGCAGAGCAAGUAAUUAAUUUAAUAUGAUUACAGUCAGCAGGCCUAAUAGUAUUUAACUCUAGCUUUUUGUUAUUAAUGUCCAUGAGGAUAACUCUGCUCUAAUUCGUCUCUAGGUCAGAUGCUAUCUACUCCGCUAUGUACGACGGUUCUGGCCUGAUUGAAGUGUUGCGGGGCCACGAGUAUCUGUCCCACCCCUUCGCUGUAACCAUGUAUGGAGGCGAGGUUUACUGGACUGACUGGAGGACAAACACUCUGGCCAAAGCCAACAAAUGGACGGGACACAAUGUCACUGUCGUCCAGCGCACCAACACACAGCCCUUCGACCUGCAGGUCUAUCACCCCUCCAGACAACCCCAGGGUAAGUUAAACACAACCCAGCUUACAGUUAGAAAAAGACACUCUCAUUGAGAAAGAGGGGGCUGUUCCUCAGAUUUCUCACUGCCUGACUGAUUUGGGGUUCAAGUGAAGGAGAAUGGUGACAGUCCAUGGUUCAGUGUGUUGAUUCACUCCAGCUCCUAUUUCUCCUCUGAGAUAGCUGACCUUUAAAUUUGUGAUACGGGUCGUCUCUUUAGCCCAGCAGCUAUCUGGACACUUCCAGCUGUCUUGUUGAUCUCCCUGUUCAGAUUUCUCCACCAGCUGAAUAGGAGAUAAAAACCCUCCUACUAUGAAUCAAAUGUCAUGCGUUGCUCUCCGAGGCACACAAUGAUUGACAAGAUGGCAAAAGAUUCUCCAAACUGUGAAACCGCUGCAUCCUGCCGCACUGAACUCUCCCUGGUGCCAAGCAGCCGAUAGGGGAUCCCGAGGGUGUGUGUGCAGCAGAGAGGAUCUGGGUCCCGUAAUUGGAGGCAGGAAAAGAGAGAUAUCACGUUACUGUUGAUUGACAGCUUGAACUAUUCCCAUGACAGUGAUCAGACAGGAAGCUGUGUUGACAGGCUCAGAGGACACUAUUUUUUUUACACUUUCACUUUCCCCGUGGGGGCAUUGAUUGAGAGGUCAUUACGUUCAAAAUUACCCUCAACUGUGACGCUCUAGAAACAGUAUCUUUGGUUAAACAGUGAGCCGAGUCUAAAACUGACUGUGUUUAUCAUGACACUUUAAUACCAUUAUGACUAUACUGGGUUUUUUUUCAGGUUAUGACAACGUUACAAUUAACCAGCAGCUGAAAUAUUCUGCUGGGUCUUAAAAGUCUUAAAGUGUUAAAAAUCCAAUAAUUUAAUAAUUUGAAUUUAAGGCCUUAAAAUGUCUAAAAUUAUCUUAAAUACAAAUUUGGAAAGGUCUUAAAAAUAUAUUGAUGUUACUUAGAAAUAAAGAUUGAUUUGAAGUUAGUUUAAGAUGUUCCUAUUUCCCUUCAUAUUCUUUUGUACUUUUUUUGCCACUAUGGAUGUAUAAUGGAUCUUAAAUUGUAUUCAUUAUGGUCUUAAACUUGACUUGUUGAAACCUGCAGAAACCCUGUAAACUGUCGAACCUUGGAGGAAACAUAUUUGAUAACCCACUAUCUUUAGGCUCAAUUUAAUUUGAGCAUUUUCAUAUCCUACAAUAUUGCAAUAACUCUCCAUUUUAGAAAUGACAACAGCUUUGGCCUUUUUUCUGUUAAGUAGAUGAAACAUGUUGAUGUAACUUAAACUUGCACCUGACCUGAUGGUUUAUUAUUUCAUGUCUCGACCAACAAAGAGUAGUUGAAUAAAACUGUAACAGUUCAGAUUUCGCAGAUUUGUCUGACUUUUGGCAUCAAACUCAACCUGACAUUGAAAUGUUGGCUCUCAAUCCCAAGCAUAAUGUCUGAGAAAGAUGGUGGCGGUGUGCAUAUGAUAUAUAUUUUCUUCAUUUUGAUUCACCCAUUACAUCUCCUUGGGGUAAAUUUGAAAAAUUCAAUAACUACCUCUCCUAGUCCUUUGCUUUCCAUUUUUCCUAAUAGAAAAUGUCACAGGGUUGAGGAAAAGUAGUAUAGGAGAGUUUGGAGAAUCAGACUGCUGCUGCAAUCAGUGGAUGCUGCUUGUGUCACAUAAAUCUGCAGAGCAAAAACUAAGAUCUACCAUAGAUGGACUUCCUUACUAUUUGUGUCAUGCAGCCCCAUAAACAGUAGAAACUCGUUGAUACAUGUGACAUCAUAUACAGUAGGUUUUCACCUGCGCCUGAUCAGGACACAGGAAGAUUCAUAUCUCUAAGUGUGAACUUAAUAUUGUAAGAAUGAUCUUUGAGCAGUCAUUUUACUGUUGUUUUGACUCCAAGCUUUAAGUAGACUGUUAUAUAUGAGUUUAUUUUGGCCUGUAUCUUCCAAUAUUAAUGGUAGUCUUUACUGACUCUGUCUAUUAUCAGUCAGGAAACUCACCUAAUCUGAGCUGCAGUUGAACUCUGACUGUAAAUAUGAAAGUAAAGUCACUUAUACUUUUAGAUUUAUUGAUAGAUUGGUUAAUCAAAGGUUGGAUUUUUACUUGAGGUAAUGGCCUGAAAGUUACCAGCUGACCUUCCUCUCCUUCCAUAAAUCCUCAUGAAUCAGAAUCAGAUCGGCUUCAAAUCACCAUCUAUCAUGUUGAGUGGUUGCGAGAGGAGAUAAUAAAGGAAGCGAUGAAACUCCUUGCUCUUGUUAUGUUCAACACCCAAACACUUAUUGGGUAAUUUUACUCAGUUUGUGUUUUUCUCAACCAUGCAGGAAUAUUCAAACUUACUCUCUAUGUCAUUUUUCCUUUUUUGCUUUCAGCUCCUAACCCUUGUGUCACCAGUGACGGUAGCAGCCCUUGUUCCCACCUCUGCCUCAUCAACUUUAACCAGACCUUCUCCUGUGCCUGCCCUCACCUCAUGAAACUGCAGGCUGACAAACGCACCUGCAAAGGUAAGAGCACACGAACCCUCACACUGCCUUUUACCCCCAGAACCUUUCAGACCGAGUGUUGACACACAACCCUGUCAUCUACAAUCCACGUCAUCAAAGAGCAAGAAGCAGACCCUUUGUUUGCAGGCGUCUUUCUCACGACUGUCAUGACUGCCAUGGUGCGCUGAGCCCUUGAAUGUGAGACAUCAGCGUCUUGAGCUGUCAUCUCCUGUGACAGAAGAUUUGAUUGCACCUCCUCUGUUUGUGCCAUGGGGCUCACUUCACUUUCAUUCCCAUUUCAUUUCAUACACAAGACUGUCAAAAGUGUUGUGUUGAGGUCUUCAUUUGUUGUGAUUUGAUUUCAGAAGUGGGUUUUAUGAUGUUUCUGAAGGGGAGUUGUGCAUGUGUGUCCGUCUAGAUGUUGGACAUCCUACAGAGCAAUCCUCCUCUCAGCAGUGUAGAUUAAAGGAUAAUUGGAUUAGAGAGCCUCUGAUGCAUCCCAUGUCAAAUCAGGAGUUCUCAGGGAUCAGAGAAACCUCUGUCAAACAAUGAAUUCAACCAUAGCCGGAAAUAAACAGGAAGUGGUUACAUGUUUGAGUCCAUAGAGAGUAUUUGCUACCUUCACCUUUUGUUUAAAGCGUCCUUGUCCCCUUUGUUUUUGUUUUUUUCUUCCAGAGUCCCGCAAGUUCCUCCUGUAUGCUCGCCAGAUUGAGAUCCGUGGAGUGGACAUCGACAACCCGUACUACAACUACAUCAUCUCUUUCACUGUACCAGACAUAGACAAUGUCACAGCGGUGGAUUAUGAUGCUGUGGAGCAACGCAUAUACUGGUCAGAUGUCCGAACCCCAACCAUCAAGAGAGCUUUUAUUAACGGCACAGGAGUGGAGACUGUCGUGUCUGCUGGUAAGAGUGAUCGCAUGAAUUUCUGUCAUUUCAGUAUCUUUAUCAUCUUUAUUUUAUUAUACAAGAAAAGCAUGAAAAUAAUAUUACAUCCUAAUCUUUCCUAUUGUAUUUCCCAGACCUCCCUAAUGCUCACGGGCUGGCAGUUGAUUGGGUUUCCAGAAACCUCUUCUGGACCAGUUAUGAUGCCAAUAAGAAACAGAUUAAUGUGGCCAGGCUGGAUGGGUCCUUCAAGAACGCUGUCAUCCAGGGCUUAGAUAAGCCCCACUGUCUGGUGGCUCAUCCUCUUCUGGGGUGAGUUUACUCCUGUCAUCUUUGAGCCUGAUGCAGAAUUUCUCUCUAAUCAUGAAACUUUUAAUUUUAUUUAAUUGAUUUAAAUGAAUUAAUUUGGGUGUAUUUUGUCCUUCAUUUCAUUCCCUUUCAUUACAUUCAUAUUCCUCCUCAGGAAGCUGUACUGGACUGAUGGUGACAACAUCAGCAUGGCUAACAUGGAUGGCAGCAACCACACCAUACUUUUCAGUAAUCAGAAGGGACCAGUAGGUGAGCAAAUGUACCCCCUACUGAAAUAAUCCACAUUGCACUGAUUCUCUAUUUGCAGCAAAACGGUGAGCUCAAAUCUCUGUAGAGUUAGUUUGUCAUUCAUAAUAAAUCAGAAUUUUGCAGUUUUGGUCAAUGUGGGCACAGGAGUGAGUACAGUUUUCUGUACAAAAAACACUUGAAAAUGUCUCACCGAUCAAAACUGAUUCCCAGUGAAAUUGUCAAACUCUUCACAUUUAGAAAUAUUCAUUCAUCAUUUCAGCAUCAGAUGCAAAAUAAUUCAUUUAGUUAUCACAUCUCUUAGACACGCAUAUACAAUGCUCAGCAUGAAUGAGUACACCCCUUCAGAGUUUUCAGGAAACCUUUUAGUUUCCUUUCAAAAUCAACAUUUUCUAUGUCAGUGUAUACAACAAAAUAUCCCCUAAAAUGUAGGCCAUUGAUUGCAGACACGAUUUUUUAAGUUGCAUACACAUUUUUUUUCAAUUUAAAAUCAGGAUGCAAAAAUUAGUACACCCAAUCAAAGUUCUUGGAUCAAAGAUAAAUUUUAGUCACCAUUUCACCCUUAUUUUCAUCUUAUAAUAAAUAAGAUGUUAUGUUAGACUCCGCUUUGUCAAAACUUUGGAAAUUGUACUUUUGCUUAUCUAGAUAUUGAGUAAUACAUUACUUUUAAUAGGGAGUGUACUGACUUAAUCUGGGCACUGUAUAUUUUGUAAAUAUUUAUGAAAUGAACUAUUAGUAUAAUGUCCGCCAUAGUGAAUUGCAUUUGGACCUGACAGGUGAAAGUGUGCAAUGCAGAGGAUAGGUUCCCCUAACACCAGGAGAUAUUUUAUUUUCUGCAGGGGAAAAAGUCACAAAUGUUUCCCAAUGAAGCCACAACAAUUGAGAGAAAACUGCAACUCUACAGGCUAAAAGCAAAAGUAACAAUUUUUAUAUUGGUGUGAGUCGAGAUAUGCUGUAUGUGUAUGACAGAAUCAUUAUUCUUUCCACCCAGGCCUGUCUAUUGACUAUGAAAAAGAGCAGCUGUACUGGAUCAGCUCAGGAAAUAGCACCAUUAACCGCUGUCAGCUGGAUGGGACUAAACUAGAGAUCCUGGAAGGCGUUAAAGGCAAACUCACCAAGGCCACAGCCUUGGCUAUUAUGGGUAAGAUGAAAAGAUUUCAAAGUAAUAUACUCGGUUCUCCAACUUUCCCUUUUUGAAAGUAACUUAAUUUUACUGAUUAUAUUUAAAGGAGUAAACAUCUUUAAACCUGUAGCCAUCGAUGAUAUAUUAAUAUUAAAAAAAUCUCUCUCCCUGUAGGAAACAAGCUGUGGUGGGCAGACCAGGGGACUGACCAGAUAGGAACAUGCGACAAGAAGGACGGAGGAAACUGGAAGAUCUUGCGAAACAACACCUCUCCUAUGAUGCACAUGAGGAUCUAUGAUGAAGAUGUGCAAAAAGGUAAUGAUAACCACUGAAAACAUGAUUGUCAGACACAUAAAAACAUAUCUUUCUUUGAUAUGGAGGUGUCGAACAGAUAUUAUGCACUCGAUGUACUUAACCCUCCUGUGCUGAUAUUGCACAUGACGUCUCUAUACAAAACGUAUGCCUCUGUUCUCCUUUUUCCUCAGCGGGUAUCAACCUGUGCAGUAACAACAAUGGAGACUGCUCCCAGCUCUGUCUGCCCACCUCACCAACCACCAGAGCCUGCAUGUGCACAGCUGGAUACAGCCUUAAAACAGGACAGCAGUCCUGUGAAGGUAAGACACUAUAUCACAGAUGAACACAUACAGUGAGCCCUUAAACAGUGACUUAUGGUGCCAUGUCUGAGCAGGUAUGGGCUCGUUCCUGCUGUACUCUGUCCAUGAGGGAAUUAGGGGCAUUCCACUCGACCCCGCAGACAAAUCUGACGCUCUGGUGCCGGUGUCUGGCACCUCUCUGGCUGUCGGUAUCGACUUCCAUGCCGGUGAGUGACACUGAGGGACAUCAGCAACUAGAUAGCCUUGACUGAGUGACAUCUUGAAGCUGUCAUCUUCUCAGAGAAGUGAGCACCUAUGGGAUGACACAAAAGGUCUCUUUGUUUUUCAGAGAAUGACACAAUCUACUGGGUGGACAUGGGCCUGAGCACCAUCAGCAGGGCCAAGAGAGACCAGACGUGGAGAGAAGAUGUGGUCACCAACGGCAUUGGCAGGGUCGAGGGCAUAACAGUUGACUGGAUAGCAGGUCCAGCUAUUUGAGAUUAGGAAUCAUAUUUUGAUUUAUGGACUACAUAUUCAUGCCAACACUGAUGAAUAACCUCAAAGCUGUAUAUCUCUUCUUGUCUUAACAGGAAAUAUUUAUUGGACUGACCAGGGCUUUGAUGUUAUUGAGGUAGCCAGGCUGAACGGCUCCUUCCGCUAUGUAGUCAUUUCUCAGGGUCUGGACAAGCCCAGAGCCAUCACUGUGCACCCUGUCAAAGGGUAAGCCUUCUUGCUAAAAUCUUUCCUCUUUGAUACUGUCACCUUCAAACUCCUGCUGUUUUCUUCCAACUGUGUUGCUGUGUUUGAAAUUUCAGAAAUGUGCCCGACUCAUUUUAGAUAUGUUGAAUUUUGCAGGUACCUGUUCUGGACUGAGUGGGGUCAGUACCCUCGUAUUGAGCGCUCCAGGUUGGAUGGCAGCCAGAGGUUGGUCCUGGUCAAUGUGAGCAUCAGCUGGCCUAAUGGGAUCUCCAUCGACUAUGAGGUCAGGACCACAGCUGAAGUCGAGACUCUCCAAAACUCUUUUUUUUUUUUUUAUUGGAGUUUGAAAAGGUUGCACUACUCUUGUUGAAGCCAGUUAUGGGAACUUUGUAAAAGAGUGGACCAUUAGCAAGAGAAAAUGUCGGCAUAUUAUAAUUGUGGUGGUUUGUUUCUUUCAUUUAAGUUUCAUUGUGUUAUCACAUAUUAGAUAUUGAUUCAUAAGUGCGUUUGAUUUUUUGUGAAAUAUAAAAGUCCUUCACAUUGCCUUUUCCUUCUUUAUUUCUGCAUUUAGUUAUUAUUUGAAUCAAUAUUAUGUCUAGUCUUGGUGGCCCUUUAAGAAAAUACAAAAUAAUUCAGUAGUCUGUGAAAUAUGAUCUUACUGAUGUUUUUCUGCUUCCUUCUACAGGAGGGACUGCUGUAUUGGUGUGAUGCCCGAACAGACAAGAUUGAACGAAUCAACCUGGAGACAGGAGAGAACAGGGAGCUGGUGCUGGCAAACAACAACAUGGACAUGUUUGCUGUGUCUGUUUUUGAAGAAUACAUCUACUGGAGUGACAGGUAAGAUUGCUGAACCAUUUUUUUUCCCAUGGUGUUAUUAUCUAAUCAUUUUUAUCCAUGCUGACAGCUUUGAAAUCAUGUGGUGUUGUGUUGUGCCGUCUCAGUUGACUCUCAGCGUUGUUAUCUGUUGUUCAGAACUCACGCCAACGGCUCCAUCAAGAGAGGCAGCAAAGAUAACGCGACUGAUGCUGUGCAGCUCAGGACUGGCAUUGGUGUUCAGCUGAAAGACAUCAAGGUUUUCAACAGGGCAAGGCAGCAAGGUACAAAGGCACAGAGGAGACACACAUUCUUCUCUUAUUUCCUUGUAACACCCUUUUUCCCUAUUUUUUUUAUUUAAUUAUUUUGUAGAUGAGUGAUUGUAUAAUCAUGGAAUGAAUGUUUAUGUAAUGUUUUUAUUUUCGUGUUGGACUCCAGGAAAACUAGCUUUGUCUUGACAAAAGUUAAUGGGGAUCCUAAUAAACAAUAAACACACAUGCACGCACACUCUGAAACUCAAAAGUAUGCAUAUUGAUAGCAGUUGGAUGCCUCAGGUUACAACUACAUGCAUACAGAAUGAGCCUUCACUCAUACAUGCACACUGAUGAUUUGUUUGUCAACAAACUUAAUGAAUUUGUCACCCUCUCAGGCACCAAUGUCUGUAAAGAUAACGGCGGCUGUGAACAGCUGUGUCUUUACCGCGGCAACGGACAGCGCACCUGCGCAUGUGCCCAUGGCAUGCUGGCAGAGGAUAACCGCAGCUGUCGAGACUAUGAUGGAUACCUGCUGUACUCAGAGCGUACUAUCCUGAAGAGCAUCCACCUGUCAGAUGAGACAAACCUCAACGCUCCAAUAAAGCCGUUUGAAGACCCAGAACACAUGAGGAAUGUCAUCGCCCUCAGCUUUGAUUAUCAUGGUGGCGGAGGGAAGGGAACCAACCGCAUCUUCUUCAGCGAUAUCCACUUUGGCAAUAUCCAGCAGAUCAAUGAUGACGGCACGGACCGCAAGAUUGUAGUUGACAGUAAGUAUGAAGUCAUCAAUCACAUGUCACUUUUUUAAAACCCCUGUGAAAUAUUCACAAAACUCCCUGAAGCACCUUUCUGACUCUUGACAAACUUUCAGCUGUGUGUGCACUUCCUUUUAUUCUGCCUAUUCAUGAUUGUAUGUUGUCCUUCAUCUCCUUGGUGCUGUAAACAGCCAUCAUUUCAGAUUUUGUCAAAAUAAGCACCGGGUACGAUCCACUGUAAUGUACACACAGCUGCAGCUUCUCAACUAGAGGAGAUUGACAUCACUUAGGGCUGCCACUUGAGGACGGCACACUGGCACCCACAGACACCCACUUACACUGUGCUUUGUAAUUGCUCCAAAUAGCGAGCACUUGUGAAUCAUAUAAAGUGUCAUCCUAAAUCCCACUUUAAAUGAUUCACAAGGAGGUUGUUGAACUUCAUCCAGACUAACACAUUUAAAAGCCUGGGGCCAAAGAUGUGAUAUGCUAAAUAAGACAAAAAAGAAACAUUAUAUUUUUAAAGCAAAGACAGGACCACCAGAGGUUAGUAUAUUUAUUGAUGUGGUGUUUAGAUCAAAGUUUGAAACAGGACUUAAAAGUAAAGGCUGAUUUUAUUAAUCAGCAACUACAGAAUUUUAAAGGCUUAAUUUAUACAGUCAAAAAAAAAAAAAAAAAAAGCUUCAGCUUUGCAAAAAAUUGAAUCAAAAGGUAAAAAAUGAAAACCACUGUGUUUUUUUACUUUCUACAGGAAAUACCUAUAAAUUUGUCUUUACUGUAGCUUUAAAUAACAAAAACUAGGUUUCCACCCAGACAGAGAUUUGCCAGAUUCAGCACACUGUCAUUCAGGCACAUUUCUUAAUUAUUACAUGACAACUAGCAGACUUAUACUGUAUGACUAUUUGAAAAAAACAAAAUAUACAGUAAAAAAGGUUUAUUAUUAUUGUUAUUAUUGAUAUUGAUAUUCAAAUUCAAGUUCACCUUUAUUUUUAUGGCACUAUACAUACAAGAAUUUAAUUCAAAGUGCCUCACAGAGGCUAAAAAACAAUAAAAGCUGACCCUCUUACCCACACACACACACACACACACACACAAGUGCACAUAAAGCCAGCAUUUAAGAUAUAUUGCUAAAGAGACAUGGCUUGACACUGAGACAUUGCAUGAGGAAAGAGCUACUAUUGGGAAACACUGGAGAUAAAAACAGAAAUAUAAAAUUUAAAAAGAGAGUAAAACAUGAUGGCUAAGACAAAAGGAUAACAUAAAAUGAACAAACAAGUUAGAAUAAAAAUACAUAAAAUAAACAUUAAGAACUUUGAUUAAAAAAGAACAGUAGAUUUCAUACUUUGCAUGAACCAGCCCUGGAUCAAGGAGUUCUCUCUUAGCCACAGAGUCAGUUCUGGCCUCCCUCUGAGGUUGUGUCCAGCUCAAAAGGCUGCACCAUGUCUCUGUUUAUCCCAGGAGGGCAGCCAAUCAGACAGCUUUUGCACCAUGCCCAGCGCUCUCUUCCCAGCUCUAACAAGUCCCGUCUAAACUUCUGAGACAUAAAUCCAUAGAGAAUAGGGUUCACCACGGCUACUGAGGAUGCUAACAGUCUAGCUAAGAUAGCAACAGUGUUGUAGCCGGUUGAGCCUGUGAUGGUUCCUCCAAUGAAUGAAAACAUUAGGGCAUAGGAGGGCAGCCAGAGAAGGGUAAAGACCAGGACUAAGAGGGCUGAAGUGUGAGUGACUUGUCUCUGGUAUUUCUCCAGCUGGGGAGCGUUCCCCAGCAGACUUGCAUGUCGUAGAAAACAGUAGAUCUUCGCAUACAUCAAUAUGAUGAUUCCCAGUGGGAGGGCAAAGCCGAACAGGAAAAGAGCAAUGCUGUAGAUUAGCUGACUGAAGUCUGACAGGAAGGCAAAGCAGUAAACAGAGCUGGACGCUGUAACUGUGCGGAAGGCAAACUGUGGUGCUGCUAAGGCCGAGGCAGGGACCCAGAGAAGAGCCACCAUCAGCUUUAUGCGGCGAUGCAUCCUUGACCGAAAUGCCCAGGUGGGGUGAACCACUGUGAGGUAUCGUGUCACGGCCAGAGCUGCGAGCGUGAAGACUGAAGCAGUAGAGCAGGCCACGCCCAAGAAGCUGAUGGCCUUGCAGAGAUAGCUGCCAAAAGGCCAGAAGCCCAGAGUGAUAGCGGAGGUGUGGAAAGGCAGACAGAGCAGCAGCAGCAGGUCAGCUGCACUCAGAGCCAGCAGCAGGGUGUCGGUACCAUGUGGGGGCUGACUUUCUUUCCUUCUCCUGCCUGUCAGAAUGGUGAUCACCAGGAUCUGACCAACCAGACCGGUCACUAGAAUCAGCCCGUCCAGGAUGGGCACUAUUACUUUCACCAAAGAGUCAUCUGCUCCAUUGAGUUGGCUGAGCCUGCUUAUGUUCACUUGCUGCCCCAAGGUCUCCAUGUCUCCAGAGUAAAAGUCUGUUGAGUAAUUACUCUAAUGGUCUGUAAAAUUGAAGCAUCAGCGUGAUCACACGGUGUUACAGUGAUGCAUCUUUGGCUCCAGUUCUUGUCCUUAUUACACUGAUCAAGGGUAUGGUCAUGCACUAUUAAGUACAUUCAAAGUUAUAGCAAUUAGUUAAGCAGUUAAGUUCACAUUGGUCCAUUGACUUCAUUAACUUUUAAUUUCUCUGCUCCUGCAGGAAAACAGACUGUAGAUCCUAGCUUGUUUGUGUGUGCAGGUGUACGAGGAUCUGCACAAAAAUACACUCCAGUGUGAAACUAACCUCUGAGCAAAAUAACGACAGUCUUAAAUGAACUUUUCUUGUACUUUUAUCUUGUCGAGCAUCAAGAAUCCAUAUGGACAUGACCUUACAGAGCAGACCUUGCACUCUUGCCUCUCCCUUGGCUCCAUUAGUAUGUUCUUCAUAACACUAGGAAGAGUAGUUCGGGUCAAAACUGGAGAGAUGUCAAUACAGCUGUUUCUCCAUGGCUGAAUCGAUUUCUUGAAACCAGGCAACAGUGGAUAAAUUCAUCCCAGCGGCUGCUAACAGACAUUCCACAUUGAAAGCAGUUGAUGUUGUUUGCAGUAGGAGGCAUCUCGUCCAUUUAGAAGCUCUUCAGAAACUUGUAACUUGUCGGCUUCAAAAUUAACAUGAUCUUCAAUCAAUGAAGGAGAAAAAUAGAUUAGAAUAAACAAAAAGAAAAAAGUGGUAAUCCCCAGAUGUUGGUCCUUAGAUUAACAGGGUGGCUCUGUUCUGAUUUGUAAUGGUCUAAGCCACAGGUUUUCACCCCUGUUUGCACAGUGACCAGGUGAUUCGCUGAUGUAAGCAAGGGGAGGGAAGACUGUGUUGUUUCUUGUUACAUAAUAUUGUCUUCAGCUUCUUUAUUAAUCCCUGUCAACAGUGUGGUCUUCCCUUGAUUGAGGUAACUGCUUGGGUGCAACUGUUUCUUAUUUCUGUUUUGUGCAGCCUGAUCUGUGUUUAUGAUAUAACCUUGUGUGUGUUCAGGUCUUUUAGUUGUAUUUAGGUUAGUUAACAAGGUUUUAACCUCAACAUUAAGGUUUGUUAAAGCUCUUUGUCACUCAUCUGAAACGUCUAUUAAAGGGUAAUUUAUGACUUUCAGGCUAAAACAAACAGGUUUUAUUGUUCGGAGUAAGUGCUCAUAAUUGCGGUUGCCAAUGUGACCAAGAAUGGAUGGAUGCACACCUUGGAGCCUGUGAGGCUGCCCUUUUCCAUGACACUUUAUGACCUGUAGGCACCACAGAUAACGAAACUAAUCCCACUGUUUGUACUUAGAGCUGCCGGUUUCAGAGGAGGGGGAAGGUCUCAGGAUAAAAGAGCGAUGGUUAUCAAGAGCAGCUGCUUCAACUUUGCCAUUCACGGCUGACUUCUUUGCCCUGUCUCAUCUCCUUAAAGCGACUCGGACUGUUCUAGCAGCGGUUUUUCUUCCCAGAACAAGAAGUGACCAUGAAUGAGAGUGUCCACAGGGAGCUGUAUUUGUAUGUGCAGGCAGCCAGCCAUGAAAUGACAGGAUGAUACGUACCCUUUAAACUCUGUCCAGGAGCAGCAGGGAUGGUGCUUACUCUGCUCAGUGUGGUUCCUCUUCUAUUUCACUCUUUCUUGUUCACUUUUCAACCUUUUUCUUUUUUUUACUCAGGGUCUCAGCUUUCAUGAACUUUUAUAGGAAGAUGUGGUUUAUCUUAGAGGCCUUAACAGCCUUUUGAAUAACAUCUCACAAAGUUUGCCAUGGGGGCAAAUUGUAAAACUAUUGUAUUGAUUUUCUCUGAGUCCUCAGUUUUGGUCCUUGUUAAAGCAGAACCCUUGAGAGGUGGUGUCCUCUAACAAAAAAAGAGAGUGUUUCUCUUAAGAUUUCUGGCAGGACAACAAAAAUAAAAGUACUGUAGUAAGCAAGCUAUUAUAUGUCCACAAUAUUUACCCCGGGGCCAAUCUCUUUCCUCUCUGUUCCACAGAUGUAGGGUCAGUUGAGGGCCUGGCGUACCACCGUGGUUGGGAUACUCUCUACUGGACGAGUUACACAACCUCAACAAUCACUCGCCACACAGUGGACCAGAGCCGUACCGUGGCCUAUAACCGUGACAUUGUGGUCACUAUGUCCGGAGAAGACCACCCCAGAGCCUUUGUGCUGGACGAGUGUCAGGAGUAAGUGAUUGAUAUCAGACCUCGGUGGUCAGCCCUGUAUUGGUGCCAGCUUCCAAAACAAUUUCUCAUUUGUUUUCCUGACAGCAGAUAUAUUUUAGUUCAGUCAGCCAUAACCUCUAUACCAAGACAUUUAAGAGCCCCCACUGUACCUCAUUAUGUGUGUUGUGUUUGUUCCCACCACAGUCUCAUGUUCUGGACCAACUGGAAUGAGCAGGCUCCCAGCAUCAUGAGGGCCUCUCUGAAUGGAGCCAAUGUGCUCAUAAUCAUCGGCAGUGACAUCAGGACUCCCAACGGCCUGGCGAUAGAUCACCGAGCUGAAAAACUCUACUUCUCUGACGCCACAUUAGACAAGAUUGAACGCUGUGAAUAUGACGGGAGCAGCCGUUAUGUGAGUUAGACCUUUCAAUUUUUCCACUGGAGUCAAAAAAAGACUGCACAGAUGUCACUGAACUGUGAAAUGAUGCCCUAAUCUUUGUGCUUCAGGUCUUGCUGAAGAAUGAGCCUGUGCAUCCGUUUGGCCUGGCUGUGUACGGAGACUACAUCUUCUGGACUGACUGGGUGAGGAGGGCUGUACUCAGAGCAGACAAGUACACAGGAGGAGACAUGAAGGUGCUGCGCGCUGACAUCCCUCAACAGCCAAUGGGAAUCGUCGCUGUGGCUAAUGACACCAACAGCUGUAAGUUUUAUUAUUCACUGAAGUUACUGCGAAGAAUGUACGGGUCACUUCCUUUAUCACUGUGGCUAUUUGAUUUUUUUUUUAACAAGGUUCAUAAAAGGCUGUGUUUUGUUUUCUUAGCCAAGCCAAGACUGUGGGUCUAAUGUGACUCUGAGGUGUUUCAGUGUUUUAGUUAAGUCAGACAAAACCUCCACAAGUGUCAAAUUAUUCACAGUGGAGGUUUCUCCUUGAUCCAAUAACAACUGACAUUCAAGAAACCCUGUGUUUUCUGUACUCCUUAGGUGAGUUUUCCCCCUGCCGUACAAAUAACGGCGGCUGCCAAGACCUGUGUCUGCCCACAUCUGAUGGCCGUGUCAACUGCAGUUGCCGUGGUGACAGACAACUUUUGGAGGACAACGCCUGCUCAUGUAAGAGAAAAUCUCCUCUGUGUUUUUGUAAAUAAUUGAACAGAUCCUCUCUCAAUGAACAUGAUGGUGAUUUUCAAAAUGCUCCAAUUUCCCCAGCUCUCAACGUGUCGUGUGGGAGUGUGGAUGACUUUGAGUGUGGAAACGGUGACUGUAUCAACUACAGCUUGACCUGUGAUGGCAUGGCCCACUGCAAGGACAAAUCUGAUGAGAAGCAGUCCUACUGUGGUGAGUUUUUCCCAGGGUUUUUAGUUAGUGAGUAGUGAGAUAUCACAGGUCAUGUUUCAUUAUUUAGCUAAUGGGUGUAUUCAAAUUAGUCUAGAAUGAGUGCACAGAUAAAAUCAAUUAUACUAGGAUUUAGGAAAACUUGUAUUAGGGCUGGGCGAUAUGGCCUCAAAUCAAUAUCAUAUUAUAUUGAGCAGUUCACCUCGAUAACGAUAAAUGGACAAUAGCUACUCCACAAGAUGCUCACCCCCUCCCACAUUAACUUUGUCUACUUCAGCUGCCGCUCCAGCUGCUACAACUUUUGAACCGUCCUCCAUCUCCUCACCUGUCUUUCCCUCUUUGUUACGGACUGGAUGGUGGAGUCACGUCUGUGACGAAGGACAGCGUCUUAAAGGGGCAUUAGACCAUAGCCUACCUGCACACAUCCAAAACCAACUUUUUAAAAUUUAUUUUUUUGGCACCGAAUAUACCGAUAUGGGCAAAAUGAUGUCAGUUAUUGUUGUAUUUUGAUAUCAGUAGAUUUUCGGUUUAUCGCCCAGCCCUAACUUGUAUUUUACAAUUGAAUAAUUCACAAGUGAAUAAAUACAAAUUGUGGUCUUCAGAAAAUGUGUAUUACAGCUUGUCACUUUUAUUUAUUACUGUUAGUUAAUUCAUAUUUUGGAUUUACUCUAAUCAGCUUCUGUUCCUCUACAGCCAAUCGACUUUGCAAGAAAGGCUACAGACGCUGCAUGAAUGGUCGUUGUAUUGGCCACCAGUUCUGGUGUGACGGCACAGAUGACUGUGGUGACCACUCAGAUGAACUGCCAUGCAACAGUAGGUUAUUUAUCUACAUGUUCAAUCUGCUGCUAAUGGAAAAACAACAGAGUUUUUUUUUCAAAUAGACUUUGUGAUUUUCUACUGGUUAAGCUAAAGAAAUGCUUCAUUGCAUGGACAAAGUACCAAGUUUAUGCAGUUCUCAUAUGAGAAGGGUGUAGUUUCUACUUACUCCCCGUUUUUGAAAACUCUUGUGCCUCUUGCAGUGACACUAUGCAAACCAGGAGAGUUUCAGUGCAAAGAUGGAAGCUGUAUCUCCAACUACAGCCGUUGUGAUCAGGUGGUCAACUGUGAGGACGCUAGUGAUGAAAUGAACUGCCGUGAGUAAUGAAUGGAAAGAAUGACAGGCUUGGAUUUUAUUUACAUGGGAAAAUGAGCUGAAUGUCUUUUAAUGGCAGAGUUUAACAGUGUGUUUAUUUCUAAUCACUCAGAACCCACCGAUUGUUCCCGUUUUUUCCGCCUGGGAGUCAAAGGAGCAUCUUUCCAGAGCUGUGAGAAGACCACUCUGUGUUAUCUGUCCUCAUGGGUGUGUGAUGGAAACAAUGACUGUGGAGACUUCUCAGAUGAGAGAAACUGCCCAGGUUGAGUGUUUUUUUUUCUCUUAUGAUUCUUGACUUUUUUCUUUCCCUGUCAAAUGUUUCACAACAUGUUUUUCUGUUUUCUUGCAGAUAAAAGGAAGCUUAAAUGUCCAGUCAACUUCUUUGCUUGUCCCAGCGGUCGCUGCAUUCCUAUGAGCUGGACCUGUGAUAAGGAGAACGACUGUGAGAAUGGAGCAGAUGAGACACACUGUGGUUAGUUCUCUACAAAGUUACCCUCUUAUACUCUUAUUUAUAGAAAACAUUAAGACUGCCAGAAAAAAAAACGGGGUGUUUUUCUUUGGUUUCCCACUGCACAUGGAAAAACAGGACUUACAGUUAGGGUGAAUUAAGUAAUUUCUCUAAAGUGCUCUCGCUCCCAUUGCUUCCAGACAAGUUUUGCACAUCCACCCAGUUUGAAUGUGGGAACCACCGCUGCAUUUCCAGCCACUGGGUGUGUGAUGGCUCUGAUGACUGUGGCGAUGGCUCAGAUGAGGACCAGAAAUGCAGUAAGUGAUGUUUUAUUUUCACACACCGACUUAAAAGCACUUUCUCCCACACCCAUGCCUGAAAUUUCCUGUGAUGUCAUGAAGUAACUUUCCUAUAAUGUUCUCAUAGAAUCCAAGACCUGCAGCCCUGAGGCUUUCCAGUGUCCCGGCUCCCACAUGUGUGUACCUCAAAGAUGGAAGUGUGAUGGAGACAAGGACUGUCCUGAUGGUGCAGAUGAGAGUGUCAAGGCUGGCUGCAGUGAGUGGAGAGAAAUUACAUAACCAUAUGGAAAUGUUGUACCUUUAGUUACAUUAAAAAAAGAUAAAUCCAAAAUUUCUCUCAUGUAUGACAUGUUUUUUCCAUUUCUAGUGUACACCAACAGCACUUGUGAUGAGAAUGAGUUCAUGUGCCAGAACAGACAGUGUAUCCCCAAGCACUUUGUGUGUGAUCAUGACUUUGACUGCUCGGAUGGAUCAGAUGAAUCCCCAGAAUGUGGUAAGUGUGAUCCUCGAAAAAAUAGACACUCUGACCAUUUAAUCAGUGUUGGCAUAGUUAGUUACCCCAAAAAAGUGAUUCAUUACUAGUUACUAGUUACCUCUGUAAAUUGUAAUGAGAUUACUUUACUAGUUACUGCAUUUGAAAAGUAACUUCACUACUUAUUACUUAACUUUCCUGUUUUCUAAUCUACCAUUUAGCCCAAUCAUCAUUGAGCAUAGUCCGCAUUGCUUUGUUUAGCAUAUUCUAUAAAUGUCGCCUGGGCAGAAAGUGCAUUUCACACAAAUAUUUUUGUCCUUUCGACUAAUAUAGCCAAAGUAAUGCAAGAAUCGCCACUCGCCGAAAGCCCCUGUGUCGUCCGCCUCCAUCUCUGUCUCUAUUUCCAUCUCUCUUCGCAGGGAACUUUUUGUUUACAUUCGACAGGGACGCUGCGAGAUAGCGACACAGUGACAAAAAAAAACACCCAAGAAAAAUGAAUCCCGCAAAAGAAAAGACUGUCAGAGUAUACGGAGACAAGCUGGACAAUGGUCCAAAGGCUCGAUAUCAAGAAAAAAUAAAAAAGAUCAACAUCCUGAUCCUUAUGAGCACCAAAUCCCUGCCUACUGUCACAGACACACAAGCAGCACGCACAAACCACUUCGACAGAUCAGAACUUUGCAUACAGGGAAACACAGCUCAUGUAACACAGAAAGGCGCAUCCUUUUAUUUUGUAAAGUAAUUAAGUUACUGAUUUUUUCUUAGUGUAGUGCGUUACUUUACUUCGUAGUGUGUACCCCCAACACUGCAUUUAAUAGAUGGUCAUAUGCGAUUAUGUCUUUAUUUGUAUUGUCAGCUGAGGUUGUGGAUCAUAACACGCUCUUGUCCUGGUGUAGAGUACCCAACAUGUGGUCCAGAUGAGUUCCGCUGUGCCAACGGCCGCUGCCUAAACCAGAAGAAAUGGGAGUGUGACGGAGAGUUUGACUGUCAGGAUCGCUCCGAUGAGGCCCCCAAAAACCCUCGCUGCACUGACUCAGGUGGAGGAAUACAAUUACCAUUUCUUCUCCUUUACUUUAAUGUCCUUUUCUAUGUUAUAUGAAUGAGUCACAUGAGAAACUUCUUGUUUAGAAAAGGGCCAACCUGUUUCCAAAUGAUGCCAAUGUAAAAUGUCAUGAUUUCAGAGAGGAUAUGCAAUGAGUCAGCCUUCAUGUGCCGUAAUGGGAAGUGUUUGAAUGAGACCCUGCUGUGUGACCGCAACGACGACUGUGGAGACGGCUCUGAUGAACUCAACUGCUUCAUUAAUGAGUGUCUCAACAGUAAGAUGAGCGGCUGCUCACAGCUCUGUGAUGAUCUGAAGAUCGGCUUCAAGGUAAGCCAUCUAAUUUUGUCGUAUGUCUUUUCAGCAAAUUAAAUCACUUGAUAUGACAUUUAUAACCGGCACAUAGUUACCUUACAGACAAGAGGGGUGCAUUCUGUUAAUACUGAGGGAGAGAGAGGAGCUGGAGUAAUUAGGCUGUGAACCAGUCUCUUCAGGCAUGCAGUUAUAUAAGACAAAAACAUGUGUUGGCUUUCUUUUUUGAAAGAAGGAGGCUGGUCUUGGAACGGAUUGAACUCUGUGUGAACUCUCAUGUUUGUGGUUUUGUGGCUGUGGUCAAUUGAAGAUGAUAAGGAACAAUUUGAACACUGAAAGAAUCCACUUAAAGCUGGUGAGAAUGUUAAGUGUAUUAAAGAUUAAAUAAGUAACUGACCAUAAGUUCCACCUCACAGAUUCAGUGCGGUGUUUGGUUUCCUUUCAGCUUUAUUAACUCCAAAAUUUGGUCAAAGUGGUCACAUUUGGGUGUGACAGUGUGCUUUGCAGUCCUUUUAACACAGACAUAGGCCCAAAAGAUGAGCGCUCGAGCAGAUUGAAACUGUAUAUGGAUAAACUUUAGUAGAAGAUCAAUGAUCUGAACGCCUCAGCAUUUUGUAGAAGAUAAAAGGUUCAUCAUGUUGACUGACAGGGUUUUUUAUCAGGCAGGGCCGGAAGCUGUUGCCUGCUGAUUCUCACAUUUCUCUUGUGCUCUUGGCCCCUUCAGUGCAGGUGUCACCCUGGUUUCCAGCUUAAGCGAGACGGGAAGACCUGUGUGGACAUAGACGAGUGCACUACCACUUACCCUUGUUCUCAGCGCUGCAUCAACACACACGGCAGCUUCCACUGUCUCUGCGUGGAUGGCUUUGAACUUAGCCCCAAUGACCCCACCAUCUGCAAGUCCACGUCAGGUAAGACAUGCAUGCGCGUUUUUUGCUAUUUACUGUUUCCUCAAAGUGGAUUUGAACCUAAAGCAUAUGUCUCCUUUCUCACAUGUGUUUCAGAAGAGGAACCAUACUUGAUCUUUGCCAACCGGUACUACCUGAGAAAACUCAACCUGGAUGGUUCCAACUAUACUCUUAUAAAACAGGUGAGACCCACUACUGCUCAGGCUGACCUGCUGAAACACAGAAAGGUGGACUCUUGUUCUUCACUCUCUAUACACCUUAUAAUCCUUUAUCUAAUACCCGUUGUAGGGUCUGAACAAUGCUGUGGCACUGGACUUCCACUAUGCAGAGCAGAUGAUCUACUGGACAGAUGUGACCACUCAGGGCAGCAUGAUCCGACGCAUGCGCAUGAAUGGCAGCAACAUGGAGGUCAGUGAAAGAAACUGACUUUUGAGCAAUAUUUACUCUACAACCACUAUAUCUAUAAAAGCUGCAGCAGAAAUAAUAUAUACGGGUCACUUGAUCACUAUAAACACCACCGUGCCCGUGUUCAUUUGAAGAGGUAGUCUCAAGGGGUACUGCUGGUCCAACAGCCUUUGUGGGCUCCACAUAUAUGGAGGUUUAACCUCAAGUGGUCAGCUUGGUUCAAUUCCACCCUAUGGCUUCUUUUCUGCACAUCACUCCCAGCUCUUUCCGCCCUAAAGAAACAAGAAAAGGCCAGCUUUGAUAAUUCAUCCAUAGAGGCAGAAUGGACCUCAUUCUCCACAGAUAUAAACAGUUAAUGAUGUGAGUGGUUGCCACGGUUGCCUCUCCUUCAUCUUUCUUCCUCUUUUCGGAUUUCAAACAAUCAAACCUAAUGUGAAUACCCUAAAAGUCAUUGUUUAGGAUGAUAGUGGACUCUUAGGCAUUUACUGAGAUGACACAGCAGAGGAUAGUGUAGGAAACUGGAAGAAAGAGUGGGCAAUGACAUGCAGCACAGAGCUGCAGGGAGGACUGCAGCCUCUUUACUCUGUAAUAAAGCCAAACUUAUGCUACUAUUGAAGUGUUGACGGUUGUUGUUCAUUCUGUUAAAAAUGUUAACUUGUUGGCAAUUCAAGGCUUAAGACAGUCAUGAAAACAUGUAAAAGAAUUAGUUCCGACAUAGAAAAUUGAUUUUGUAAAUAGUUUUACUCUCCCACUUGCAUCUUUUAUUGGCAAUGAAAAAUCUAGAGUGUUAUUUUCUUGUUGAAAGUUGUGUAAGCCUGUGAUUUCACACUUUAAAAGUCCAAUGUUCUGACUGGCAGGUUUUACACCGCACAUCUCUGAGUAAUCCUGAUGGCUUAGCAGUGGAUUGGGUUGGUGGGAACUUGUACUGGUGCGACAAAGGCCGAGACACCAUUGAGGUGUCGAAACUGAACGGAGCCUACAGGACAGUGCUGGUCAACAGCGGCCUGAGGGAACCUCGGGCUGUGGCUGUGGAUGUACGCUAUGGGUAAGAGCCAAAGAUCACACCAUCAAAUACUGUCAUCUGGAUAUGGAGUUGUUGAUCUUUGAAGUUGAUUGUGAUCAAAAUGUGACUCUUGUCAUAAUCCACCACUGGCUAGGUACCUGUAUUGGUCAGACUGGGGUGACAAUCCCCACAUCGGGCGAAUUGGGAUGGAUGGCACCAAUAGAAGUACCAUCGUCGAGGAUAAGAUCACAUGGCCCAAUGGACUAACCCUGGACUUCAUCAAUGACCGUAUAUACUGGGCAGAUGCCAGGGAGGACUAUAUUGAGUUUGCCAGCCUGGACGGCACCAACAGACACACAGGUAUUCACUAAAACACACUUAAACGCACACGCUGGUUCUUGUGACCACUUUAACACACUCACUGACGUGGUUAGAUGUCAAUAUGAAAUACAUGCAUGUAUUUUUCCAUUGUAUUGCUGCUUCAAAUAGUUUAAUCAUCUGAGGAUUAAAUUUGUCCAAAGAAGUUGAAUGAAACAAAUAGCCAUGACAACACUGCCAGCUAAGCCAGGAGGUGCAAAGUCAUAACUUUAAGAAUAGUUUCUUUUCUAUGGCUCAUUUUUGUUGUGUGACAGAUUAAUGGGCUUGUCAGCUGUCUGAAUGAGUUUCCCCUCAUCGUCAACACCUACGCUUGCUUGUUUGGGGUCCACUCAAGCAUAAGCAGGCAGGUCAGAUUGUUGUCCAGAGACCCUGAAUAGGAGAGAUUGUUCUGACUAGCGAGGCCUCGGGCCCAUAUGACGUCUACAUAGCGCUCAGUUGUUCAGCACACUCGCUACAAUAGUUGAUAUUGUCAGCUAACCAGGCGUGAAAAGGAAUUCUGGAGCGCAGCGGGCGUUGGUAUUGAAAUUUUUCUCAUUCGCUGAGCUCUGCCAAACACACAGGGUGAGUUGUGGUAUCCCAUCAUUCCUUGGAUUAAGAAUGUACAUGAUGUAAAAUGUGGGUGUAUGGUAACAAUCCAGCCAGAUCCUAUAAUGGAGAGAACUAUAGAGUCUCCAGCUGCAGAAAAAGAAAACAACACUGGAGCACGUGAAAGGGAAAACUAACAUUUAUCAACAUUAAUUUGUAACACACCCUUCACUCCUGCACACAAUGAAAGCACUUGUGUGGCUUUGUGUGUGUUUGCAGAACAGCACCUGAUCUGUUUGGUUUUAGAUAUAGUUAGAAGCAUUGUGUGAAUUAAACUUACACAUGUAUCACAGCUCAGUCUUUAUCUUUAAUAUUUAUCCAUCAAAUCAUGAUAAAGUUUUGUUUUUUUUUGAAGCCUGUUACAACCCAGCUCAUGAGGGGAAAGGAUGCAACAUAAAACCCCUGGUUCCGUGAUGUAAUAAUUGUUGUUUAUAGCGAAAGAAAUAAUGAAGAGCUGUUUAACAUAAGGUUGAGGUGAGGAACUAGAGUGGAAGAAUAUCACUUACUGAAAUUAGCUUAACGCAGCAGUUAAAACGAAACAAGGUCACAGACACUACCAAACAAGGUAAAAGGGGGCACCAUGUGUAGUACACAGCCAGAACAUGGUCAUAGAUGCAUAAAACCCCGGUUCCGUGAUGUAAAAUUUGUUAUUUAUUGCGAAAAGAUAUAAUAAAGUGCUAUUUAACACAGCAAAAGAUGACUGAACUCGAGUGGAAAAAUGUCACUUUCUGAAAUGAGAUCAGAACAGCAGGUAAACGAAUCGAGAGGUGAGCAGCUCCCUAUCCCUUAAAACUCCACAAAAAAAAGAUGUACAAUUAAAUCGCCUCCAGACACUGAAAGCCAACAGAUUUCCUGACAAAGAAUCUAGUGAACGCGAGUGUCUCUCUAAUCACUUCUCCCCGAUUGGUCUUGAGGACGCAGCCCAUUAACCAAUCAGCAGCUGGUUCCCUUAGUAUCAACAUCCUUACACGCACGCACACACUACCAAACAAUAUAAAUGGGUCAACACAUGUAGUACACAUCUAGAAUGGGGGCGCGGCUGCGGCCUUAACAAAGCCCCUUAUUUGUUUCAGUCCAUUCUGUAACCAAAGUUAUCUAAUGAUCAGUUAUUAUUAUGAACCUGUCCCAUGACAUAGACGUCCUCAUGCGUGUCCAGAUCCAUGCAUGCGUGAUGUAUCUGAAUUGCUUUGUUUUACAACAGAAGCUAAUGUUGCAUUUCCAUACCACACCAGUCUUAAAUGCUGAAGGCGAACACGCGAAAGGAGGUAUAUGUGAGCAGAAAGGGGGCAAUUAGUGUGUAAAGCCUAAUGAGGCAUAGAGCCCAUUACAUAACACACAGAUUACUGGAGCCACUGUGGCUGUGCAGCACCACUCCACCUCUGUUCUACAUUUAACUAACAAGAUGGUCCUGCUAGGAAUAAAUAAAGACAUUUUUGUGCUGUCAUCUAAAUCUUAAAUUGGUGCUCCAUGAUUUUUUUAUUUUUUUGAUAAAGACCAAUUUGUAAACUGCUGAAAAAAAUCCAGUACUAAAGAUCAUGUAACAGCUUUACUGCCUCUGAUCACUCUGUUUGUCUCUUUGCAGUUCUCAGCCAGGACAUCCCCCACAUCUUCGCCAUGACUCUGUUUGAGGAGUACAUCUACUGGACAGACUGGGAGACAAAGUCCAUCAAUCGAGCUCAUAAAACUCUUGGUACAAACAAGACCACCCUGAUCAGCACCCUGCAUCGGCCCAUGGAUAUCCACAUUUAUCAUCCAUACCGCCAGCCUGAGGGUAAGAGACUCACCUCAGCAGGAGACUUGUGUUAAUAAAUGUAUGCAGAUAGACAGAGUAACACUUCAGCUCUAUUAAAGGUGCAGUGUGUAGAAGUUUGCAGCAUAUAGCGGAGCAUAUUUUGUUUUUAAUGAAUGACCAUGACAUACACUUGAUAGAGGACACAGAAGAGAGGAGAGGUUGUUAUGAACAAAAUGAUUUGUUUUCAUGUUGUUUUGAAACUUGACAAAUCGAGGAUCAUACAUCUGUGAAUUAAUGUCAAACAGGAAUACGCAUAAAAUGGAUUUACAUAUAAAGUGUUUUUUAAUGUAUUUUAAUCCAAAUAAAAUUAUGUAACAGCUCUUGACCUGACUAAUUCUAGUAAUAUACAUGUAGUUCAGAACAUCAAGUUAAGGGAAUAAGAUAUGAAAAAGCAUUUAGUUCUGUAAAAGGUGUGAGAUGUCCUUAUCGAUAUGUCAAAAAGAGCAACAGAAUUAGUUGUUUCUUAUACUUUAAUCUUGUCCUUAAACUCAUACCUGUUUUUUCCAGUGCUAAACCAUCCUUGCCAAACAAACAACGGCGGCUGCAGUAACCUCUGCCUCCUCUCUCCUGGAGGAGGCUACAAAUGCGCCUGUCCCACCAACUUCUACUUGGCCAAUGAUCAGCGCACCUGCAUGUCUAACUGUACAGCCAGCCAGGUAAGGAGGUCGUGCAAACUUCAACAUGCGAGUCAAUAUAACUGAACAAAAACAAAUAAGUGGAUUUUCAUAUCUCCACGUCUCACUGUGUUUUGUUUGAUGAAAUGCUUAGGCCUGUGUGCUGCACAUUGACAGCUGGCAGAUUGCCCGCUGCUACAGUAGUCUGCUCUGUCAACAACACUGAAGCAGAGGAGCUUUGGUAAUAUGCCAUAUUGAUAAUUUGAUUUAUUUAUCUCUUCCUGCUUUAGUUUGUGUGCAAGAACGACAAGUGCAUUCCUUUCUGGUGGAAAUGUGACACAGAGGAUGAUUGUGGGGACAGAUCUGAUGAGCCAGCAGACUGCCGUAAGUGUUUGAGGAAGAUUUUGAGGUGCAUUCUGGUAAGGGCAAAUUUAGAGUGAUCCUCAAAUAUGUUUUUCCUCUUCUAGCUGAGUUCAAAUGCAGGCCAGGACAGUUUCAGUGCAGCACAGGAAUCUGCACCAACCCUGCAUACAUCUGUGACGGUGACAACGACUGCCAGGACAACUCAGACGAAGCCAACUGCGGUACAUCUGUCUUUAUUGUUGGGUUUAAUCAUCUUAUAAAUCUUACAACCUUCACUUAGCUCUCUCUAAUUUAUUGCUGUGUUCAUUUUUAUCAGCAGUUUAAUGUUAAUUGCAGACAGAAACAAGAAACAAAUUUAAUCUGUUGGUUUUUUUUUUUAUCACCACUGCAGAUAUUCACGUUUGCCUGCCCAGCCAGUUCAAAUGUUCCCACCCAAGCCGCUGCAUCCCGGGCAUCUUCCGCUGUAACGGCCAGGACAACUGUGGAGAGGGAGAGGAUGAGAAAGACUGUCGUAAGUAGAAACCUUUCACUAUCAGCGCUCUGAUGUGCUUUUAUUUCACCUUUAUAUUUGAUUUCACUUAUUUACCUUCUCCUCUGUAGCUGAGGUCACAUGUGCGCCCACCCAGUUCCAGUGUGCCAUUACCAAACGCUGCAUUCCUCGCGUGUGGGUGUGCGACCGUGACAAUGACUGUGUGGACGGCUCUGAUGAACCUGCCAACUGCAGUGAGUAUAAUAUUCCAAUUUUGAUUGUUUGUUAAUACGGAUUUAGCUGAAAUAGUUCUCAAAACCAUCCUCUGUAUAUGUUUCUGUGCAGCCCAAAUGACUUGUGGAGUGGAUGAGUUCAGGUGUAAAGACUCUGGACGCUGCAUCCCCGCUCGCUGGAAGUGUGACGGUGAGGACGACUGUGGCGACGCAUCAGAUGAACCAAAAGAGGAGUGUGGUAAGAAUGUCUUUUUUUGUUUUUGUUGUUUUGUGGAGAUGAAGAGGAAGUAGGGGGAGUCUGGGUUGUGUCAUGUAAUAAAAAAACUGUGAUCGUAGUUUUCAGCUCUGCUUUUUCUGUUUUAUUUCAUUUCCUGUAUCACUCUGUGUUUUUCAUGCAGCUGAGAGGACCUGUGAGCCAUACCAGUUCAGGUGUAAGAACAACCGCUGUGUCCCCGGCCGCUGGCAGUGCGACUAUGACAACGACUGCGGAGACAACUCGGAUGAAGACAAGUGUAGUAAGUGUCCCUCUCUACAUGGAGGUAUUCCUGUCCCCCUGUUUGUCACCUAACUUUGUCCUGUGUUCACUUGCACUCAUGCCUUAGUCAUGUCCAUCAUAGCGUACUCAUUCUACACCUUUAACUCAUUAACUGUUCAAACUUGGUCAAAUGUUUACUAUUAACAUCCAUCUGCUGUCAUUUCUAAUGCAUCUCACUUCAUCUGAUGUUUGUUUCAAUUCAUACUGUCCUGUCGGCAUCCAGAGGUGAGUUACGCCACCUUCAUAUGUCAAUAUCUUUGUCAACUUAUUGUAUGUCUCUUUCAUGAAUCUGUACAGUUGUGAUUUUGUGUUGUAAUUUGAUGACGUUGUUGUGUUGUUUGCCUUUUGCCACUAGAUGCCACUGCUUGAGACUUUAUUUUGAUGCUUAUGAAAGAUAAAAUGUUUUAAAAUGCUUAUAAAACAUUCAUAUUGAAUAUAUUAGAUAAGAAAUAAAAUGGGUGAGUUGCUUCACCUCACCUCAUGCACCCCCUUCUUCUUGUUACUCAACCCUAUCUCAGUAUGCCGUCAGCUAAUGCAGCCGUAGCUCGCUGCUAAUGGUUUUUACUGGUGUUAUAAUUGACAUGGACUUUGUCUGUUUUUCCUUACAGUGCCUCGACAAUGCUCUGAGAGUGAGUUUGCCUGCACAAACGGCCGCUGUAUUGCUGGGAGGUGGAAGUGUGAUGGAGACCAUGACUGCGCUGAUGGAUCUGAUGAGGUGCAGAAACUUUGGGUGUCAUUAUUAUGAGACUUUGUUCAAUUAAGGCGGUUUAGUUAAACUUUGCUUGUGUUUUUUUCUUAUUUUUAAAUUUAAAACCUUCUGCUGCUUUUUUGCUUUUAUAUUUUUUAUUCAGCAUGGCUGUGAUCUGAAGUGUGACAGCGACCAGUUCCAGUGUAAGAGUGGACACUGUAUCCCCAUCCGCUGGAGGUGUGAUGCUGAUCCUGACUGCAUGGAUGGCAGCGAUGAAGAGAACUGUGGCAGUGCAGGUAAAUGUACAUCUGAGUUUUUAAUUUUAAUGUCUCUGAUUUUAUUUAGUGUGUUUUUGUCUCUUCCUGUACUUAAUUGACAGAAAAGCUGAAAGAGACCAAACUCUGUGUCUGUGAAGGGUCUUAUUCAUGGCUGGAUGUGCAAAAUCACCCUACAGAUUAACAUAAGAAGUUGUUUCAGGCUGUAUGUGAACAGAACAGGAGGUACUAUAACUCUCUCCCUGUUUUCUCUGUUUUUCUCAGCUGGCCGUCACUGCCCUCUGGAUGAGUUCCAGUGUAAUAACACCCUGUGUAAACCUCUCGCCUGGAAGUGCGACGGGGAGGACGACUGCGGGGACAACUCAGAUGAAAAUCCUGAGGAGUGCAGUGAGUCCAGCUCUCUUAGUCACACAUAUGUUGAAUGUCUGCCUGUCUUCAUUUCUGACCUUCUUUUCUCCUUCUGCUUUGUCUUCUUUCUCUGCUUGGUUUUCAGGGAAGUUCCAGUGUCCUCCUACCAGGGCUUUCCGCUGUCAGAAUGACCGUGUGUGUCUGCAAGUGUCAAAGAGGUGUGAUGGUGUCAACAACUGUGGCGACAACUCGGACGAACUGAACUGCCGUAAGCUGAUGCUCCAUCUAGAUGCCAUGAAAUCCCCUUCUCUCUCAACUUUGAUUAAAUAAAUGUGUGUGUUUGGUGUCUACAGCCCCUCCAGCUGUUCCCACUUGUGAGAAGGAUGAGUUCCUCUGUGCUAACGGCAGAUGCAUCAGCUCCACUUUGCGCUGUAACUUCUUCAAUGACUGUGAGGACUAUGGAUCUGAUGAGAUCAACUGCAAGACAGGUGCCUCAAGUCAAACUCAAUUCUUUGUUUAGGCUAAACACAGAUCAGAGGUUUUUUGUGUCAAGCAUCAGCAGAACCAGUUCUGUUCUAAAUCAACUGACUCCUGUUUGACUUGUGUUUUGCUUAGACACCAAACUGAACGACUGCAGGAGUAACAGGACGCAGUGUGGAGAUGGAGAUGAAGCUCAUUGUGUCACAAACGGCACAGAUUCCUUCUGCUCUUGCAAACCUGGCUUCCAGAAAAUAGGACACCACACCUGUGGAGGUACAUACAAACAAAAUGCUUCACCUGAUAGUGGAAAAUUAGAGCAAUUCUUUUAUAUUUAACCACAGAAAGGGAGAUUGGCUAUUUAAUUUUUUAUUAAUGUGAUUUCCUUGGGCUGUGUUUUUGCAGAUAAGAAUGAGUGCUUGCAGUUUGGUGUGUGUUCACACAUCUGCAACAACACCAAAGGCUCGUACAAAUGCAGCUGCUACAAGUACUUCACCAGGAUCAAUGACACCUGCAAGGCUGACAGUGAGUAGAAAAAAUCGCAUCUGCUCCGCACUCUUCAAAUCUUACCAGCCCUCAUUUUAAGGUCAUACAAUAUUUGUUGAUCUGGAUUUAAAAGACCUUUUUUUUUUUCUUGCAGGCAUGAACAGCAGUCGACAGAUUCUCUAUAUAGCUGAUGAUAAUGAAAUCCGCAGCCUGGACCCAGGCAUGCCAAACUGGCGCUAUGAGCAGACCUUUCAGGGGGAUGCCAGCGUGCGUAUUGAUGCAAUGGAUCUGCAUGUGAAGACUAACCGCAUCUUCUGGACCAACUGGCACACGGGUCGCAUCUCUUCCUACGAGCUUCCAGGACAGUCAACAUCCCCAACUUCUACCAACUCUCACCGUAAUCGACGACAGAGUGAGGGCAGGAUCACCAAUCUGCAGGUAAUCAUGCCUAAACAUAAAGACAUUUUUGACAUGUAUGUGUGUGCAUGAGUUUGUGUGUUUGUGCAGUAUGACAAAGAGUUUGUUGUUUUCGUCUCCAGAUCAAAGAGCUGAAGAUGCCUCGUGGUAUUGCAGUGGACUGGGUGGCUGGAAACCUGUACUGGACGGACUCGGGUCGGGAUGUGAUUGAAGUGGCUCAGAUGUCAGGCCAGCACUGCAAGACCCUCAUCUCUGGAAUGAUAGAUGAGCCUUACGCCAUUGUUGUGGAUCCACAGAGAGGGUGAGAGAGAUGGAGCGAAAUUUAUUUAAAUCAAGACACUCUUUGAUGUUAAAUAGUCUGUAACUGUGUCUGUCUGUCAACCUUAUAUCCUUUAGUACCAUGUACUGGGCAGACUGGGGAAACCACCCUAAAAUUGAGACUGCUUCUAUGGACGGGACCCUGAGACAGACUCUAGUUCAUGAAAACAUCCAGUGGCCCACAGGUAACUUCUGCAUUUUUACAAUCUAUCAUUACCCCAAAGAGAAGCAUUUUUAUGCUCCACUCAAUCACAACUUCUAUCCAAUAUACUGAUUAUUUUUGCUGUUUUUCUCUUUCUGCAGGUUUGGCCGUGGACUUCUUCAACGAGCGCCUCUAUUGGUCAGAUGCCAAACUCUCUGUGAUUGGCAGCGUGCGUCUGGAUGGCUCAGAUCCUGUCAUUGCUGUCUCAGGCAUCAAAAACAGUAAGAUUCCCUUUCACAAAAAAAACAUAAAAGAUCUUUAACCGCCAUUUUUUUCUUGAAAUCAUUUUCUCUCUUUUGUUUUCCCAGACCUGCUCCAUCCAUUCAGCAUAGAUAUCUUCGAGGACUACAUAUAUGGAGUCACAUACAUCAACAAUGUCGUCUUCCGGGUCAACAAGUACGGAAAGGGGACCAUGGAGAAUCUGACCACAGGCAUCAAUCAUGCUACUGAUAUUGUCCUCUACCAUCGCUACAAGCAGCCAGAGAGUAAGAGUCUGUCAUAUAUAGUGCGUUAAAAAGCACCCUGAAAAAUGUAAUGCUUUAGUUUAAGUACGUUUUUCUUACGCCAUGUCUUGUGACUCUCUGUGCAUCAGUGACUAACCCAUGUGACCGGAAGAAGUGUGAGUGGCUGUGCCUGCUCAGCCCUAGUGGACCAGUAUGUACCUGCCCUAACAACUACGUGGCGGACAACGGCACAUGUGCAGAGAGGCCGAGUCCAACCCAGUCUCCAUUCUGUAAGUCGGCACAAUAAAACACAUUCCCAGAGCUGAUCAGGAAUAAAACAGCUAUAACCCUACUUUCAAAUUAUUACAACCUCUGAGGUUAUCAGAUAUGUAUAAUGUUGGAUUAAAAUUGUAGGUUAUAGAUUUAUGAUCCCUACCUCCCUCCUCUCACAGCUCCCCCCUCAGGACCUUGUGAUAUUCAGUGUCAGAACGGUGGAAGCUGCUUCUUGAACGCCCGUCAGGUGGCUAAGUGUCGAUGCCAGCCCAGCUACUCUGGAGAGAGGUGUGAGAUCAAUCUGUGCAGGGACUACUGCAAGAAUGGGGGCAUAUGCACAGCUUCACAUACAGGUAAGAAAACAGUCCUAACUGUGAAGUAAACAAUACUCGACUUGCUAAUGCUUGUGAAAGCUCUCUGGAUUAUUCUUUAGUGACAGCUAAGAGGUGUGACUCGAAAUAUCCACUGCUUUCUGCUGUUAGAAGUUCUAGAUUUAUGGUGUAACAUGUAAAAGCCAGUUUAGAUUACGAGUGCGUGGAACAAAGACAUCCUAAUACACAGUGUUGCAUUUUGUAAAAGCUAUAAAUAGUCAUCAGGUUCAGCCACUUGUUUUCAUACUUCUUCAUGCUAAUGAUAAAUGUCUUAUGUGUGUCUCAGGUGCUCCGACCUGCAGAUGUCCAAAGGGCUUCACAGGACCAAACUGCGACCGUCAAACUUGUCAGGAUUACUGCCUGAAUGAAGGAAACUGUUCAGUCAACGUGGGCAACCAGCCGACCUGUAGCUGCCCCUCAGAGUACAGUGGAGACCACUGCCAGUUCAGUGAGUGUCAGAUUUUGCUCAAUCGUCUGUAAGGGAUUUUAAUGUUCUGUAGAAAAUGGAAUGUCUUUUUUGUUUUUGAGUUGUUCAGCAAAACAGUGAGAAAUUUAAGAUUAUCAACCAAAAAUCAUAUCAGUUUUUUAAGUUACUUAAGGUUACAAUGAUUUUAAAAUGUUGCUCAAAAAAUCUGUUGAUUCUUGGCGCUUCUCAUGUAUCUUGCUUUCUGUUCUCAGCUAAGUGUGAAGGCUUCUGUGUCAACGAUGGCACGUGCUUACAAACCGCCAAUGGCACCAAAGUUUGUCAGUGCCCCUCUCAGUUCAUCGGACACCAGUGUGAGCUCGACAAAUGUCAGUUCUGCGGAACGGGCAAAUGUUUGACGUCUUCAUCAAGCAAAGUUUCAUGCAUGUAAGUAGAUGAUGGAGCAUGAUUUAUGAUUCAUAAAUAUUUAUUAAGAUCUAGGGUUAAGGUUAGAGCCAGGUAUCAGUCUUUGUACGUUGUACACUCCUGUGGAUUCUGUAAAAAGGACAGUACAUGACAUGAAAAUAUGUAGACACUGGGACCCAUAUUGGCCUGAUAUUAGGAUCAUUUCUGUUGGACUCCAAAAGGCAACAUCAUGUUUUAAAGUGAGUGUGUGUGUGUUUGUGUGCACUUUUUUGUGUGUUUGUAGCUGUCCCAAUGGUCAGACCCAGCCCAGCUGCUACACCUGUUUGGACUACUGCACAAACGGGCAGUGUUCGGUCGAUAGUCGCACGCUACUGCCUCAGUGCAAGUAAGUAAUAACACCCCAAACUAAAGUGCUGAUAUAUAUUUAAACAUGUUUGUUACUUAUUUGCUCACACAUACACAUUAUAAACUAUUAGACAAUUAUUAGCAAACAAGUAAUCAAGGUAAAAAUAAAACAGCCUCUGUGUUUGACCUCAUACAGAUAAUGUAACUGAAUUUCUCUGUGGUUUGAGUUUUUUUACCCAGUUCUUUUUUUAACUACAACUUCUCGUUUGUCACUGUUAUCUUCUGUAUUAAGGAUCAGUCUUAUCAGCUGCAGUAAAUAAAGGAGAAUUUAGGCAUGGAGUCAGACUUCAGUGAAAGUUAGGUCUGAUCAGACCUUUGUUGCUUUUUAAAAGCAAAAACAAGAACAGAAGGAAGAGUGUUUGUGUACCCUGAUCACUGACCAGAGAGUUAUUUUUAGGUCAAGCAUGAUUUUUUAAAAAUAGGGACUGCAUGACACUUUAAAAAUCUCACUUUGUUUUUCUAGGUGUCCUGCGGGGUGGAAAGGAUACAGAUGUGAAAUUGUAGCAGACUCUGUGGAUUCAUCUGCUUCCAGUGGAAGUAAGUCCCUCAGUUUAGGUAGUGUUGGAAAGUCACUCAUGGUUUCAUUUUAACCCUGUUUACUCACUGUAUUUGUCUGUCCACAGGCACUGCCUCAGUUGUCCUCCCAGUGCUUCUUCUGCUCCUGCUGGCACUGCUGGUAGUUGGUGCCAUCUUGUGGUACAAGCGGAGAAUGCGCGGGUUAGUCUUGGUUUCAGAUUUACCAAACUGGUGUUUUUCAUCUGUUCCUGUGCUUUCCAGUUUCUCUUUCUCUUGUUCCCCUUUAAUAAUCAUCUAUUUCCUAUUCUCCCAGGUCUCUAUGGCCGUGCAAGUCUCGCUCUCAGCGGUAACUUCUCAGGGUUACAUAAAUUAAAAGUUGACUCGCAAACCCCCCCUCCCCUUAUUUAUAUCCAGUCAGACUGGAUAAACUUUCUGUCAGUCCAUUUGUCCUUCCUGUCACUCAGUGAAGAAAUCUGUCCGUCUUUGCCUGCCAUCUCCUGUUUGCCUCCUAUAGGGUGUCUCACCCAGCAACACAGGGACCUAUUUAGUAUUUUCCUUAAGAGGCUUUGCUGAUGAUGCACAACCAAGCAGUUUUUUACCCUCUUUAUGACUCCAUACCUUCCCCUGAUGUUAUGUGUAAAUGUAAAGCUGAUGCCAUGUGCUUGCAAAGUAAAAGUUACUACUGUGUAUCUAUGACAAGUGUUUAAAUACUUGCAAACGACCGAGUAUUUGCAAAGUGAAAAAACAGCAUUCUUCACAACAGAAAUGCUGAAGUAAAUCCUCUGUGUUUUAUCAAAUGGCCUUUUUUCUAAAAGUUCAUUUGAAUUCCUCAAAUCUAUGUCGUCUUGGUUGCGUGGAUUGUUUGUUGCAGGUGCUGCAUCAGUUCUUGUUCAUGCCAAGUUUACUUUUUAAGCUGUAGUUCAAGAGAGGGUUGCUCACAGAGAUAAUGAUCUGUAUUAAUGAGGUUUCUAAUCUAUUUCUUGGAUGGUUAUUCUUUCUGCAGUGCAAAGGGCUUCCAGCACCACAGAAUGACAAACGGAGCCAUGAAUGUCGAGAUCGGGAAUCCUGCAUACAAGAUCUAUGAGGGAGACCCUGAUGAUGACGCUGGGGAGCUGCUGGAUUCAGACUUUGCUUUAGAUCCAGACAAGGUAACCAAGCUAAAAUGCACCUUUAGUUUAAUUUUGCACAAAAUCCUCAGGUAACAGAUCACAACAAAGGUAGGAGGCAGAUCGAGUCAGAAUAACAGGGUUGCUACACAGUUGGAAUUUCCAUACUUUUCCAUACCGUACUUUUUAGUAUUUUUUUUGGAAAUACAUACUUUUCUAUUUUAACUUUGGUAAAAGUGUGGAAACAAAUAUUUUUCCACACUUUAUUUUUCAUUUACCAUAUUUUUUAAGACCUGGAAAUUGAUCAAAUUAUUUUCAUACUUUUCCAUACUUGCUAGGAACCUAGAAACCCUGGAAACAGUCCAAUUUACAACCUUCAUUUUAGGGUUUAUUCUAUUUCUGACCCCUUGCAUUACCUUUGACUUUGACUUUGAACAGUAUCCAGUUAGUUUUUGGAUUUUGUUCCAACUUGAGCCCUUAUCUGUCACUCUUGGUUUCAUUUGAUUAUUCCUCUCUUGACCUCCUUCAUCAACGGAUGAAUCCACUAGAGGGAGGGCAGGGUAUUGCUGGAACUGCUGACCAGUAUACCUCUCCAAAUGACUGUUUAAUCUUGAAACCACUUAUCAGAUGCUGACUGUGAUGGUGAUGGCUUUGCUCCCAGUAACAUGAGCUAGGCAGAGUUGCAUUUGUCACUUUACCUUCGAUUGAAAAUGUUCUGGGAUGAGCCAAGUCGUGAAUUUAAGACACAGUCGUGUUUUUGAUCCAAGUUUUUUGUCGAGACACUAAAGUCAGUUUGUCACAAAACUGUAGCCAAUACAACCCCACCCAAAAAACAGUCAUAGGGUUAAACAAUGUCCAGGUAUUGGAACUGUGAUCAAGUUUAUAAGGUAUAUUAAAUAAAGGUCACAUGAAUGAUCUGCCUUAGACCUGAUGUGAUUAGAGACAAAAGCAGACAGGCUACAACUUACCAAAAUUAAGAACAUCUCUUCUCCGCCAAGGUUUUUAUGGUAAGGGUAAUGUUUUUGUCCCUGUUUAAAUUAGUGUGAGCUUUUCUUUUUAAAGACCAAAUCCUGCACAUACUGUGUCUUAGUCACCUUGUAAUUUUCUCUGCCCUGCAGCCGACCAACUUUACCAACCCUGUGUAUGCCACCCUGUACAUGGGCGCCCACAACAGCCGCAACUCUCUGGCCAGCACGGAUGAAAAGAAGGAGCUUCUCUCCCAGGGUGAUGAGGACAUGAGUGACCCGCUGGCGUAAAGCUCAGCAUGGAUUGAACUCUGCCAACGUUGCCCUGCACGACCCAGUGCUGAGCUGUCAAGCUCUCUCAUCUUAUGCCUUUACCAACAGAAAAGAAAAGCAACAAAAAAAGCGAGGACACUGUACAAAAUGUAUAAAAUGAAGGACUACUUUUUUAAGUGAUUGCAGUAUUAUAUUUUGUUCUUUGACAAAAACAAGAUCCUGGUGAUAAAAAAGGAACCAUUUUAUAGACAUUUAUUCAGUUCUUCUUUUUAAUUUUUGCUCACCUCCUCCUCACACGUCUCCCUCCCCUGUCACACAUAUAGCCACUACCUCUGUGCAAAUGUAAAAGAUAGAGAUACGAAUGGCAGUGGAACAAUUUUAAUUUUUUUUUUAUUUUUGUAUGAAUUGUAUAGGAGAAAAAAAACAGAAUAUUGUUCCAUCCUAGGAAAUGUUGCCAAGUAUCUGCAGAUAGAAGAGAGGAGUCAGUGAUCAUGAUCGAUGCUUCCUGGAUGCUGGUUGAGCUCAGUCUGCUCACAUUGUGUGUACAUGUACGUUUGCUGCUGGAGGUUUUGGAGCGAGAUGAGGCUGGGGAAGGAAAAAGGAGUUUUUAUACUGCACAUGUACACGUGGAGGACUUGGCAUCGCAGACUGUGUGUGCUCUGUUGUCUUGAAACUACAUUCAAGUGAUUGUCUUUUACCUCCUUGCACAGACUAAAGUUAUAUAUUUGCAUAUAUAUAAACCUAUUAACAAAGUGUCUUGAAAAUAUACCCAGGAAUACAAACAUCAGUAAAAAUAGCAGUCUGUACUUUUUAACUGUUCUUUUUUUUUUAGGUCAUUGUAUAAUUGACAUACUUUGUGUCAGCAAUGAAUGAAUGAAAUGGCAGUGUGUGCGUGGAGAUGAUUGUAAUAAAGUCCACAUUCCAGGAUGAAACAAGUCUGGGAUGGAGAUCCGUGGCCUUGGUUUAAGCCUAAAGCAGGACACUCCGGUGUCCUCAGAUUGCUCUGAAACUGUUCUGGAAAGUUCUUUUUUGGAGAGUGAAAACAAGCUCCUGUGAAUUUCUGAUCAUUACUAAAUAUUACUAAAGAUGAAUAUUUAGCUAAAAAGGUCGCAUUUAGCUUUUGUUCCUCGUCUUUUGAUUGUAAAUGUACUUUCAGGAAAGGCCAGGGAGACCGUGUGAUGGUACGCACUUCUGUUGGAGAUAGCGUUUUUAUCUUUUUUAUUCAUAUGUAAGUACAUGCACAUAUAAUUUUAGCUUAUGCUCAUUGUAAAGUGGGUCCCCAGAAGGCAACAGAUCAGCCUCCUGAUCAGCGUCUCUGUUCAUUCCUUCGCCUUGCUGCUACUGCUCACCAUCUGUCUGUGUCCUACUGGUUUAAAGUUUUAACAAGUGUUGCUUUCCACGCUGCUUUUAACUGAGCUAAUCAGCUGUACCUGCCACAUCACUCUGCAUGGUGCUCACACACACAUCCUAAAAGAACUCUCUGGCUUUGCCUCAAUCCUCGACAGUAUUCAUCCCUCCUCUUUUUUUUUUUUUUUUUACAUCCUGCUCUGUCAGAUUUUCACCAAACCAUGUAAAUUAGAAAAAUCAUUUUAAGUUGGAGAAUUUCUUUUGAUGGCAAAAGCGGUUCUGCUUGUUUUAUUAUGAUUCUAUUUCUUUUUGAUAUAAGAAAUUAAAUGGAUUUUUAUAGUAGAGA